AUGUCGACACAGGCGCCGACGUUCACGCAGCCGCUGCAGAGCGCCGUGGCACUAGAGGGUAGUGCCGCGGCGUUCGAGGCUCAAGUUAGUGGUUCUCCAGUUCCUGAGGUGAGCUGGUUCCGCGAUGGUCAGGUUCUUUCCGCCGCCGCUUUGCCCGGCAUUCAGAUCUCGUUCAGCGACGGCCGCGCUGUUCUGAGGAUCCCGGCUGUGACCGCCGCACACAGCGGGAGGUUUUCUGUCAGAGCCACCAACGGCGCUGGACAAGCCACGAGCACCGCUGAACUCCUUGUUACAGCCGAGACGGCGCCUCCGAACUUCGUCCAGAGACUGCAGAGCUCCACGGUGAGACAGGGCAGCCAGGUGAAGCUGGACGUCCGAGUCUCCGGCAUCCCGUCGCCCGUAGUGAAGUUCUACAGAGAGGGAGCCGAGAUCCAGAGCUCCGCCGACUUCGGGAUCCUCCAGGAGGGAGACCUGUACAGUCUGCUGAUCGCCGAGGCCUUCCCAGAGGAUUCUGGGACAUAUUCUGUGACCGCCACCAACAGCAGUGGUCGCGCCACCUCCACCUCCGAGCUGCUGGUUCAGGGGGAAGAAGCCGUGCCAAUGAAGAAAACCAAGACUAUCAUGUCCGGAUCCCAGAUGUCCGUGUCCCAGACCAGAGUGCAGAGGAAGGUGGACUCCGGCUUCCAGGCCUCCGCCGUGAUGGAGAUGCAUGUGGAAGGAGGAGCGAUGACUCAGCAUCUGGCUCAUAAAACCCCCCCCCGGGUUCCCCCGAAGCCCACCUCCAAGUCGCCCUCCUGCGUGUCCAAGGUGGCAGCAGGACGCCAGCAGUCUCCUUCACCAGUUCGCCAUGUGAAGGGGCCGACGCCCACACCUGUCAGACCCGUCUCCCCCGCCAGCAGACUGUCUGUGUCCCCCAUCAGACCAGUCAAGUCUCCCAUCAUGACCAGGAAACAGCUGGCUGCGUGUGCCGAGGUCCUGCCCCCGUGGAAGCAGGCGGGCUACGCGUCCGAGGCCAGUUACGCCAGCAGGACCAGCAUGACCAGUAUGACCAGCAUGACCAGUAUGAGCAGUAUGAGCAGCGCCACCCAGCUUCACAUGGAGAAGCACUGGGAGCAGCAGGUCGGCGGCGCCAGAGAGGAGGCGGCUGCAGUUCCCACCAGAGCUCAGGAGCCCGUCGUGCCUCCCACUCUUACUGCUGGCCUGAAGAACACAAACGUGACGGAGGGCGAGUCGGUGACCCUUGAGUGUCAGAUCAGCGGUCAUCCUGCUCCGGGCAUCCUGUGGUUCAGAGAGGACUACAAGAUUGAGAGCUCCAUCGACUUCCAGAUAAGCUACAUGAGCGGGUUCGCCCGGCUGGUGAUCCGCGAGGCGUUCGCCGAAGACAGCGGACGCUUCACCUGCACCGCCACCAGCGAGGCGGGGACCGUCAGCACCUCCUGCUACCUGCUGGUCAAAGUGUCGGAGGAGAUUGAGAGCAGAGAGGAAACGAUGACUGUCACUGAAGCUGGAGUCACUCAGGAGAAGAGCGUCGUCAUGGAGACAAAGGCGCAGACGGCGGUGGAGGUGAUUUCAGGAGAGGCCGCCGCUCCGUUCUUCAUCAGGAAGCCCACCGUGCAGAAGCUGGUGGAGGGAGGAGGCGUCGUCUUCGAGUGCCAGGUCGGAGGAAACCCCCGACCUCACGUCAUCUGGAAGAAGAGCGGCAUCCCGCUCACUACCGGAUACAGAUACAAAGUCACCUACAAGAAGGAGACUGGAGAAUGUAAACUGGAGAUCUCCAUGACGUUUGCUGACGACGCCGGAGAAUACUCCGUCUUUGUGAAGAGUCCACAGGGAGAGGCUUCGGCCUCUGCCGGCCUGCUGGAGGAAGAGGAAUAUGACGCCUACAUGAAGCAACAGGACGUGACGUAUAAAACCGAAGUGACGACGACGGUGGUCCAAGAGCCCUCUGUGGUCGUGAGUCAGUACGAGCUGGAGCAGAGGAGACGGACGACCCCCAUGAGCUUCAUCUCAGAAACGGAAUUUCGAAUUUCAGCAUUUGAGGAGAGGAUCAUCCAGGAGGUUGAGCUCCGCAUCAUGAUGAUCUCCUACAUGGAGUUGGUGGUCGGGGAUGGAGAGCUGACGGUGACCGUAGCAGAGGAGGAGGCAGUGCUGCCGGCCUUCAACACUUCGGUCAAAAACUACAGAAUCAUGGACGGAAUGGGCGUCACGUUCCACUGCAAGAUGGCUGGAAAUCCACUGCCGAAGAUUGCUUGGUACAAAGACGGACAGCGCAUCAGGCCUGGUGACCGUUACCAGAUGGAGGCUCUUCAGGAUGGUCGAGCCAGCCUCCGCCUGCCUGUGGUGCUCCCAGAGGAUGAGGGCGUGUACACCGCCUUCGCCGCCAACAUGAAGGGAAACGCUGUCAGCUCUGGGAAGCUCUACGUCGAGCCGUCCGAAGUUGUGACACCUCAGAGAUUCACACCGCAGCCAGCGAUGCAGAGGAUCAGAUCCACAUCUCCUCGCUCUCUGAGCCGCUCACCUGGACGUUCCUCCAGUCGUUCUCCCGGACGUUCUCCGGCCCGCCGACUUGACGAGACGGACGAGGCUCAGCUGGAAAGACUCUACAAGCCUGUUUUUGUCCUGAAACCUACUUCAAUUAAAUGCUCUGAGGGGCAAACUGCCAGAUUCGACCUGAAGGUCGUUGGCAGGCCGAUGCCCGACACAUACUGGUUCCAUAAUGGACAACAAGUGAUCAACGACUACACCCACAAGAUAGUGGUCAAAGAGGACGGUACCCAGUCCCUGAUCAUCGUCCCAGCCAUGCCACAGGACUCUGGAGAGUGGACAGUCAUCGCUCAGAACAGAGCUGGACGGACUUCAGUCUCUGUAACUCUCACAGUUGACGCUCGAGAAAGCCUGACGCGCCCUCAGUUCAUUGAGAAGCUGAAGAACAUGACUGUAAAGCAGGGCACUCUGGUUGAACUGGCCGUCAGAGCCAUUGGAAACCCCCUGCCUGACAUUGUCUGGCUGAAAAACAGUGACAUCAUCACCCCACACAAGCACCCGCAAAUCAGGAUUGACGGAACUAAAGGAGAGGCCAAAUUCCAGAUCCCAUCUUCUUCAGGCUCAGACAGCGCCUGGUACACAGCUACAGCCAUCAACAGGGCUGGCAGAGACACCACUCGCUGCAGAGUCAAUGUUGAGGCGGACUUCACUGCUCCCCACACUGAAAGGAAGCUCAUUAUCACCAAAGGAACCUACAAGGCCAAGGAGAUCGCCCCUCCCGAGUUGGAGCCCCUUCAUCUGCGGUAUGGUCAAGAGCAGUGGGAGGAGGGCGACCUUUAUGACAAAGAGAAGCAGCAGAAACCACAGUUCAAGAAGAAGCUGACCUCCAUCAGGAUGAAGCGUUUCGGUCCGGCUCACUUUGAGUGCAGACUGACCCCUAUUGGUGACCCCAGCAUGGUGGCGGAGUGGCUGCACGACGGCAAACCCUUGGAAGCUGCUAACAGGUUGCGCAUGGUCAAUGAAUUUGGCUACUGCAGUCUUGACUACGAAGCCGCUUACGCCAGAGACAGUGGCGUCAUAACCUGCAGAGCCACGAACAAGUACGGAGUCGACCAAACCUCGGCCACCUUGAUCGUCAAGGACGAGAAGGGUCUGGUUGAGGAGUCGCAGCUUCCUGAAGGCAGGAAGGGAGCACACCGAAUGGAUGAGAUUGAACGCAUGGCUCAUGAGGGAGGACCCUACGGAGUCACCACUGAUGACGAAUUUGAAAAGACCAAACCUGAGAUUGUCCUCCUUCCUGAACCAGCCAGAGUGCUGGAAGGCGACAUUGCACGAUUCCGCUGCCGAGUGACCGGCUAUCCACUACCCAAGGUCAACUGGUAUCUCAACGGACAACUGAUCCGCAAGAGCAAGAGGUACAGAAUUCGUUACGAUGGUAUUUACUACUUGGAGAUUGUCGACGUCAAGUCCUAUGACUCCGGAGAGGUCAGGCUGGUUGCAGACAAUCCUCUCGGCACAACCGAGCACACCGUGAAGCUGGAGAUCCAACAGAGAGAGGACUUUAGAACGGUGCUGCGGCGGGCUCCAGAACAGAAGGCUGCAGAGGCUGCACACGACCCUGGCAGAAUUGGAUUCGAUGUUGUGAAGGUCGACCAACCCGGCGAGUCCAUGCAGGACAGGGAGGUUGUUAAGCUGCGUAAGACGCAGAGAGUUGUCCACGAGAAAAACUCAGAGGAGUCGGACGAACUAAAGAACAAGUUCAAGCGCAGGACUGAGGAAGGUUUCUACGAGUCCAUUUCUGCUAUGGAGUCCAAGUCUCGCAAGAGGGACGACUCCUACGAGGAUCUGCUGAAGAAGACUAAGGAAGAUCUGCUUCAUCGCUUGAGAGAGAAAGAAGAAGCUGAGAGGAAGAAGUUGGAGGAACAAGGCAAACUCACCAUCCCCACAUUCAAACCGGAGAGGGUCCAGCUCUCCCCGAGCAUGGAGGCACCGAGGAUCCUGGAACGCAUCACAAGCAAGACAGUCACUCCGCUGGAUGAGGUUCAGUUCCGCGUCAGAGUCAUCGGCAGACCAGAACCCGAGUGCCAGUGGUUCAAGAACGGCAUUCUGGUGGAAAAGUCUGAUCGCAUUUACUGGUACUGGCCUGAGGAUCAAGUGUGUGAACUAGUGAUCAGAGAUGUGACAGCCGAGGACUCGGCUAGCAUCAUGGUGAAAGCCAUGAAUGUUGCUGGGGAGGCCUCCAGCCACGCCUUCCUGCUUGUGCAAGCCAAGACAGCAAUCAGUUUUACCCAAGACUUCACGGAUGCCAGUGCAAAUGAGAAGGACACCAUAGUGACCUUCGAGUGUGAAACCAACGAACCUUUCAUUAAAGUCAAAUGGCUCAAGAACAACGUGGAGAUCUUCUCCGGAGACAAAUACAGGAUGCACUCAGACAGAAAGGUCCACUUCCUGUCUGUGCUGACAAUUGAAAUGAAGGAUGACGCCGAAUACUCUUGCGCGAUCGUAGACGACGAGAGCAUCAAGACGAGCGCGAGGCUCCAUGUUGAAGGUGCUUCCUUGGAGCUCAUCAAACACAUGGAGAACCUUGAGGUGCCAGAGACUUACUCUGGAGAGUUUGAGGUUGAGCUGUCUCGUGAGGACGCCGAGGGCAGCUGGUUCUUCGGAGACAAGGAGCUUUCUCCCAGCAGCAAAUACAUCAUGUCCUCCCGCCGAGGAAGACAGACCCUGUCCAUCAGGGAUGUCAGGAAAGGAGACCAGGGGAAGUAUACCUUCGUAUGUGGAGACUUGAAGACCAGCGCCUCACUGAAGAUGAAAGUGCGCCCGGUGACCCUGAUGCAGCCCCUGACCGACCUCACGGUCUGCGAGGGCGACAUCGCUCAGCUGGAGGUCAGGUUCUCCCAAGAGAACAUUGAGGGAACCUGGAUGAAGAACGGCCACGCCAUCUCGGCCUCGGACCGUGUCCACAUGGUCAUCGACAAACAGAGCCACAAGCUGCUGCUGGAGAACGUCACCAGAGACGACGCUGCUUCCUACUCUUUCGUGGUUCCCGCCCAAGACAUCUCCACCUCGGGCAAACUCGGUGUUCAAACCAUUGACAUUGUGGGACCACUGAAGGACGUGUCCUCCGUUGAGGGCACCAAGGCGGUCCUGGAGGCCAAGAUCUCUGCUCAGGACGUCAUCUCGGUCAAAUGGUUCCACGACGACAAGCUGCUGACGGCCAGCGACAGAGUCCAGAUGGUGGCGAAGGGAUCCAAGCAGCGUUUGGUCUUCACCCGCACCUUCGCUUCGGACGAAGGACGAUACAAACUGGUGGUCGGCAAGGUCGACACCAGCUGCAGCCUGACUGUGGAACAGGUACACAUCGUGAAGCACAUGGAGGACAAAGUGUGCUCCGAGUCCCAGAAUGUCACCUUCAACGUUGAAGUGUCACACCCCGGUAUCGACCCGGUCUGGACUUUCAGGAACCAGCAGCUCAAACCUGGAGCCAAAUACAAAAUGGAGUCCAAGGGCAAGGCUCACUCUCUGAUGGUCAUUGACGCCAUGAAGGACGAGGACGGCCAGUACACGUUCCACGCCGGUGAAAAGACGUCCAGCGCCAAGCUCACUGUCUCCGGUGGAGCCAUCACUCGGCCUCUACAGGACGUGACGGUGGCGGAGUCUCAGACGGCCGAGCUGGAGUGUGAAGUCGCCAACGCCGACGCCGAGGGCAAGUGGCUGAAGGACGGACAUCACGUGGACUUCAACGAGAACGUGGUGAGCGAGGUGAACAGGGCCGUCAGACGCCUCGUCAUCGUCAUCACCAGACCGCAGGAUGUCGGAGAGUACACCUACCAGGUGGCCAACUCCAAGACCACCGCCAACCUCAGUGUGGAGGCCGUGAAGAUCAAGAAAACUCUGAGGAACCAGACGGUGACGGAGACCCAGGAGGCGGUGUUCACGCUGGAGCUCACACACCUGGACGUGAAGGGAUCCCAGUGGAUCAAGAACGGGGCGGAGCUGCAGAACAGCGACAAGUACGAGAUCACCUCCGAUGGCGGGGUGCAGACGCUGAAGGUCAAGAGCUGCACCACGCAGGACGAGUCCGUCUACUCCUUCAAACUGGGAAAGCUGUCGGCCAACGCCAGGCUCAACGUGGAGACCAUCAAAAUCAUCAAGAAGAUAAAGGACGUGACGUCGCUGUUGGACGGCACCGGCUCCUUCGAGAUGAGCCUGUCGCACGACAACAUCCCCGUCAGGUGGAUGUUUAAAGGGGCGGAGCUCAAGUCCAGCGACAAGUGCAAGAUUCUGUCCGAGCGUAAAGCUCACAAGCUGAUCCUGCAGAACGUGGACAGCAGCAGCGCGGGGGAGUACAGCGCCGUGGUGGGCCACCUGCAGUGCAGCGCGACGCUCACCGUGGAGGCCCUGCGAGUCACCAAACCCCUGAAGAGCGUCCAGGUGCCAGAGACCCAGGUGGCCGCGUUCGAGUGUGAGGUUUCUCACUUCAACGUGCCGUCCACCUGGCUGAGAGACGGCGUGGAGAUCCAGAUGAGCGAGAAGUUCAGGAUCGUGGUUCAGGGAAAACUGCACCAGCUGAAGAUCAUGAACACCAGCAGGAACGACUCAGCAGAGUACACCUUCGUCUGCGGGAACGACCGCGUGUCUGCCACGCUCACCGUCAGCCCCGUCCUCAUCACCUCCAUGCUGAAGGACCUGAACGCCCAGGAGAGAGACACCAUCACCUUCGAGGUCACCGUGAACUACGAGGGCGUCACCUACAAGUGGCUGAAGAACGGCGUGGAGGUGAAGUCGUCCGACAGGUGCCAGGUCCGCAGCCGGCAGCUCACGCACACGCUCAGCAUCCGAAACGUCCACUUCGGGGACGGAGGGGAGUACCAGUUCGUGGCCGGGUCCGCCGCCACCGCCGCAAACCUGUUCGUGGAAGCUCGUGUGAUUGAGUUCACCAAGAAGAUUAAAGACAUAAAGAUCACCGAGAAGAAGAAGGCCAUCUUUGAGUGUGAGAUCUCCGAGCCCAACACUCAGGUGAUGUGGAUGAAGGACGGCCAGGAGCUGGACGUGUCUGAGCAGAGGUACACGGUGACGGCAGAGAAGUUCGUCCACCGCCUGAUGAUCCAGACGGUCCGCAUGUCCGACGCCGGCGAGUACUCGGUGGUGGCCGGAUCCAGCGUUUCCAAGGCUCAGCUGACCGUGGAGGGCCGCGACGUCCGCAUCGCCGAACCCGCCGAGAGGGAAAUCACGGUUCUGGAGAAACACCGAGCGACCUUCGAGUUCGAGGUGAACGAGGACGAGGUGGAGGGCCGCUGGCUGAGGAACGGGGCGGAGAUCCAGUUCUCGGUGGAGGAGAGGUUCAACUACGUCGCCAUCAGGAAGCUGCACCGUCUGACCAUCUCCGAGACCUACAGGGGCGACGCCGGCGAGUACACCUUCAUCGCCGGCAAGAACCGGAGCACCAUGCAGCUCCUCGUCAACAUCCCGGAGCCUCCCCAGAUCCUCCGUCACAUGGAGCCUCAGGCGGUGGAGGCCGGAAAACCCGCUCGCUUUUCUGUGCGUGUGAGCGGCGUUCCUCCGCCUCAAGUCUGCUGGUUCAAAGACUCCCAGGCUCUGUCGCCGGGCUUCAAGUGCAAGUUCCUCCGCGACGGCGAUGAGCACUCGCUGCUGCUGAUCGAGGUCUUCCCCGAGGACGCCGCCGUCUACAACUGCGAGGCCAAGAACGACUCCGGCGCCGCCACGAGCACCGCCACGCUCCACGUGGAAGUGUCCGAGGUGGUUUCUCCGGACUCGGCCGCUACCGUCGCUCCUCCCGUCGUCAUGGCUCCCAUCAGCAGCACCUCCGCCCGCGAAGGAGAACCGUCUCGCUUCCAGUGCCGAGUCCGAGGAGACGAUGUGAAGAUCUGCUGGUUCCACAAGGAGAAGGAGAUCAAGCAGUCGGACUUCUUCCGGAUGUCUCAGUUUGACGACAGCUGCCAGCUGGAGAUCUCCCGCGUUUACCCCGAGGACGAGGGCGAGUACCGCUGCGUGGCCACCAACGCCGCCGGGGCGGCGUCCUGCUCCGCCACACUCAGCCUGGACGUGACUCACGUGAGGGAGCACAUCGAAGCCAAGAUCGAGCAAGAAGUCAAAGUGCCACCCGUCUUUAGGCAGAAAAUCCUCCCUCUGGAGAUCAACAUCGGCGGCCAAGCCAAGUUCGAAUGUGAAAUCGAGGAUGCUCCAAGUGUGACCUUCAAAUGGUACAAGUCUGGCAUUGAGAUCAAACACAGCGAGAAGUGUAGGAUCCUCAGCCGCCACAGCAGUUCCUCCUUGGAGCUCCUGAACCCGAUCAAAGCCGACAGCAAUGAAUACACCUGCAAGGCUUCCAACCAGCACGGCACUGACAGCUGCACCGCCAUGCUCAACGUCACUGAAAUGUACCCCCCGCUAUUUGUAUCAAAACCAGACCCAAUGACUUUAUUCGUGGGCAAACAAGCUGUGCUCCAGUGCUCGCUCACUGGAUCCUCACCCAUGGAAGUCGUCUGGCACAAGGACAACAUAGCCAUCUCCGAAGGGAACUAUGUCAUGAAAUGUGAAAAGAACAAGUAUUCCCUUCUCAUUAAGAGUCUUGAGCUGACUGACCAGGGAGUGUACCUGUGCAAGGCCUCCAACAGUGUUGGCACUGCAACCUUUACCACAGAGCUCAAGGUUAUCAACAAGCCCAGCUUUGUUAAGACCGUUGAGCCAGUGGCAGCUGCUGUCAAUGACCCGCUGAGGCUGGAGUGCCAGGUGGACGAGGACACUGGUGUGACCGUCACCUGGACCAGGGAUGGCAAAAAAGUCCACCAGAGCAUGGACUGCAAACUGGCCUUUGAGGACAAGGUGGCUGUUGUUGACAUUGCCAAGUCCAAACAGAAGGACUCUGGAAAAUAUGUGUGCACGGCCACAAAUGAGGCUGGGAGCUCAUCCUGUGAGGCUGUGGUAACUGUUCAAGAGCCCCCUGCCUUUGUUAGGAAAUUGGAACCUAUGAUUACAUGGAAACAAGGUAUAGCUGCACGCUUACAGUGCACCGUUAAAGGAUCGCCCGAACUUCACAUCCAUUGGUUCUGGAAUGAGAGAGAGCUUGGUGAUGGAGAAAAAUAUAAAAUCUCUUUCAAGAGCGGAGUUGCCUCUUUGGAGAUAUUAAACCUUCUGGUCACAGACAGUGGGAGUUACACCUGCGAGGUGUCAAAUAACGCCGGCAGCGAGAGCUGCAACACUCUUAUAGCUGUUAAAGAGCCACCAUCUAUUAGAAAAGAGCUGCAGACUGUAGAGGCGGUGAAGGGAGCACCUACUCAGCUGGAGUGUGAGAUCACAGGAACAGCUCCUUUUGAAAUCAGCUGGUUGAAAAAUAAGAAAGCCAUCUCCAGCGAUCAGAAGUAUAAAAUAGUCGUCCAAGAUACCUUGUCAAGGCUGGAGAUCCAGACCUUUGAGAGUGCAGAUGUUGGAGAUUAUCAGUGUGUCAUAUCCAAUGAUGUGGGCAAAGUCAUCACAAAGGCCCUCGCUAAGCUUAAAGAGCCGCCAACCUUCUCAAAGAGGGUUGAGAGUGUUACGGCAGUGUUGGGAAAUACAGUGAAACUACAGGGGACCCUUAAGGGCUCGGCUCCCAUCUCUAUUAAAUGGACGAAAGACUCUGAAAUACUGAGAGAUGACGAUUCAAAUAUCAAGAUGGUGUUUGAGAACCACGUUGCUAGCUUGUCCAUAACAACAGUGGCCAUCAGCCAUGGCGGCAAGUAUUCGUGCCAAGCUGAGAACGAGGCUGGCCAACAGAAAUGCGAAGCGACCUUGACCGUGCAAGAACCUGCCAGAAUCGUAGAAUCUGCAGAGUCCAUCAGUGUGACUGCAGGAGAUUCUGCCACGUUGGAGUGCACGAUCUCUGGAAGCCCAGACCUCAAAGCGAAGUGGUUCAAAGACGGCAAAGAGAUGAUCAGUGGCCGUAAAUACAAGAUGACUGUGAAGGACAAUAUUGCCACCAUGAAGAUUCUUACGGCAGAAAGAGGAGACACCUCAGAGUACAAGAUGGAGGUGUCCAAUAAAGUGGGAAAAGACCAGUGCACAUGCUCAGUCACGAUCUUAGAUCGGAUAAUGCCUCCAACUUUCACCAAGUCUCUGAAAAGAGUCGAUGGUAACAUUGGUAAUGACGUCUCCAUGGAUAGUAAAGUGUCUGGGUCCCAACCCAUGACCAUAGCGUGGUUCAAAGACGACCAGGAGAUCACGGCUGGGUCCAAAUUCCAGCCUGAAUUCAAAGACAGCUCUGCAACGCUGAGAAUCAUACGGCUGGAGAAAGCCGACUCUGGAGUUUACAAAUGCAGAGCCACCAAUUCGGCCGGCUUUAAGGAAACCAGCGGCACGCUCUAUGUCAAAGAGCCCCCAGUGUUCACAGUGAAACCUGACAACCAGGAUGUUAUACCAGGAAUCACUGUGUGCUUCAGAACAGCCUUCACUGGAACAGCUCCUCUAGCUGUGAAGUGGUUCAGAGAGGAAAAAGAGAUUAUAUCUGAAGGCUCAUAUUUCAUAAAGAAAGAUGCCUCUUCGAGCUCUUUGGAGCUUCACUCUGUGAAACCCAGUGACUCCUCUAAGUACACAUGCCAAGUGACAAAUGAUGCUGGGAAGGUGGAUUGCACCGCAGUCCUCUUUGUGAAAGAACCUCCCGUGUUUGUAAGCAAGAUCGAGGCGACCAAGCUCGUCACCAGCGGCGGAAGCGCCAAGCUGGAGUGCAAAGUGACGGGCAGCCCCGUCAUCGGUUUCAAAUGGUUCAAGGACGAGAUGGAGAUCAGCUCCAGUCCUAAAUACACAAUGGGCUUGAUUGACUUAGUGGCGUCUCUGGAAAUAGUCGAGUGUGCAGUCGCGGAUAGCGGAGAGUAUGUCUGUAUGGCGUCCAGCGAGGCCGGUAGUGACCGCUGCAGCAGCAGCGUUACAGUCAAAGCGCCACCAUUGUUUGUGCGUAGCAUGGAGCCCAAAGAUGUAGUCAAAGGUUCUGAGACGAUGCUGGAGGGCCAGGUCUCUGGCUCCGCCCCUUUCACAGUGUCAUUUUAUAAGAACACAAAGCUGAUCAGGAAUGACAAGAGACACAGGAUCACGGUGAAAGACGACCUGAUAGCACUGCAGGUGCUGGCAGUAGAGGCAGGAGACGUGGGCGUGUACCAGUGUACUGUUGAGAAUGAAGUGGGAAAGGCCACCUGUGAUUGUCAAGUAACACUCAAAGAACCGCCAUCAUUUGUGAGAAAGCUAGAGAACCUCAGCUCCUUGGUCGGCAGUGAGGUUUCUCUGCAGUGCACUCUGAAGGGCUCCGAGCCCAUGACUUUGUCCUGGACCAAAGACAACCACGAGCUCAAAGAGGCUGAACACGUUCAGAUCACAUAUGAGAACAACACGGCUCUGCUGCGCUUCACCAACUUACAGGGCAAACAUGGCGGCAAAUACUCGUGCCAGGCGCAGAACCAGGCCGGGAGCCAGACGUGCUCGUCUGUGUUGACAGUCAAAGAGCCGGCUAAGGUCACGGAGGAGGCCAAGUCCAUCAGUGUGACUCAGGGGGAUCCGGCCACGCUGGAGGCCCGGUUCUCAGGCACAAAACCGCUGAAGGCCAGAUGGCUUCUGGCGGGCAAGGAGCUGACCUCAGGCCAGAGAUAUAAAGUGCAAUGCAAAGACACCAGCUCUGUGCUCAAGAUUAUUAAAACUGAGAAAAGUGACAGUGGGGACUACACCUUUGAGGUUUCAAACGAUGUCGGCCAGAGUUAUUGCGAGGCCACACUCACCAUUCUCGAUCAAAUAAUUCCACCGUCAUUUACAAGGAAACUGAAGCAGACGGAAGGUAUCAAAGCCUCGUUUGCUCAUCUGGAGUGUCUUGUUUCCGGCUCCAUGCCGAUAACCGUACAAUGGUACAAAGAAGAGAAAGAGAUCCAGACUGAUGAGAAACACAAAUGCACAUUCUUUGAGAAUGUUGCUUUCCUGGAAAUCUCUAAUCUUGAGAGUAAAGACAGCGGCAGCUAUACCUGCAUCGCUAACAACAGAGCAGGAACCGUCCAGUGCUCUGGGAACUUGUUUGUCAAAGAACCACCAUGUAUUCUUGAAAAGCCUGAUUCCAUGAAUGUUUUGCCUGGCUCCAAAGUCCAGUUUAACGUACUGGUGUCUGGCACGCUGCCACUGACCACCAAAUGGUUUAAAAACAAGAAAGAGAUUUCAUCCAGUGCCGACUGCUCUGUGGUCAAAGACAACAUCUCCACCUCACUGGAGCUCUUCUUUGCUAAAACCUCUGAUUCUGGAGAUUACGUCUGUGAAGUACAGAACGAUGUGGGCUCCACUUCAUGCCAGGCAACACUCUUUGUCAAAGAGCCCCCUAAGUUCACACGAACCCCGGCUCGGGUGACCGUGGUCCGUCCCGGUCAGAGUAAAGUGUUUGAGUGCCAGGUGACCGGCACACCUGAAAUAGACAUCUACUGGUUCAAGGAAGGCUCUGAGAUCAGCCCCAGCGAUCGGUACAAGUUGGUCUUUGUUAACUCUGUGGCCACGCUGGAAGUCUGUGGGGUUGAUACCAAAGACAGUGGGCUUUACUACUGCGAGGCUCGCAAUGAGGCCGGCAGUGAGAGCUGCAGCAUGGAGCUCAAGGUCAAAGAACCACCAUCAUUUAUUAAAGAGCUGGCUCCAGCUGAUGUUGUGAAGGGCUCUAGUGCCUGUUUUGAGUGUCAGGUAGCUGGGACGGGUCCUUUUGAGAUAACAUGGCACAAAGAUGCAAAGGAGAUCAAAACAAGUGCGAAACACGGCUUCUCCCAGAUGAACGACACUGUGGGUCUGGAGGUGCACAAAUGUGAGGCCGUAGAUGUCGGUGAAUACCAGUGUACUGUUGCUAAUGAGGUGGGAAGCUGUACUUGUAAGACUACGCUAAACCUCAAAGAACCACCAACAUUCACCAAGAGGAUUGAGAACACUUCCACUGUUCUGGGUAAAGUGGCAGAGUUUCAGUGUGUUGUGGCGGGUUCUCCCACUCUCUCUGUACAAUGGCAAAAAGAUGAGAACUGGAUUUUGGAGGAUCCAAAGAUUGAGAGAACAUUUGAGAACAAUGUGGCCACUCUCAGGGUUCCCACCUGCGAGGUGACACACAGCGGGAAAUAUACCUGCCAGGUGGUAAACGAGGCCGGACAGGAUAAGUGCUUUGCCACCCUGACGGUGCAAGAACCUCCUCAGAUCACAGAGAAACCUGAAGUGAUAAAGGUUACAGUGGGAGAUCCAGUCAGUCUGGACUGUAAGGUGACGGGCUCACCUGAGCUCAAAGUGAAAUGGAUGAAGGAUGGCAAAGAGCUUCAGUCCAUCAGACAGCACAAGCUGAUCUUUGAGAACAACAUCAGCAGCCUAAAGGUUCAGUCGGCUCAGAAAGAGGACGGAGGAGAGUACACCUUCGUGGUGGAAAACCACAUCAGUAGCUGCACCUGCAAAGUCAAAGUGAUCGUACUAGAACAAGUAAUUGCCCCAAGCUUCAUCAAAUCCCUGGUAGACAUGCAGGAGAUAUUGGGCUCAUUUGUUCAGAUAUGUUGCAAGAUAUCUGGUUCCCUCCCCAUCUCUGUGGAAUGGCAAAAAGAUGGGACCAAAAUCUCUAGUGGUGUGAAACACAAACUCAUUCAGCAGGACAAUUCAGUGUCCAUUGAAAUCGAACAGCUGGAGAUAUCUGAUGCAGGAUCCUACUCUUGCAAACUGACAAAUGCAGCGGGAUGUUGUGGAUGCAGUGGAUCCAUCAUGGUUAAAGAACCUCCCAGCUUUGUGACGCUGCCUGAGUCCCAGGCGGCUCUACCAAAUGGAACCGUACGCUUCAAAGGCACAUUUAAGGGAACGCCUCCUUUCACGGUCAAAUGGUUCAAGGAGGACUCAGAGCUCAUGACCGGGCCCACUUGUUUCACGGGGCUGGAGGGCCUGUCUUGCUUCUUAGACCUCUAUUCAGUGGGCGUCACCCAGAGUGGAGUCUACUCUUGCCAAGUCAGUAAUGACGCUGGCUCUGUACGCUGCAGUGCAGACUUGACAGUCAAAGAACCACCUGAGUUUGUGCUGAAACUCCCUGCCGUUAAGUUUGUGAAGCAGGAUGAGUCGCUCCGGCUGGAGUGCAAAGUCAGUGGCACUGCCCCUCUGAAAGUGACCUGGUACAAACAGGACACCAAGGUCAUGGAUGGGGGCAACUACAGGACCUCAUUUGUUGACUCAGUAGCAGUCCUGGAACUGCUCUCUGCCAGCUUUGAUGAUGAGGGAGUUUACACCUGUGAAGCUCAGAACGAUGCUGGCAGUGUCAGCUGCAGCACCACACUUACCGUUAAAGACCCUCCAUCUUUUGUCAAAGUACCUCAGCCCAUUGAAGGGCUAAAGGGUAAGGACGUGAGUCUGUACUGCGAGAUGAGAGGUACAGCUCCGUUCCAGAUCACCUGGUUCAAAGACAGGAAACCUCUGAUGGAGGGAAGGAAGUAUAAAAUGGUGAACGAGGGCAGUUCGGCUACGCUGCAUGUCAUUGGGAUAGAGUCCUCGGAUGCCAGCGAAUACGAGUGCAAAGUGUCAAACAGUGUAGGAAGUGACACCUGCAAGACGUCAGUUAAACUCAGAGAGCCGCCGUCAUUUGUGAAGAAACUGUCAAAGAUGACGGUGAUACUGGGAGAGGAGGUGACCCUUGUGGCCAAUGUUAAAGGCUCUGAACCCAUUACUGUGUCCUGGGUUCAAGACAAGGAUCACAUUCUCAGGGACGGUGACAACAGGAAAAUCACCUUUGAGAACAACAAGGUCGCUCUUAAAGUCUUUAAGGCUGAUGCAACCACGGCAGGCAAUUACACGUGCCAACUCAGAAACGAUGCUGGGAGUGUGGAGUGUUUCGCUAACUUGACUGUUCUAGAACCUGCUAAGAUAGUGGACAAGCCCGACGCUCUGAGCGUGACAGCAGGCGACAUGGCCGCCCUGGAGGUCAAAGUGUGUGGAACCCCAGAGCUGAUGCCGAAGUGGUUCAAGGAUGGUGUCGAGCUGGCUUCUGGGAGGAAAUACAAAAUCUCCUUUUCUCAGAUGAUUUCCAGCCUGAACGUCCUUUCUGCUGAGAAAGUGGACUCAGGAGAAUAUACAUUUGAAGUCAUGAACGAGGUCGGGAAGGAUCUGAGCAAAAUUAAUCUCACUGUUUUAGAUAAGAUCAUACCCCCAACAUUCUCCAGGAAGUUAAAGGAUUGCAACGCGGUCAUCGGGGCAGCUGGAGAGAUGGAGUGCAAAGUGUCGGGCUCCACGCCUUUCACCAUCUCGUGGUACCACGAUGGGGAGGAGAUACAGAGUGGACCCAACUAUGAGCUUGCUUUCAGUAACAACAGCUGCACACUCAAAGUGUCCACGCUGAAGCUGUCCGACUCUGGAGUGUACAAAUGUAAAGCUGUCAACAAGGCUGGAUCCAGCGACACCACAGCGGCCUUCGUCGUAAAAGAACCCCCGUCCUUCGUGGUGCCUCCUCAGCCGGUGGAGGCUAUGCCCGGUUCCGAUGUGACCUUCUCCGCCAUGGUGAAGGGCAGCGCCCCCCUCAGGCUGAAGUGGUUCAGAGGAACCAAGGAGAUCCUGUCUGGACACGGCUGUGAAUUCUCCCUGAAGGACAACCAGGUCCUGCUGGAGCUCUUCAGAGUGGAUAGAUCUCACGGCGGAGAGUACACCUGUCAGGUCAUCAACGACGCCGGGAAGGAGAGCUGCCCCGUCAACCUCACCAUCAAAGAGCCGGCGUCCUUCUCUAAGAAGCUGAAGGACGUGUCGGUGGAAAAGGGUAAAGCCUUGACGUUGGAGUGCUCGUACAUCGGAUCUCCUAAAAUCACGGUGACGUGGUUCAAAGACGGCCAGCAGAUCUUCUCCUCCUACAAGUACAACGUGACCACGACGGAAAGCUCCUGCAUCCUCGAGUGUCUGAGCACCGACGACAAGGAGGCGGCGGGGAGGUACUGCUGCGAGGUCUCCAACGACGCCGGGAAGGACUCGUGCGACGCCGCCGUGUCCAUCCUCGAGCCGCCGUACUUCGUGGAGUCCCUGGAGCCCAUGGAGGUGACGACCGGAGACGGCGUGUGUCUCAAGUGUCAGGUGGCGGGAACUCCUGAGAUCAAGGUGUCCUGGUUCAAGGCCGACGGCAAAGUCCGGUCCAGCCCCACCUGUAGGUUGGAGUACCUGAAGGGCGUGGCCUGUCUGAAGCUCAGCAAGGCCACCAAGGCCGACAUCGGAGAGUACACCUGCAAGGCGGAGAACCAGAUAGGCUCCGCCUCCUCCACCUGCAAACUCAAUGUGCUAGCGGCCAAAUCGCCGCCGUCCUUCCCGAAGAAGAUCACCAGCCUGCAGCAGACGGAGGGUCAGGCCGUGCGCUUCGAGUGCCGCGUCGCCGGCUCGUCGCCCGUCGAGGUGUCGUGGCUGAAGGACGGCGAGCCGCUGAGGCCGGGAGACGAGUUCUCCAUGCUGUACGACGACAACACCGCCGUGCUGGAGAUCAGCCGCGGGGAGAAGAGGCACUCUGGGGAGUACACCUGCGUGGCCAACAACAGCGUAGGCUCCGCCUCCUGCAGAGCCAAGCUCACUCUGCAAGAACCCAGAUACCCGCCGGUCUUUGACAGGAAGUUGUCGCCCCAGGAGGUGACUGUGGGCGACAGCGUGGAGCUGGAGUGUCACAUGACCGGCUCCACCCCCAUCAAAGUCACAUGGUCCAAAGAUCACAAAGACAUCCGGCCCGGGGGGAACUACCAGGUGAGCUGCGUGGAGAACACGGCCCACCUGACCCUCCUGAGGGCGGACAGAGGUGACACGGGGAAGUACUUCUGCCACGCCGCCAACGACGUGGGCAAAGACUCCUGCUCCUCCGACGUCUCCGUCAAAGAGCGUAAAACCCCCCCGGUGUUCACCAAGAGGCCCUCUGAGCGUGUGGAGGACACGGAGGGCAAGCUGGUGAAGAUGGAGGGCCGCCUCACCGGCUCCCAGCCCGUGACGGUCAGCUGGUUUAAGGAGGAGGAGGAGCUCUGCAGCUCCGAGCGCUACGACGUGAGCUUCCAGAGCAACGUGGCCGUGCUGUGCAUCAAGAGCAGCCGCGUGACGGACAGCGGCCGCUACCGCUGCCACGCCUCCAACGAGGCGGGCGGGACUUCCUGCGACAUCAUCGUGGGGAUCUCAGAAGCCAGGAAGCCGCCGGUGUUCGACGUCGCCCUCAAGCCGCUGACGGUGGACGAGGGAGACAAGCUGAGUCUCCGGUGUCACGUCUGCGGCUCCGCUCCGCUCAAGAUCCAGUGGAUGAAGGACAGGAAGGACCUGACGUCCACCGGCAGCACCAGGAUCAGCUUCACCGACGGGACGGCCUGUCUGGAGAUAAGCUCCGCCUCCCGACUCGACGGCGGGGACUAUCUGUGCAAGGCCAGCAACGAGGCCGGCAGCGAGUUCUGCAAGGCCAAGGUCACCGUCAAGGAGAAACCAGGAGUAGCUCCGCCUCCUGCUGCAGCUCCAGCUGCUCCAACCAAGAAACUGGAAAACCUCUUUUUCAUCCAGGAGCCCAGAACGGCACACGUCACAGAGAAAUCGGUCGCCACCUUCAUCGCCAAAGUGGGCGGCGACCCGAUCCCCAGCGUGAAGUGGAUGAAGGGGAAGUGGAGGCAGAUCACGCACGGCGGACGCAUCUCCAUCGACCAGAAGGGCCAGGAGGCCAAGCUGGAGAUCCGGGAGGUGACCAAGUCGGACUCGGGUCAGUACCGGUGCGUCGCCUCCAACAAGCACGGGGAGAUCGAGUGCGGCGCCGACAUGCACGUGGACGAGAAGAAAGGGGCGGAGCAACUGGAUGGAGACCUGCGAGCCAAGCUGAAGAAGACGCCCUCCAAGCAGAAGAGUCCGCAGGAGGAGAAGGACGUCGACAUCGUGGAGCUGCUGAGGAACGUGGACCCCAAAGAGUACGAGAAGUACGCCCGCAUGUACGGCAUCACGGACUUCCGGGGCCUGCUGCAGGCCAUCGAGCAGCUGAAGAAGGAGAAGGCCGAGGAGAGCGGGAGACCGGAAGUGGAACGUGGAGGUAGAGAGUCUGACGAGGACAUGGCCCGACUGGUGGCCGACCUGCAGAAGAGGAUGGAGCGCACCGAGCCCGUCACCGUGGUGAAAGACAUCUCCGAUCUGUCCGUCUCCUGCAACAAGGAGGCGGUGUUUGAGUGCGAGGUCAAGAUCAACUACCCGGAGAUCACCCUGUCCUGGUACAAGGGCACCCAGAAGCUGGACAGCGGCAACAAGUACGACAUCAGCAUCAGCGGAGAGCGCCACCUGCUGAAGGUCAAGAGCUGCCAGCCCGGUGACCAGGGCAACUACCGGGUGGUCUGCGGGCCGCACAUCUCCAGCGCCAAGCUCACCGUCAUGGAGGUGGAGAAGCACCUGCAGGACACUUCGGGUAAGGAAGGCCAGCUGUGCUCUCUGUCUUGUCAGUUGUCCGUCCCAAACGUAGAGGCUCAGUGGUUUAGAAACAGCCAGCGCUUAGAGAUGAAGGGCAGGUACUCGUCAGAGGUCCAACACAAGGUUCAGAAGCUUCUGAUCAGAGACCUGAGGACUGAAGACCAGGGCCGCUACACCUGCAAGUACCAGAACCUGGAGUCCUCCGCGGAACUGUGGGUCGAAGCCGAACAAAUUCAUUUCACCAAACGCAUCCACAACAUCGAAGUCAACGAGCGGCAGGCGGCCACCUUCGAGUGCGAGGUGUCCUUCGACAACGCGGUCGUGUCGUGGUACAAAGACACCUGGGAGCUGCGAGAGAGCCCCAAGUACAACUUCACGAGCGAGGGCCGAAGACAUUUCAUGAUCAUCCGAAACGUGGCCAUCGAAGACGAAGGCGUGUACUCAGUGAUUGUGAGGUUGGAGCCCAGAGGAGAGGCUAAGAGCACUGCUGAGCUUUAUUUGUCUGGCAAAGAAAUUGAAUUAGCAAUGGUGCCCUUCGAUGUCCCAGACUUCUCAGUUCAGAGGCCUGAAGUGCCUUCAUCGGUGGCAAUUCAAGAAUCUGCUGAAGUCUAUCAGUAUAAGGAAGAGAUGGAACAUAGAGAAUCAGCUGAAUAUUCCUAUCACUAUGAAGAAGAGGUGGAGCAGAGAGUGGAGUUUGAGAGCUGGACAGAAGAGACGGUGACACAGCAGGUGUCCUCAGCCAAAGUUGCCAGAGUCGCCAUUGAGGAGAAAGUGGAGACCAAGAAAGUUGAAAUGAGAGAGGAAAUCCCAAAAGUUCCCAAAGCUGAGAAAAGGCCCGAAGAGAAGCCGGCAGCAGCUGUGAAGGAGCCAUCGCCACCAAAAGCUCCGGAGGCCAGAAAGCCAGUGGAGGAGAAGGUUCCUGCAGUUUUAGUCCCAGAGAAGAAGAAAGCUCCGGCUCCAAAAGAACCAGAGGCGGUAAAGAAGCCUGCCGCUGCCCCCACGCCGCCUGCAGAGAAGCCUGGAGUGCCAAAGAAAGAUGAGCCCAAGCUUCAGGUACGAGCUGAGUCCAAAAAAGUGGCACUUGCGUCUAAGCCUGAGCCCGAACCCAAACGGAAAGCAGAGCUAGAACCCAAACCGGCUCCCAAAGCAGAACCCGAAGCCAGACCGAAGGUCGAGCCCGAAGCUAAGCCGCCGCCGGUAAAGAAGCCGGUGACGCCUCCAUCCAAAGUCCCUGAGGAGGCCGCAAAACCAGAGCCGCCAAAGAUCCAGCCGGAACCAGCAGUAAAAAAGCCAGAACCAGAGGUUCGAAAAGCGAAACCAGAACCAGAGAAACCCAAACCAGAAGUCCGUAAACCUGAGCCUCUUGUAGCGAAGCCAGAACCGGCUGCCAUGAAACCAGAAACUGCAGUGGUCCACAAACCUGAACCUGCAGUGGUUCCCAAACCAGAACCUGCAGUUGUCCACAAACCUGAACCUGCAGUGGUUCCCAAACCAGAACCUGCAGUGGUCCACAAACCAGAACCUGCAAUGGUCCCCAAACUUGUACCUGCAGUGGUCCACAAACCUGAACCUGCAGUGGUCCCCAAACCUGAACCUGCAGUGGUCCCCAAACCUGAACCUGCAGUGGUUCCCAAACCUAAACCUGCAGUGGUCCCCAAACCUGAACCUGCAGUGGUCGGCAAACCUGAACCUGCAGUGGUCCCCAAACCUGAACCUGCAGUGGUCCCCAAGCCUAAACCGGCAGUGGUCUCCAAACCUGAACCUGCAGUGGUCUCCAAACCUGAACCUGCAGUGGUCCCCAAAUCUGAACCUGCAGUGGUCUCCAAACCUGAACCUGCAGUGGUCUCGAAACCAGAACCUGCAGUGGUCCCCAAACCUGAAACUGCAGUGGUGCCCAAACUUGAACCUGUAGUGGUCCCCAAGCCUGAACCUGCAGUGGUCCCCAAACCUGAACCAGCAGUGGUCCCCAAACCUGCAGUGAAAAAGGCUGAACCUGAAGUUAAAGUGCCAAAACCAGAACCGAAGCCUGCACCAAAGGACUCUCUUAAGAAAGUUCCUGUGGAGGAAAAACUACCCGACCCUCCAAAAGCAGCCAAGACUCCAGAAGCUUCUGCCGUCCCUCCCAAAGAAGAGCCGAGGCAGACCGAGAAAGCUUUGAAGCCCAAACCUAAACUCGUACCUGAACAAGUACCUCAGAAGGUGGUUGUGUCGGAGACUGAACCUGCUAAAAUACCUGAAGCUGUACCUGAGAGACGGCCACCAGGGACAGAGAGAACCCUCGAGAGGGUCCUAGAGAAGGUUGUGGAGGAAACUCCAAAGAGGGUACCUGAGGAGAAGGUAGCAGAGAGGCUUCCUCCUGAGAAGACACCUGAGGAAGUAAAACCUGCCCUGGUGGCUAAGAAACAACCAGAGAGGAUCUCUGUAGAUAAAACACCUGAGAAGAUCCCUGAAAUUAAACCCAAACCUGAAGCUAAACCCAAACCAGAGUUAGAAGAAAGUCUUCCUAAAGAAAUAGAAAGUAAGAAGACUGAGAAGAUUCUGCGCUCAGAGGUUUCUGAAGAGAAAUCUGUGUCUCCUCCAGAAAAAGGGACCACGAGUCUCGUGAAGAUGGAGCGACAGAGAGGAGCUCAGAAGGUACAGGAAGUCUUUUACGGGUCGGAGGAACGCGCCGAAGCGUCCUACGAGGACGACGUGCCUCGUCCGAGUGAGACGGCGGCGUUGUUGUCAGAAGACUUCUUACGUUCAACAGAACAGGCCAGAGAUCAGAGGUCUGAACUGAGAGGAGAGAUGUCUGUUACUGGCUCUUCAAAGAGGACAGAAACCAGGUCGACUAAACACAUGAAAACAAUAGAAACCGUUGUUGUAGUCCAGCAUGCGGAACCCGACAGAGAUAGGGAGCUGCUGCCGCUGCAGGACAAGACUACAAGCGAGACGAGGGUAGACGGGGUCUUCAUCAGGACCCUCGAGUCGCCAGGAGAAGUUCCUGACGUUCCAGUCAGACGGCCGCAGGACCAGAAGGACGUGUCGAGAGUCACGAAGGCAGCCGAGACCAGCAUUGAAACAGAAGGCAGAGAGACACGAGUGACGCGACAGGAAGGCAGGAAAACUACGACAGUUAAAGGAACAGAGUCAGGAACAACUGAACCAGUUAUCAUCAGAAGAAAAGUCUCCUACGAGGAAUCAGUCGAGAUGAUUUCAGAUAAACUAGAAGAUGAAUACAGUCGAGCUGAGAAGAUCACGAUCCAGCAGACAGAAGUCUCGGGUAAAGACAAAGUAGUCGGUUCCACUACUCGAGUGAGAACGGUUGAAGAGAAAAAGAGUAGAAAAGAGGAAACUGUAGUUCAACCAGCACCAGAGAAAGUGUCUGUCAGGAAACCAGAGAAGUUAAAGUCUGAUGAGAUCAUUAAGAAACCAAAACCUCAAGAGGAGGUGACCCUCAGGGUAACAGCAGAAGAGUCAGUAACAGACAUCCAGCUCCAGAGGCCACAACGAAUCCGAGAAAUGAAGAAAAAAGAGGAGUUUAAAGACGAAGAAACAAGUCUUUUAAUGGAGGGAGCGGUUGUGAAGAGAAGGCUUUCCCCUCCAGCUGCUUCCAGAGUUCCUGUGAAGGAGAAGGAGUCUCCACCUCAAGUCAAAGAAGCACUGGCGGAGCCAGCUGCUCCUCGAGAAGAGAGCAAACCACAGGCUGCUGUCAGAGUUCAAGAAGCUGGCAAGAAGAAAGUUACUCCACAAGAAGAAGCAGCGCCAGUGACCAAGCCACAGCCUGUCGUAAAGACCAAAGAACCAGUCAAGAAGGUGGACGAAGGAAAACCAGCGGUGCUUAGAAAGAUAACUCCUGAAGCAGAUGAAACCAAAGGACCAGUCCAAGCACCAGGAGGAGUCAAGAAAGAAAUCCUUCUGCAGAGAAAAGGUAUAAUUCACACGGAAGAGGAGGGUACGUUUGAGAUUCCUACUUUGAGGAAGACAACAAGAGUAAUAAAGGAAGUGGAAGAAGAGCAGGAGAUCAUCAAACUGAAGAAGAUUCCAUCAGGUCCACCUCAAGAGACUGAAGAAGAGGAAAAAACCCAGAAGGUCACCAAGACCACCAUCUUUGAGGUUGAGGAGCUGGUGCACAGAGAAGAGACUGUGGAGAUGUCCGUCGUCACCAGGAGACCCGCGGAGGAGAGGAAACCUCGAGAGAAAGCCGAUGUGGUGAAAAAGCCAGAGCUUGUGAAGCCGAAAGAACAGGAACAGAAAGAAGCUCCUAAAGAUGCAUGGACCCGCCAGAAGCCCACUCCACCAGAUGAGAAACCAGAAGAGAAGAUUUCCUUGAAGAAAACUCCCAGAGCACCAAAGGAAGAGGAACCUGCUGCGCCGACUGGAGCCUUGAAGAAAGUGAAGAAAUUGCCUUCAGAUGAGCUGGAAGCAGAGUUAGUAAAACUAAAACCCUUUGAAAAGCCUGUUGAACCAGCUGAGGAGCCAGAGAAGGACCAGAAGGAGAGGCCAGACAGGGACACGGUACCUUUCCACAAGCUAGAGAGGAUCCCCAAAGAGGUGGAAACCAAAGAACUGCCCAAGAAGCCAGAGAAGGCUCCUCCAGAGGUAAAGGCGCCACCAGCCAAGCUGCCAAAGCCAGGAGAUACUCCAGAGAAAGAGCCUAAGGAGGUCAAAUUGCUCACAAAGGUGAAGAAAGUCCCAACAAAGGAACAAGAGAUAGAGAGCGUGAAGCUGAAGCCCUUCUCCAGGCCUUCCAAAGACGCUGCAGAGCCAGAGAAGAAGCCAGCCGAGGGACUGCAGCGCCGCCGCACAAGUCCAGAGGAAAAACCAAAAGAACGAGAGCCAGAGGUGUCGCUGAAGGAACCUGAGAUCCCAGAAGCUCCAGAGAAGAAGCCGGAGAAGGUGGUGGAGGCAGCUCCAGCAGAGAAGACGGUGACUCCUGUGCCGGUUCCUGUUAAGAAACCAGAAAAGGUUCCUGAGGAGCCCAAACUUCUGAAGCUGAAGAAGGGAGUCACACCCAAAGCUAAAGAGGAGAAAGAAGAAGUGGCUCUGAAGCCUUUGGAGCAGCUCAAGAAGGUCCAGCUGAAAAAGACUCCGUCUCCAAAAGUUGAGACGCUUAAAGAAGCGGUCCCUGUUGAGAAGAAGCCAAGUGUAGAUAAACUCAAGAGGAUUCCUCAAACUGUGACACCGAGAGACUCUGUUGAAGCUGUGACUCUCAAAAAGGUCCCGAAGAAGCCGUCACCAGAGGAGGCUGCAGAACCAGCAAAGCCUGGUAAAGAAAGGAUCCCCCUGGCAAAGGAGGUCUCUCCUGGAGCCGUGCCGAUAAAGAAGGUCGCCACCCAGCCGGAGGAGGAGGUGUUCGAAGGGGAGGCUGAGGCAGAGGAAGAGGUAGAGGGGAAGCAGGAGGAAGAAGAGGCCUGGGAGCUGGUUCCCCGAGACAGUUACGGCUCUGAAGACUGGGAGGGUGAAGGAGAAGAGGGCGCUCUCGAGGCUCCAGGGGUCACCAGGAGAGAGGGACAACCAGCAGAAGAAGCAGGAAGAGGAAGAGGCAGAGGGCUGAAACCCAAGCAGACCCCGUCCCCUGGAGAAGGAAGGGGCCGCGGCCUGAGGCCCGGCGGAAAAGGCCCGUCGCCACCAGAUGAACCCUUUGCAGGAUUCAAGCUCAAAGCCGUCCCCCUGAAGUUCAUCAAGAAGAUUCAGGACAUCGUGCUGCAGGAGGCCGAGUCCAUCGGCUCGUCCGCUGUGUUCGAGUGCGAGGUCUCGCCUUCCACUGCCAUCACCACGUGGAUGAAAGGCGACUGCAACCUGCGUGAGGACCCCAAACACAAGUUCACGUCUGACGGCAAAGAUCGCAAGUUGAACAUCAUCGACGUGCAGCUGUCCGACACCGGGGAAUACACAUGCAUAGCCAAGAACGCCGGGAAGGAAAUAACAUGCACAGCCAAGCUCAUUGUGGAAGAGCUGCCUGUGAAGUGGAUCAAAGAGCUGGAGGAGGAUACCUCGGUUCUGAAGGGUCAGCCUCUGUAUAUGACCUGUGAGCUGAACAAAGAGAGAGACGUGAAAUGGAAGAGGAACGGAGAGGUCCUGAAGAAACAGGCCGGGAAGAUUCAGAUCAACAUCAUCGGUAUGCAGCACACCGUGACCAUCCAGAGCACCACCGAGGCCAACACUGGACUCUACUCGUGUGAGGUGGUCGGCCAGGAGGACGUCAAGACUGCAACCAAUGUCAAAAUCAUUGAAAUCAUCAAAGAUUGGAUCGUGAAACCACUGAGAGACCAGCACGUGAAACCGAAGGCAGAGGCCACGUUUAGAUGUGAGCUGUUCAAGGAAAGCCCCAACUGGAAGUGGCUCAAAGGAGAGACCGAGGUCACUCCUUCUGACAAGGUGGAGAUCAAGAAGGAUGGAAAGUUGCUGACGCUUACCAUCAAGAACUGUCAGCCCGAUGACGUAGCAGAAUACGCCAUGGAGGUGGAGGGACGCGUCUACACGGCCAAGCUUACACUUGGAGAGCGGGAGGCAGAGAUCCUGAAGCCUCUGGCCAGCGUGGAGGUGGUCGAGAAGGAAGACGCCAAGUUUGAGACGGAGAUCUCUGAGGAGGAUGUUCCAGGAGAAUGGAAGCUCAAAGGAGAGGUUUUGACCAGAUCCCCGAUGUGCGACAUCCAAAUGGAGGGUGGGGUUCGUAGACUCAUUCUGAAGAACUGCCAGGUGGACCAGGCCGGAGAAGUGUCCUACCAGGCUCUCAAUGCCAUAACCAGCGCAAUGCUCAAUGUCAAAGAGAUCGAAAUGGACUUUGUUGUCCCGCUGAAGGACAUUUCUGUGCCUGAAAAGAAACAGGCUAAGUUUGAAUGCAUCAUCACGAAGGAUGUCUCUAAGGUCAUGUGGUACAGAGGCGCCGACGUCAUCACCACAGACCAAAAGUAUGACAUCAUCGAUGAUGGAAAGAAGCACAUGCUGGUCAUAAACUGCUGUGAAUUUGACGACGAGGACGAGUACACCGUCGCCGUUUUGGACAAAACGUCCACGGCUCGACUCACAGUGGAGGGUAUCAGGCUCAAAUUCAUCUCGCCGAUAAAGGACCAAACCGUGAAGGAAGGCACGACGGCUCGCUUCGAGCUGGAGCUUUCUCACCCGGACGUCCCCGUCACCUGGUACAAGAACGACGUGAAGAUUCACCCGAGCAGGACGGUGGUCAUUCACAUGGACGGAGACAAACACGUGCUCGAGAUAAAGGAAGUGACUCUCGAUGACACUUGCCAGAUUAAGGCCGAGGCCAAAGGAAUUCCUUCCAUGGCCAACCUGACGGUCAUAGAGGGAGACGCGUACUUCACAGUGAAGCUGCAGGACUACACUGCAGUGGAGAAAGACGAGGUGGUUCUAGAUUGCGAGCUCAGCAAAGACGUGGAAGUCACGUGGUACCACGACGAGGCCGAGGUCAAGACCUCUAAGAUGGUGGCCGUUAAGGCCGAGGGCAAACGCAGAACCCUCGUCAUCAAGAAAGUGGGAGGCGAAGACAAAGGAGCGUACGUGUGCGAUUGUGGAACCGACAAGACGACGGCGACGCUUCACAUUGAAGCUCGCCACAUCAAGGUGGUUCGGCCGGUGUACGGCGUCGAGGUGUUUGACGGAGAGACCGCCCGAUUCGAGGUGGAGCUCAGCGAGGACGACGUCCACGGCCAGUGGAGGCUGAACGGAGAACUUCUCAGUGCAUCCGCCGAUGUUGAGAUCGUGGAGGACGGUUCCAAACACACGCUGGUGUUGUACAACUGCAAAGUGCCUCUAACGGGCAAGGUGGCGUUCACCGCCGCCGAUGCCAAGAGUUCUGCUAACCUGAAAGUGAAGGAGCCGCCCGUCUCGUUCAUCACGCCGCUGGCCGACGUGCACGUGUACGAAAAGGACGAAGCCAAGUUUGAGCUGGAAGUUUCCCGAGAGCCCAAAAGCUUCCGUUGGCUGAAGGGCUCUCAGGAGUUGUCCGACGACGAUAAGUUUGAACUCCUGGUGGAGGGAACGAGACACGCUCUCGUUGUCAAAUCUGCCAAAUACGAAGACGAAGCCAAGUACAUGUUUGAGGCUGAAGACAAACGGACGUCUGGAAAGUUGAUUAUCAAAGGUAUUCGCCUUGAAUUUAUCAAGCCCAUUAAAGACGUGACUGUGAAGGAGCGUGAAACCGCCGAGUUCAGUGUGGAACUCUCCCACGAAAAUAUCCCGGUGGUCUGGUACAGAAACGACGUCCGCCUGCACCCCAGCAAGGUGGUGCACAUGUCGGACCUGGGAAAGGUCCACACGCUGGCCUUCAAGGAGGUCACCAUCGACGACACCUCCAUGAUCAAAGUGGAGGCUGCCGGCAAGACCUCAGAGGCCAUGCUCACCGUGCUCGAGGGCGACUUGUACUUCUCGGCGAGGCUCCAAAACUACACCGCCGUGGAGAAGGACGAGGUGAUUCUGUCCUGCGAGGUGAGCAAGGCCGGCGCCGAGGUCCGGUGGUUCAAGGGCGGAGACGAAAUCUUCCCCUCCAAGAACGUUCUCCUCCAAUCGGACGGCAGGAAGCGCAUGCUGGUGAUCAAGAAGGCGGCGAAGAGCCACAUGGGAGCGUUCACCUGCGACUGCGGCACCGACAAAACCUCCGCCGACCUGAACAUCGAAGAGCGCGACAUCAAGGUCCUCCGCCCGCUUUACAGCGUGGAGGUCACCGAGACCGAGACGGCCAAGUUUGAGACGGAGAUCUCUGCGGAGGAUCUUCACUCCACCUGGAAGCUGAAGGGAGAGACGCUCCACCCGUCUUCUGACGUGGAGAUCAAGGAAGAGGGAUCCCGACACAUUUUGAUCCUCUUCAACUGCAAAAAGGACAUGGCAGGAAGUGUCGACUUCUCUGCAGCGAACGCCAAAUCUACGGCUCAGCUCAGGGUCAAAGCCCGAGUGAUCGGCCUGGCGAGACCCCUGAAUGACGCCACCGUGACGGCGGGGGAGACCGCCACCUUCGAGUGCGAGCUGUCCUACGAGGGCAUCGCCGUCGAGUGGUUCCUGGGAGGGUCCAAGGUGGAGCCUGGCGACAGAGUGGUGCUGAAGGCGGAGGCUAAAGUCCACAGUUUGACUCUGAGGGACGUUCGUCUGAAUGAAGCCGGACAAGUUAAACUCACCGCCAAAGACUUCCAGACUGAUGCCAACCUCAUCGUCAAAGAGCCGGCGGUGGAGUUCUCCAAGCCUCUGGAGGACCAGACGGUGGAGGAGGAGGCGACCGCCACGCUGGAGUGUGAGGUUUCCAGAGAGAACGCAGAGGUACGAUGGUUCAGGGACGGACAGGAGAUCAGGAAGACCAAGAAGUACGAGAUGGUCGUCGACGGACGCAAGAGAGCGCUGGUGAUCCACGACUGCUCUCCGGACGACGCCAAGACCUACGCGUGUGACGCCAAGGACUUCAAGACCUCCUGCUUCCUCAACGUGGAGCCUCAACAUAUCGAGUUCUCGAAGCCUCUUCAUGACGUGGAGGUGAAGGAGAAGGAAUCCGCCAGGUUUGAGUGUGAAGUUUCCAGAGAAGACGUCAAAGUCCGCUGGUUUAGAGACGGAAGUGAAAUCAGAAAGGGGAAGAAGUACGAAAUAAUCGCUCAAGGUCGCCAACACGUCCUCAUCGUCCACAAGUCCGUGUUCGACGACGAGGCCGAAUACGAAUGUGAUGCCAAGACCUCCAAGUCCUGCGGCAUGCUGACCGUCAUCGAGGAGGAGGCCAGGUUCAGCAAGAACCUGUCCAACGUGGAGGGGACGGAGACGGACAGCGUGAAGCUGAUCUGCGAGGUGUCCAAACCCGGCGCCGACGUCACCUGGUACAAAGGAGACGAGGAGCUGCCGGAGGGCGGCCGCUACGAGCACAUCGUGGACGGCAAGAGGAGGAUCCUCCUCAUCCAGGACCUGAAGAUGAGCGACGCCGGAGACUACAACUGCAGGCUGAGUCCCAGCAUCAAGACCUCCGGGGGCCUCAAGAUCAACGAGCUGGCGGCCGAGUUCAUCUCCAGGCCUCAGAGCCAGGAGGUGGUGGAGGGCGAGAAGGCGGAGUUCACCUGCUCCGUCUCCAAAGAAACCUACGAGGUCAAAUGGCUGAAGGGCGACAAGGAGCUGCAGGCGGGCGACAAGCACCAGAUGGUGAGCGACGGCAAGCGACGCACGCUGGUCAUCGGGAGCUGCGAGCCCGGAGACGAGGGCGGAUACGUGGUGAUGAUCGGACCGACCAGAGCUGGCGCUGACCUCACCGUGCUGGAGAAACUGAAGGUCAUCACGCCGCUGAAGGACAUGGAGGCCAAAGAAGGUCAGGAGGUGGUCCUGAACUGCGAGGUGAACUCAGAGGGAGCGAAGGCCAAGUGGCUGAAGAACGAGGAGACGAUAUUCGAGAGCAGCAAGUACGUGAUGGUCCAGAGAGACAACGUCUUCUCCCUGAGGAUCAGAGACGCCCAGAAGGGAGACGAGGCCAACUACACCAUCAGCCUGACCAAUCAGAGGGCGGAGCAGGCCAAGAGCUCCUGCAACCUCACGGUCAAAGAGGAGAGCCUGAGGAUCGUGGUUCCUCUGGAGGACAUCGACACUCAGGAGAAGAAGACCAUCAGCUUCUCCUGCAAGGUCAACCGGCCCAACGCCACCCUGAAGUGGAUGAAGGCCGGCGAGGAGAUCGCCUUCAACAAGCGCGUGGUCUACCGCGUGGACAAAGACAAGCACACGCUGACCAUCAAAGACUGCACGCUGGCGGACGAGGGCGAGUACACCGCCGCGGCCGGAGACAGCAAGUCCACCGCCGAGCUGAUCAUCAGCGAGGCGCCCACGGACUUCAGCAUGCAACUCAAGGACCAGACCAUCACCGAGUUCGACGACGCGGAGUUCACCUGCAAGCUGACCAAAGAGAAGGCCGACGCCAAGUGGUACAGGAACGGACGUGAGAUCAGAGAAGGACCGAGAUACACGUUUGAAAGAGACGGGAAGCUCUGCACCUUGCGUAUCAAGGAGUGCAGACCCGACGAUGAGUGCGAGUACGCCUGUGGCGUGGACGAGAAGAGAACCAGAGCCCGGCUCUUUGUUGACGAGACCCCGGUGGAGAUCGUCAGACCGCCUCAGGACGCGUUCGAACCCCCGGGCUCGGACAUCGUGUUCGAGGUGGAGCUCAACAAGGACCGGCAGGAGGUGAAGUGGUUGAGGAACAACAUGACGGUCGUCCAGGGAGACAAAUACCAGAUGGUGAGCGAGGGCAAAGUCCACCGGCUGCAGGUCUGUGAGAUCCGACCUCGAGAUCAGGGAGAGUACAGGAUCGUCGUCAAGGACAAAGACGCCAGAGCCAAGCUGGAGCUGGCAGCGGUGCCUCAGAUCAAGACCACAGACCAGACCUACGUUACUGACGCCAGGAAGCCCAUCUCCAUGGCCGUCCCCUACAGCGCCUACCCGCAGGCCGAGGCCGACUGGCUGUACGACAGCCUGACUCUGCCCAGAGACAACGUCCACACAUCUGCCGACCGCACAGAGUACCUCCUGAAGGACCCCGUGAAGUCUGACGAGGGCCGCUACAAGGUCAUCAUCAAGAACAAACACGGACAGGGAGAAGCCUUCAUCAACCUGGAGGUCAUCGAUGUCCCCGGACCCGUGAAGAACCUGCAGGUGGUCGACACCGCCGACGGCGAGGUCAGCCUGGCGUGGGAGGAGCCCGAGAGCGACGGCGGCAGCAAGGUCACCGGCUACGUGGUGGAGAGACGCGACGUGAAGCGGAAGACUUGGACGCUGGCCACCGACCACGCCGAGAGUCCCGAGUACACGGUGACCGGCCUCCAGAGGGACUCCAUGUACCUGUUCAGGGUCUGCGCCAGGAACCGGGUCGGCAGCGGACCCAACGUGGACACCGACAAACCCGUACAGGCCAGGAACAAGUUUGAUGUUCCCGAGGCUCCUCUCAACGUGAUCGUGGGGAACGUCUCCAAGUUCGGCUGCAGCGUCUCCUGGGAGCCCCCCGAGUCCGACGGGGGCUCUCCCGUCACCUCUUACGUCGUCGAGCUGCGCGACAGGACGUCCGUGAAGUGGACGCCCGUGCAGGUGACCAAAGCCGACGACCUGAGCGCCGUCAUCAACGACGUCAUCGAGAACAAGGAGUACAUCUUCAGAGUCAAAGCUCAGAACAAAGCCGGCGAGGGCAAGCCCAGUGCCGCCUCCCGGCCCGUCAAGAUCAUGGAUCCCAUCGAGUGUCCCAGUCCCCCUCAGAACCUGGUCCACCAGGACCAGAACAAGAGCUCUGUGCAGCUGAGCUGGGAGACUCCUCUGAGGAACGGCGGCAGCAUGAUCACCGGAUACGUCAUCGAGCGCUGCGAGGAAGGAACCGACAAGUGGCUCCGCUGCAACGCUCGGCUCUGCCCCGACCUCUCCUACAAGGUGUCGGGUCUGAAAUAUGGAACCAAGUACAACUACAAAGUGUUUGCUGAAAACGCCGCCGGACUCUCCGACCCGUCAAACAUCAUCGGACCUCUGCUGGCCGACGACACGCACGUCGGCCCAUCCUUCGACCUGAGUGCUUUCAAAGACGGCCUGGAGGUGAUCGUGCCUCAGCCUCUCACCAUCAGAGUCCCCAUCACCGGAUACCCGACGCCUGUCGCCAAGUGGACCUUCGGCGAGAAGGAGCUGACCACCGCGGACGAGCGUGUCACCCUGACCACCAGGUCCACCUUCGUGGAGCUGACUGUCACGCCGAGUGUCCGCCCGGAUAAAGGCAGCUACACCCUGACGCUGGAGAACGACGUCACGUCCGUCUCCGGAGAGAUCGAAGUCAACGUCAUCGCGGCGCCCAGCGCUCCGAAGGACUUCAAGGUCCUGGAGGUGACCCGGCAGCACGUCCACCUGAGCUGGGAGGGUCCAGAGCACGACGGAGGAAGUCCUCUGACUGGCUACCAGGUGGAGAAACGGGACAUGUCCCGUAAGACCUGGGUCAAGGUGACCACAGGCAUCCAGGAUCAGGAGUUCACAGUCACCGACGUGGUUGAAGGAAAGGAGUAUCUGUUCAGAGUCACCGCCUGCAACAAGUGUGGACCCGGAGAGCCGGCGUACAUCGACGAGCCCGUCAACGUCUCCUCUCCUGCCACCAUCCCCGACCCGCCAGAGAACCUGAGGUGGAGAGACAAGUCGGCCAGCGGCAUCUUCCUGACCUGGGAGCCGCCCAAGUACGACGGCGGCACCGGCAUCCGCGGCUACAACGUGGAGCGCUGCCAGAGAGGGACCGACAAGUGGGAGCCAUGCGGCGACAUGGUGCCGGAGCUGAAGUGCCAGGUGACGGGUCUGAUCGAGGGCCAGUGGUACGCCUACAGAGUCCGAGCCCUGAACCGACUCGGAGCCGGUCGGCCCUGCAAGGCCACCGACGAGAUCCAGGCCGUUGAUCCCAAAGAGCCUCCAGAGAUCCAGCUGGACGCCAAGCUCCUGGCUGGUCUGACCGCCAAGGCCGGCAGCAAGAUCGAGCUCCCCGCCGAGGUGACGGGGAAGCCCGAACCCCGGGUGAAAUGGACCAAGGCCGACCUGGUCCUCAAACCGGACGACAGGGUGUCCAUCGACACCAAGCCAGGACACUCCACCGUCACCAUCGCCAAGACCAAGAGAGACGACAGCUGCACCUACAUCAUCGAGGCCACCAACAGCAGCGGCCGCGCCACCGCCACCGUCGACGUCAACAUCCUCGAUAAACCCGGCCCUCCGGCUGCCUUCGACAUCUCUGAGAUCACCAACGAGACCUGCUUCCUGGCCUGGAACCCUCCGCGCGACGACGGCGGCUCCAGGGUGACCAACUACAUCGUGGAGCGCCGAACCGCCGACAGCGAGAUCUGGCACCGGCUGUCCUCCACCAUUAAACUGACCACCUACAAAGCUGUGGACCUGGUCAAGUUCAAGGAGUACAUCUUCAGAGUCUUCGCUGAGAACCAGUUUGGUGUUGGUCCACCAGCUGAGCACCAAUCCAUCAUCGCCAGAUACCCCUUCGACACUCCUGGAGCUCCUUACAAGCUGGAGGCUUCGGACAUCGCCAAGGACUCUGUGACCCUGGCCUGGUACGAGCCCGAUGAAGACGGAGGAAGCCCCAUCACCGGGUACUGGGUGGAGAGAUACGAACCGGACCACGACAAGUGGAUCAGAUGCAACAAGCUGCCCAUCAAAGACACCAACUACAGAGUCAAAGGUCUUCCCACCAGGAAGAAGUACAAGUUCAGAGUCCUGGCGGAGAAUCUGGCUGGAAAUGGAAAACCCAGCAAGGAGACAGACCCAAUCCUCAUCAAAGAUCCUAUCGAUCCUCCCUGGCCUCCCGGUAAACCCACGGUGAAGGACGUGGCGAAAACGUCCUGCUUCCUGAUGUGGACCAAACCGGAGCACGACGGCGGCGCAAAGAUCGACGGCUACGUCAUCGAGAUGCUGAAGAGCGGCACCGCGGACUGGAUCCGCGUGGCCGAGAACAUCAACAUCGUGGAGCACUCCCUGAAGGGCCUGAUGGAGAAGCAGGAGUACUCGUUCCGGGUGCGAGCCGUCAACGUGGCCGGAGAGAGCGAGCCCAGCGAGCCCAGCGACCCCGUGCUCUGCAAAGAGAGGCUCAACCCUCCGACGGCUCCUCGCUGGCUGGACGUCGUCAGUAUCAGCAGGAACAGCGCCGACUUGAAGUGGACGCUGCCCGAGAGCAACGGAGGCUCGCCCAUCACCAACUACGUGGUGGAGAAGCGUGACGCCAGGCGCAAAGGCUGGCAGGCCGUGGACACCACCGUCAAGGAGCUGACGUACACGGUGACGCCGCUCAACGAAGGAUCGCUCUACGUGUUCCGCGUCGCCGCCGAGAACGCCGUCGGCGUCGGACCGUUCUGCGAGCUGCAGGACUCGGUGCUGGCCAAGGACACGUUCACUUCUCCCGGGCCGCCGUACAACCUCGCUGUCAAUGCUGUGACCAAGAGAUACGUGGACCUGCAGUGGGAGGAGCCUAAAAACGACGGCGGCAGACCGAUCCUCAAGUAUUCCCUUGAGAAGAUGGAGAAGCUUGGAACUCGCUGGGUGAAAUGUGGGAAGACUUCGGGCCCGGACUGUAAGUAUCGGGUGACGGACGUCAUCGAGGGGACGGAGGUUCAGUUCCAGGUCAGCGCCGAGAACGAAGCCGGCGUCGGCCAUCCGAGCGAACCGACCGAGAUCCUCACCAUCGAGGAUCCAACGGGCGUCCCAUCGCCGCCUGUUGAGCUGCACGUGACCGGAGCCAGCCGCGACUUCCUGGCCAUCGCCUGGAAGCCGCCGCAGAGGGACGGAGGCUGCAACAUCACCGGCUACCACAUCGAGAUGUGUGCGGCCGGGACAGAGAAGUGGAUGAGGGUCAACUCCCGUCCGGUGAAAGAGCUGAAGUACCGCGUGGAGGAGGGCGUGGUCCCCGAGAAGGAGUACAUCCUGAGGGUGAGGGCCAUCAACUCCGUGGGAGUCAGCGAGCCCUCCGACAUCUCCGAGAACGUCUUCGCCAAAGAGUCCGACUGUAACCCGACGCUGGACUUCCAGACUCUGGACCUUAUUGUCGUGGAAACAGAGAAGCUGCACAUCCCAGUUCCCUUCAGAGCCGUACCGGCGCCCAGGAUCACCUGGCACAAAGACGGCAAGGAGCUGAAGGCCGACGAGCGCCUCGGCUUCAGGAAGGAGUAUAUUUCCUGUCACCUGGAGGUCGACAGCAGCGUUCACGCUGAUGCCGGACAGUACAAAGUGACACUGGAGAACAAACUGGGAGCCGCCAGCGCCACCAUCAACGUCAAAGUCAUCGGUCUUCCUGGUCCCUGCAAGGAAAUCUUGGCCUCUGAGAUCACAAAGAGCUCCUGUAAAGUGUCCUGGGAUCCUCCAGACUACGACGGCGGCAGCCCGGUCCUUCACUACGUCAUGCAGCGCCGCGAGGCCGGCAGGAGGACGUACGUCAACAUGAUGUCCGGUGAGAACAAGUUGACCUGGAACGUCAAAGACCUCAUCCCCAACGGAGAGUACUACUUCAGAGUCCAGGCCGUCAACAAGAUCGGAGGAGGGGAGUUUGUCGAGCUCCGGAACCCGGUCAUCGCCCAGGACCAGAAACACAUUCCCGACCCACCGGUGGACGUGGAGACCCACAACCCCACAUGCAGCACCGUCACCCUGACCUGGAAGCCUCCCAUGUACGACGGCGGCGCCAAGAUCAUGGGCUACGUCCUGGAGAAGCAGCAGAAGGGCGAGGACAAGUGGGAGCGGUGCAAUGACUUCCUGGUGCCCGUCCUGUCCUACACCGUCAGGAGGCUGACGGAGGGCGAGAGCUACGCCUUCAGAGUCAGAGCAGAGAACGCAGCCGGGGUCAGCGAGCCGUCGCGCGGCACGCCGUUCGUCAAGGCCUCGGACGCCAUCGACCCGCCCAAGGUCUUCCUGAGCGGCAGCCUGCAGUCCGGCCUCAACGUGAAGCGAGGCUGCGAGAUCCGUCUGGACGCCAACGUGUCCGGCUCGCCGUACCCUCAGAUCACCUGGUACUGGAACAAUCAGCAGAUCCGGCCGGAGGCGCUCCGCAAGAGACCCGAGAAACCCCUGAAGAAGAAGGUGAAGAAGGAGGAGGAGGUUAAGAAAGAGGAAGAGAAGAAGGAAGGGGAGGUGAAGGAAGGAGAAGAGAAGAAGGAAGGAGAGGAGGAGAAGAAGGAAGGAGAAGAGAAGAAGGAAGGAGAGGAGGAGAAGAAGGAGGAGGAGACAGCAGAGCCGGAUGUGGAGGAGACCGACUACCCAACAAUAAAUGAACGUCUGGCCAUCGACAACCGCCAAAGGGGAGAGUCCUCCAUCGCCAUCAAGGACUCGCUCCGCGUGGACCACGGCGUCUACAUGGUGAAGGUGGAGAACGACCACGGCAUCGCCUCGGCAACCUGCGACGUCAACGUGCUCGAUACUCCCGGGCCUCCGGUGAGCUUCACGUUUGAGGAGGUGAGGAAGAACUCUGUGAUUUGCAAGUGGAGUCCUCCUCUGGACGACGGCGGCAGCGAGAUCCUGAACUACACGCUGGAGAAGAAGGACAACUCCAAGCUGGAGAUCGGCUGGAGCUGUGUCACCUCCACGCUGAGAGGAUGCCGCUACCUCGUGCCCAAACUCAUCGAGAAGAAGGAGUACAUCUUCAGGGUCGUGGCCGAAAACAAGUUCGGCGCCGGUCCGCACUGCGUCUCCAAGCCGCUCGUCGCCAAGAAUCCUUUCGAACCUCCUGAGGCUCCAGAGAAGCCGGAGGUCGAUGACAUCACAGCUAACAGUAUGCUGGUCAUCUGGAACGAGCCCAACGACAACGGCAGCCCCAUCUUGGGAUACUGGGUCGAGCGCCGCGAGAUCAACAGCUCUCACUGGACGCGUGUGAACAGGAACAUCGUCUCCGACACGGAGCUGAACGCUGAAGGUCUGCUGGAGGGCAUGACCUACAUCUUCAGGGUGGCGGCUGAAAACCAGGCCGGCCCCGGGAAGUUCAGCGGGCCCUCCGAACCCAAGACGGCCCACGCUCCGAUCCUACCUCCUGGACCUCCGAUUGCCAGAGUGGUGGCAGCGACUGAGAACUCCAUUGACGUAGAGUGGGACCCACCACUGGACAACGGGGGAGGAGAGAUCCUGGGAUACCAUGUGGAUAAGGUCAUGGCUGGUACCAAGGACUGGUCCAGGUCUACAGAGCGUCCGUGGAAGUCCAGGGCCUUCACCGUCUAUGGAGUCCGCGAGGGAGCCAAGUACCUGGUCAGAGUCAUCGGCUGCAACGCUGCCGGAGAAGGAACGCCAGGGUUCACCGAGUCUGUGUUCGUCAAGAAUCCUGCAGAGAUGCCGCUGAUUGAACUGGACCUGUCUGUCAAGAACGGCGUGGUCAUCCGAGCCGGAGAGACUCUCCGUCUACCUGCCACAGUCACGGGUAAACCCUACCCGUCCAUCACCUGGACCAAGGACGACAGCAAACCUGACAAAGACCGCGUGGAGAUCCUCACGGAGGGCAAUGACAGCAUUGUUUCGAUCAAGAACAUCCAGAGGAAGGACUGCGGCAAAUACCAUAUCUCAGCCUGCAACCCCAGCGGCAUCAAGGCUGCUUCCACCAGAGUGGAUGUCAUGGAUGUCCCCGGACCCGUCACGGACCUGAAGCCCGUCGUGGUCACUCGCAAGAUGAUCUUCCUGAACUGGGACGACCCGGAUGACGACGGAGGCAGCGACCUGACCGGCUUCAUCGUGGAGCGAAGAGACGCCAAGAUGCACACGUGGAGGCAGCCGAUCGAAACCGCCUCGUCCAAGUGUGAAUGUGUGGGAAUCAUGGAGGGUCAGGAGUACAUGUUCCGCGUCAUCGCCAAGAACAAGUAUGGAAUGGGCCCGCCGGUAGAGCUGGGACUCAUCAAGGCUGUUGACCCACAGGGUCCACCCUCGUACCCCGAGAAGUUCCACUACACCGAGCGCACCAAGAACUCCAUCACGCUGACGUGGAAGCCGCCUCGCAACGACGGCGGCAGCCCCGUUAUCGGCUACUUUGUUGAGAAGAAGAGGCAGGACCAGCAGGCCUACGAGCCCUGCAACGUGGAGAUCUGCCCCAACAUGACCCUGUCCGUGGAGGGUCUGGAAGAGGACUGGAUGUAUGAAUUCAGGAUCAAGUGCGCCAACCUGAUCGGCGAGAGCGAGCCAUCCAUCCCGUUGAACGUGGUCAUCCAAGAUGACGAAGUGUCUCCUGAGGUCCACAUGCUGAAGCAUUUCAAGGGCGACUGCAUUACCGUGAAGAAGGGUGAGCUCAUCGAGAUCCCCGCUGACAUCCUCGGUCUCCCCAUCCCGAAGAUCGAGUGGACCAAGGACGACGUGGUGAUCGAGGAGCCCACCGAGAUGCUGCUGCUGGAGACGGAGGUGACCGGCAGGAUGAACGCGAAGACCACUCUGUCCAUCCCAGCAGCCAACAGGAGGGACCGCGGCAGCUACACCGUGUCCGCCUCCAACAACAUGGGUUCGGCAAAGCACACCAUCACUGUCAUGGUGCUGGACCGACCACUUCCGCCCAGGAACGUGUCCGUGUCCAACAUCAGGGCGGAGUCUUGCUACCUUCGCUGGGACCCGCCGCUGGAUAAUGGUGGCAGCGAGCUGACCAACUACAUUGUCGAGAAGAAGGAGGCGAUGAAAGACGAACCAGAGCCGGAAGAGGGACAGGAAGCUCCACCUGAGCCCCAGUGGGAGCUGGUUACCAACAGCAUCGUCGAGAAGAAAUACGGGGUGUGGAACCUGGAGACCAACAAGUCCUACCUCUUCCGGGUCAAGGCCGAGAAUCGCUACGGUAAAUCCGACCCCUGCGCGACAGAGGAAGUGAUGAUCACCGACCCAUUCGGCCUUCCUGGCCCACCGGAGAAACCAACCAUCGCAGAGUACUCCAAGACCUCCAUGACCCUGACCUGGGAGCCUCCCAGAGACAACGGCGGCUCUAUGAUUGUCGGCUACUGGCUGGAGAAGAGGGAGAAAGGCUCCGCCUACUGGGCCAAAGUCAACAAGACGCCAGUCACCAAGAGGGGCAUGAAAGGCUGGGAGUACCAGGUGACUCGUCUAAUCGAAGGAACGGAGUACGAGUUCAGGGUUGCUGCCAGCAAUUCUGCAGGAAUUGGACCGUUUAGCGGACCGUCCGACUCUGCCUUCGCUGUCGAUCCACUCACUCCUCCCGGCAUGCCCGCUGCUCCUGUGGUGGUGGACAAGACAAAGCACAGUGUCUCGCUGUCCUGGAAGGCCCCAGAGAGUGAUGGAGGAAGCCCCAUCAAGGGCUACAUCAUCCAGAUCCAGAACGAGGGCUCGUCUGGGUGGGUGAGCGUGAACGACAAAGACUCGCUCAACCCCACCACUGAGUUCACGAUGCCCAGCCUCCGCGAGCUGCAGCGCUACCGCUUCAGGGUAAUCGCAGUCAACGACGUCGGCGAGUCUGACCCGAGCCCCCGCACCGCCGAGGUUCUGGUGGAGGACGUCCAGCUACCGCCGUCCAUCUCCAUCGACGUGUUGGUAGACGACCUGGUGUGCAUCCGUGCUGGAGACCCCAUCAGGAUCCCUGCCACCAUCAAGGGCCGCCCCGUUCCCAAGGUCACCUGGGACUUUGAGGGCAAAGCCAAGGCGCACAAGAAGAACAAGCUGCACACGCUGCCCGUGGACUCCGAGGUCGAGUCCACAGACACCACGUCCGUUGUGACCGUCCCCGUGAGCCUGAGGAGCCACUCCGGCCGCUACACCAUCACCGCCAAGAACAAGUCCGGACAGAAACACGUCAACGUCAGAGUCAUCGUGCUCGACGUCCCCGGACCCCCGAAGGACCUGAGGGUCACCGACGUCACCCGCUCCACCAUGAGGGUGAUCUGGAAACUCCCCGAAAACGACGGAGGAGAGAGAAUCAAGAGCUACUUUAUCGAGAAGAGAUGCCUCACGGACAAGGCCUGGACCAAGGUGAACGCAGCCUGUGCCAGCCAGGCCUACGUGGUGCCGGGUCUGCUGGAGGGUCAGGAAUACCUGUUCCGGGUCCGGGCUGAGAACAGACUCGGAUUCGGUCCGUUCACCAUCACCACCGACCCGGUCCGGGCCGGAGACCCCAUCUACCCGCCCGACCCCCCGACCAAGGUCACGGUCAACCUGGUGACAAAGAACACCGUCACUCUGAGCUGGGAGCCUCCCAAGAACAACGGCGGCUCUCCGGUGAAGCAUUACGUCAUCGAGCGCUUGAGCUGGGACACCAGCGGCAAGGAGAAGGAGACCUGGAAGCAGUGCAACAAGAGGGACGUGGAGGAGCUCAGCUUUGUGGUGGAGGACCUGAAGGAGGGAGGAGAAUAUGAGUUCAGAGUAAAAGCCGUGAACGCCGCCGGACCCAGCCGACCCUCUGCCGCCGCCGGACCCCUGGUCAUCAAGGACCAGACAUGCGCUCCCACCAUCGUGCUGCGUGAGGCCAUGGAGGGCGAGGAGGGCUGUGACGUCAGCAUCGUGGCCAAGGUGAGCGGCUGUCCGUUCCCCACGCUCACCUGGCAGAAAGCCGGCGUGGCCAAACCCGAGGAGAAGGCUGCCGUCCAGUACGACCAGCACAUCAACAAACUGGUGACCCACGACAAGUGCACGCUGCUGAUCCAACAGGCCAGCAGGCUCGACAGCGCCCUCUACAGCCUGACGGCCAGCAACAGCCUGGGCACCGCCACCAAGGACAUCAAGCUCGCCGUGCUCGGACCUCCCGGACCCCCCGUCGGACCGCUCAAGUUCACCGAAGUGUUUGCGGAGAGGAUCGGUCUGGCCUGGAACCCUCCUAAAGACGACGGAGGAUCCAAGAUCACCAACUACGUGGUUGAGAAGCGCGAGGAGAACAGGAAGUCCUGGGUCCACGUCUCCAAUGACCCCAAGGAGUGCGCCUACGUGGUGACCCGGCUGACGGAGAACCACGAGUACGAGUUCAGAGUCAUGGCCCAGAACAAGUUUGGAGUCGGGCCUCCGCUGGUCAGCGAGCCGGAGAAGGCCAGAAACCUCUUCACCGUCCCCGGUCAGUGUGAGAAGCCGACCGUGACGGAUGUCUGUGCGGAGUCGAUGACCGUCAACUGGGACGAGCCCAAGUACGACGGCGGCUCCUCCAUCACCGGCUACUUCGUGGAGAAGAAGGAGACCACCGCCAAGCGCUGGGUCCGCGUGAGCCGCGACCCGAUCCGAGCGCUGCCGCUGGGCAACAACUGGGACGUCACCGGGCUGCAGGAGGGCGCCAUGUACCAGUUCAGGGUCAUCGCCAUGAACGCCGCCGGCUGCGGCCUGCCCAGCGUGCCCUCUGACCCCGUCCUCUGCAGAGACCCCAUCAAGCCUCCCGGGCCGCCCACUCCGAAGGUGACGGACUGGACCAGGUCCACCGUGGAGCUGGAGUGGAGCCCCCCCGUCGUGGACGGAGGGUCGAAGGUCACGGGCUACAUCGCCGAGUUCAAGGAGGUGAACAAAGAGGAGGAGGAGAAGAAGGCUCAGAGGAGGCUGCUGCUGAGCGGCGACGAGGAGGAGAAGGAGCCGGAGGGCGAGGAGACCUGGGAGAAGGCGAAGGACACCGAGAUCAGAGGAACCAAGUUCGUGGUGGCCGGUCUGAAGGAAGGCGGUCUGUACCGCUUCAGGGUCCGAGCCGUAAACGCCGCUGGAGUUGGUGAACCGGGACUGGUGUCCGAGCUCAUCGAGGUCAAAGACCGAACAAUUCCUCCCGAGAUGGACCUGGAUGCCUCGGUGAAGGAGAAGAUCGUGGUCCACGCCGGCGCCACCAUCCGCAUCAUCGCCUACGUGUCCGGUAAACCCGCCCCCCAGAUCUCCUGGUGCCGGGACGACGCCGAGGUGCCCAAGGAGGCCGCGGUGGAGACGACGGGCAUCUCCAACUCGAUGGUUAUCAAGAACUGCAGACGCCACCACCAGGGCAUCUACACCCUGACCGCCAAGAACGAGGGCGGAGAGCGGAAGAAGGCCGUCAUCGUGGAGGUCCUGGACGUCCCCGGGCCCGUCGGCCUUCCCUUCGCCGGAGAGAAUCUGACCAACGACUCGUGCAAGCUGACCUGGUACUCCCCCGAGGACGAUGGCGGCUCGGCCAUCACCAACUACAUCAUCGAGAAGAGGGUGUCGGACCGCAUGGGCUGGACCUCGGUGUCCUACACGGUGACGAGGAACAACGCCGUGGUGCAGGGGCUCCUCGACGGCAAGGGCUACUUCUUCAGGAUCGCAGCCGAGAACAUCAUCGGCAUGGGACCGUUCAUCGAGACCGACAAGAUGGUUCUCAUCAAGGACCCCAUCUCUGUCCCGGAGCGUCCGGAGGACCUGUUCAUCACCGCCGUGAACAAGGACUCCCUGUCGGUCGCCUGGAGAGCACCGAAGUACGACGGCGGCGCCGAGGUGACGGAGUACGUCCUGGAGUCCCGCAUGCUCGGCCGGGACAGCUUCACGCGAGUUGGUGCAGAAACCAAGCUGAUGGACAUGAAGUUCACACUGACGGGGCUGAAGGAGGGCUCCAGCCACGAGUUCAGAGUCUCUGCCGUCAACCAGGUGGGACGAGGGAAACCGUCCUUCGCCACCAAACCAGUGCAGUGCAAGGACGAGCUCGAACCACCCACCGUGGACCUGGACUUCAGGGACAAGAUGAUGGUGAAGGUCGGAGACACGUGCACGCUGUCUGGACGCUACGGCGGAAAACCGGCCCCGGCUAUCGCCUGGACCAAGAACGACGAGGAGCUGAAGGCGGAUGACGAGGUCGUCCUCCACAGCACCGCACGCCACCUCAGUCUCAACAUCGGCAAGGCCAAGCGGGAACACAGCGGGCGCUACUGCGUCAGCGUGGAGAACGCCGCCGGAGCUCGCACGGGGAUCUGCACCAUCACCGUGGUCGACCGGCCUCAGCCUCCGGAGGGCCCCGUGGAGUUCAACGAGGUCUACAGGAACUACAUGGUGAUCUCCUGGAACCCUCCUCUGGAUGACGGAGGCUGCGCCGUCUCCAACUACAUCAUCGAGAAGAGAGACACCAACAGAGACCUCUGGAUGCCCGUCACCUCGUCCUGCACCAGGACCACCUGCAAGGUGCCGAAGCUGAUCGAGGGUCGCGAUUACAUCAUCAGGAUCAUGGCUCAGAACAUCUACGGCAUCAGCGACCCUCUCCUGUCUGCAGAGACCAAGGCCAGGGACGUCUUCAAGGUGCCCGACGCUCCCAAACAGCCCACAGUGAAGGAGGUCUAUCACGACUCCGCCCUCAUCAGCUGGGAACCUCCUGCUGACGGAGGGAAACCAAUCACGGGCUACAUCGUGGAGAGGAAGGAGACCAUGGCCCACAGGUGGGUUCGUUGCAACACGGAGAGAAUCCAUCCGAAGGUGGAGUACUGGGUGACGGAGCUGCUGCACCGCUGCGAGUACGAGUUCAGAGUCAGCGCCGAGAACAUCGUGGGAGCCGGAGACCCGAGCCCACCAUCCAAGCCCGUCUUUGCCAAAGACCCCAUAGUGAAACCCGGCCCGCCGGUGAACUUCCAAGCCAUAGACUUCACCAAGGAGUCGGUGACUCUGUCCUGGCAGCCACCCGCCGACACCGGCAGAGGAAAGAUCUUUGGAUACCUGCUGGAGUUCCAGAAGGCUGGAGAGGAGGAGUUUUGCAAGGUGAACCAGACUCCAGACUCCUGCCAGGAGACCAAGUUUAAGGUGAUCAACCUAGAAGACGGUGUUAUGUACAGAUUCAGAGUCAUGGCGGUCAACGCUGCCGGAGAGUCCGACCCGGCUAACUUAAAGGAGCCAAUCAGAGUGCAGGACAGACUUGAGCCCCCAGAGCUGAUCCUGGACGCUGCAAUGACCCGAGAGGUGAAGGCCUUGGCCGGCACUCACAUCACCCUGAUGGCCACCAUCAAGGGCGUCCCGUUCCCCUCCGUCAACUGGCAGAAGAACGAGGCCGAGGUGCCCACCAGCACCGACAUCGACACCAACCAGGAGGGCACCAAGCUGGAGAUGAGGUUCUGUAACCGUAGCGACUGUGGAGACUACACACUAACCGUGGAGAACCCAGUCGGAUCCAAGACCGCCAUCUGCACUGUGCUGGUCUUCGACAAACCUGGUCCCAUCCAGCACCUCCGGGUGUCGGACAUCAGGAGCGAUUCGGCCUACCUGUCCUGGAAGGACCCAGAAGACAACGGCGGUGUUCGCAUCACGAACUUCGUGGUGGAGAAGAAAGACACGGCAUCGACUCAGUGGGUUCCUGUCUGCUCCACGUCCAAGAAACGCAGCAUGAUGCUGAAGCACCUGGUGGAGGGAACGUCCUACAUGUUCAGAGUCGCUGCUGAGAACCAGUACGGCCGCAGCGGAUACGUGGAGACGCCGAAGGCCACCAAAGCAAUGAACCCACUCUUCCCUCCUGGUCCCCCUAAAGACCUGCACCACAACGAUGUGGACAAGACUGAGGUGUGGUUGGUCUGGAACUGGCCCGACCGCAACGGUGGAAGUGAGAUUACGGGCUUCCUGGUUGAGUAUCAGGAAGAGGGCGUGAAGGACUGGGACGAGUGGAAGACCGUUAGCAUCCCAGAGAGUCACGUGACCGGCCUUGAGGAAGGAAAGACCUACCGUUUCAGAGUCAGGGCUGAGAACGCCAUCGGCCUCAGCAGACCCGACACCACUGUGCCCAUCCUCUGCCAGGAAAAACUGGUGGCUCCAGUUGUCGAGGUGGAUGUCAAGCUCGGCGAAGGCAUCACCGUGAAAGCCGGCACCACCAUCAGGCUGCCUGCCAUCAUGAGGGGAAUACCCAUUCCCAGUGCCAAGUGGUCCAUCGAAGGAGAGGAGAUCACGAGCGAGGGUAAAAUCAAGAUCGACACCGGCAACUUCUCCACUGUGCUCACCAUCAACGAGUGCACCAGGAACCACACGGGCACUUACCUGCUCACCGUGUCCAACCCCGCCGGAUCCAAGACCGUGGCCUUGAACGUCACCGUCCUGGAUGUUCCCGCCGCUCCCAUUGGACCUGCCAACAUCCUGGAGGUCACUCCGGACUCCAUGGUGAUUGAGUGGCGUCCUCCCAAGGACGACGGCGGUAGCCCCGUCACCAAAUACAUCGUGGAGAAGCGAGAGUCCAACAAGGAGACCUGGGGCGGCGUGAGCUCUGUCGGUCUCGCCACCAAGCUCAACAUCGGCCGCCUCCAGAGGGGAGUGGAGUAUGUGGUUCGCAUUCGUGCUGAGAACAAGAUGGGCAUCGGCGCUCCUCUGGAAAGCAAGCCCACUGUUGCCGAACACUCCUUCUUGCCGCCCAGCCAGCCUGGUAAGCCGCAGCUCUCCGAUAUCUCAGAGGAUUGCGUCACCCUGGGCUGGACCAUGCCCCUGUCUGAUGGUGGCAGCCAGAUCACCGGCUACAUCAUUGAGCGCCGACACAUUGGAGGAAAAUGGAUCCGUGUCAACAAGACACCAUGUAAGGACCUGAGGUACAAAGUCCUGGGACUGUUUGAGGGCAAUGAGUACGAGUUUAGAGUGUUUGCUGAGAAUAUUGUUGGCUACAGCGGCCCCUCGCUCACCUCUGACCCCUGCAAGCCCUGCAGGCCCAUCACUGUGCCCAGCCCCCCUGUCAACCCCAAAGUUAGAGAUUACAGCAAGACUACCGCUGACCUAGUGUGGACCAAACCCAACAAAGACGGAGGCAGCCCCAUCCUGGGCUACACCGUGGAAAUGAAGAAGGCCGAUACUGAAGAAUGGAAAAAAUCCAACCUGGAUGACUUCAUUAAGCAGAGUGCCUACAGGGUGAAGGGUCUGGAGGAGGGCGUGGCCUACAGAUUCAGAGUAUAUGCCUCAAACAUGAUCGGAGAUGGAGAGUCCAGAGAAAUGGCAGAGUCCAUCACUGCUCAGGAUAUCCUGAUUCCUCCAGAGAUUGAGAUGGACCUCACCUGCCGCGAUCACCUCACCGUGCGGAUCGGACACAACAUCAACAUCAUCGGAUACAUCAAGGCCCGUCCUGACCCAGAAGUGCUUUGGUUAAAGGAGGAUACAGUCCUGGAGAAGAGCAAACGUGUCACCAUCAUUCAGAACUUCCCUGUGGUCCAACUGAAGAUCAGGGAGGCCACAAGAAACGACCACGGCAAAUAUAUCCUGAAGAUUUCAAAUGAGGGCGGCGAGGCCUCUUGCGCCAUCACAGUGAAUGUGCUCGACAGGCCCAGCCACUGCCAGAACCUGCACCCGACCUAUGUCACCAGGGACUCGUGUAUGCUCAACUGGGAGGCCCCGAAGGACAAUGGUGGAUCCGAGAUCACCAACUACAUUGUGGAGUGCCGUGAGCCCAGCGUUUGCAUGUGGUCUAUGAUCACCUCCAACUGCACCAAUCGCAAGAUCAAGGCUAAGAUGAUGGAAGGCCACGAGUACCUGUUCCGCGUCUGUGCUGAGAACAAGAUGGGCCCUGGACCAUGUGUGGAGACCAAGACCCCUCUGCUGGCCAUUGACCCCAUUGAGAAGCCCGGUGAGCCUGAGAACUUCAGAGCCACCGACAUUGGUAAGAAUCACGCUUACCUGAGAUGGAGGAAGCCCGACUACGAUGGCGGCAGCCCCAACAUCUCCUACAACCUGGAGUGCAAAGUCAAAGAUGCAGAGGAGUGGGAGAAACUCAACACCGGCAAUCUGACCGACACCUUCUUCCUGGCUGACAAGCGUGUCGAGAACCAGACGUACACCUUCAGGGUGCAGACUGUCAAUGAAGGAGGGGAGAGUGCUUGGGUGAAACUUGCCGAUAUUAUCGUGAGAGAGGAGAUCCAGAAGCCGGUCAUUGACCUGAAGCUGGCUGGAGCUCUGACGGUGAAGGUCGGAGAGUCGGUAAGAAUGGAGGCCGCCCUGAGAGGAAAGCCCCCGCCUGAGGUCAAGUGGACGAAAGACAAGGCUGUCGGAGACAACCCAAGAAUCAGCUAUGAUACUGGGGUUGACUACUCCAAGUUCCUUUUGACCAAGUCCAGACGCACUGACACUGGCAAGUACAUCGUCACUGCCACCAACUCGGCCGGCACCUUCACGGCGUACGCCAACGUUAACGUCCUGGACGUCCCCGGACCGGUGAGGAACCUCAGAAUCACCGGCAUCGGUGCAGACAAGUGCAGAGUGGUAUGGGACGCUCCGGAGGAUGAUGGCGGUUGUGAGGUGGACAGCUACAUCCUGGAGAAAUGUGAGACCAGGAGGAUGGUCUGGUCCACGUACUCAGCCUCUGUGGUCACACCGUACUGCAACGUCAUUCGUCUGGUGGAGAGCAACGAGUACAUCUUCAGAGUCCGGGCGGAGAACAAGAUGGGAACCGGUCCCGCCAUGGAGAGCAAGCCGGUCACUGUCAAGACUCAGUUCAACAAACCGGGACCCCCUGAUGUUCCUGAUGUCACCAAGGUGAGUAAAGACGAGAUGACCGUCGUCUGGGCUCCUCCAGAGAAUGAUGGAGGAAAAUCGAUCACCGGCUACAUCUUGGAGAGGAAGGAGAAGAGGGCAGUGCGCUGGGUGCCCUGCACCAAGAGCCCCAUCUCUGAGAGACGCAUGAAAGUCACCAACCUGAUCCCCAACCACGAGUACCAGUUCAGGGUGAAGGCUGAGAACGAGGUCGGCCUGGGAGAACCAAGCAAGCCCUGCAGACCCGUUGCAGCCAAAGAUCCCAUCGAGCCCCCUGGACCCCCCGCAGGCCUGAAGGUGGGCGACAGCACUAAGACCUCUAUCACCCUGUCCUGGUCUAAACCCGUGUAUGAUGGCGGUGCCCCCAUCAUCGGCUACAGCCUGGACAUGAAACUGAAGAGUGAGGCAGACCCUGAGAAGCCCACAGAGGGCUGGAAGAAAAUUGACACCCAUGGCCCAUUGGUGAUCACAGAGUUCACCAUCGGCCAGCUGGAUGAGAAGCAAGAGUACGAUUUCAAGGUGUCUGCCAAAAACCAGGUGGGCUGGGGACGUCACGCCUACUUGAAGGAGGCCGUGUUCCCCAAGGAGGUCCUGGAGGCUCCAGAGAUCGACCUGGACGCCAGUCUGAGGAAAGGCCUGUCUGUGAGGGCCGGCUGUCCAAUCAGGCUUUUCGCUGUGAUCAGAGGAAGGCCUGCACCCAAGGUUACCUGGAAGCGCAUCGGCGUGGACAAUGUGAUCCGCAGAGGUCACGUGGACCAGGUUGACACCAUGUCCUUCCUGGUCAUCCCCGAGAGCACCAGAGACGAUUCUGGGAGGUACUCUCUGACUCUGUCCAACUCCGUUGGAGAGAAAGCUGUCUAUGUCCGUGUCAAAGUCCUCGAUACUCCGGGUCCCGUUGGCGGCCUGGAAGCAAACAGCAUCACCAAGACAUCAGCUCAGCUGUCCUGGCUGCCGCCAGAUAAUGACGGUGGCAGCCCCAUCCUCAACUACAUUGUGGAGAAACGGGAGGUGGAUAGGAAGACCUGGAACAAGUGCACAGAGGAGCUGAAGAAGACCAGCUUUAAGGUGACCAACAUGGCGCCUGGCAUCGAGUACUACUUCAGAGUCACAGCCUGCAACAAGUACGGCAUCGGAGUUCCUCAGGACUCGCCCAAGUCAUACCUGGCUGUCGACCCAAUCAGUGAGCCCGACCCUCCGAAGAAAAUGGAGGUGUUGGAGAUCAGCAAGAAUAGUGCCACACUAGGCUGGAUGAAGCCACUCAGAGACGGAGGAGCCAAGAUCAACGGUUAUGUGGUGGACUACCAGGAGGAGGGCGCUCCCGAGGACAAGUGGACCCCGUACUCGGUGGUCAAAGACAUGACCAUCGUGGUGGUCGGUCUGAAGGAAGGAACUAAAUACAAGUUCAGAGUGGCAGCCAGGAACUCAGUGGGAGUCAGUCUGGCCAGAGAGGCAGAGGGAGUGUUUGAGGUCAAGGAGCAGCUCAUGGCUCCUAAGGUCAUCAUGCCCGACAUUGUGACGGUGAGAGCUGGAUCCAAGCUGGUGGUCGAGGCCCUCGUGGCAGGUAAACCUGCUCCCUUCUGCAAGUGGAAGCAGGGCAAUGAGGAUGUGCUGACCUCUGACCGCCUGGUGGUCGUAAAGACGCUGACCACCUGCACGCUUAUUGUAAAGAACGUGAAGAGAAUGGACAGCGGCUAUUACAGCCUGUCUGCCGAGAACAGCACCGGCAGGAUCAACCAGAUCCUCAGAGUCAUCGUCAUGGACAUCCCUGGACCCCCGGAAGCUCUCGAGGUCACCGAGCUGGACAUCGAUGCCUGCACGCUGCUCUGGAACUCCCCUCAGGAGGACGGCGGCAGCAACAUCACCAACUAUAUUGUGGAGAAGUGUGACGUCAGCCAGGGCGACUGGGUCCCCGUAAGCACAUCCUGCACCAAAACCAGCUUCAGAGUGGCCAAACUGACAAACGGCAAAGAGUACGGCUUCCGAGUUCGUGCCGAGAACAGGUUCGGCGUCUCCGCGCCCAUCUACUCUGAGAAGAUGGUUGCCAGACAUCCAUUUGAUCCUCCCAGCGAGCCCAGAAACCUGCAGAUCAACAGAAUCAACAAGGACUUCGUCAUCCUGUCAUGGGAGAGUCCCAGCAGCGACGGAGGAACCCCCAUCACCGGGUUUUGCGUUGAAAAGAAGGAGAGGAACAGCAUCCUGUGGGUGAAGGCCAAUGAGUGCUUGGUCAAAGCCACCCAGUACACCUGCACUGGCCUGAUCGAGGGCGUGGAGUACACCUUCAGGGUGUCAGCUCUCAACCUGGCUGGACAGGGAAAACCUUGCAAACAGACCGACUUGAUCACCGCUAGGACCGCUAUCGACCAACCGGGCAAACCCGAGGUCAUGGAUGUGACCAAACACUCGGUCUCAUUGGUCUGGAGCCGCCCCAAGGACGACGGAGGCAGCAAGCUGAUUGGCUACUACAUGGAGUAUAUAAAGCUUCCAGAGGACAAGUGGACGCGGUGCAACGCCAACUGCCUCAACAUCCGGACAGAGAGCUACGUGGUGAGCGGCCUGGACGAAGGCCAGCAGUACCAGUUCAGAGUCAUCGCCAAGACCGCCGUCAACAUCAGCCAGCCGUCCGAGCUGUCCGACCCCAUCGCUGUCAUCGCACACAACGUUCCUCCUCGUGUGGAACUGGGCGUCAACAUGAAGAACCUGAUUGUAGUGAAAGCCGGAGAGAACAUCUCCCUGGAUGCCGAGGUGUUCGGCAAGCCGCUGCCGAAGGUGAGCUGGAAGAGAGACGGAGCGCCUCUGGUCCUCAUUGAGGGGAUGAAGAUGGUCCAGAAGAAACACGUCCACCUGCUGGAGCUCUACUCCGUCACCAGGAAGGAGUCUGGAGACUACACCAUCACAGCCGAGAACAUCAAUGGCUCCAAGUACGCCAGCAUCAAGGUCAAGGUGCUCGACAAGCCAGGCCCUCCGGCCUCAGUGAAAGCUGCGAAGGUGUUUGCCGACCGCGUCAAGGUGCGCUGGGAGCCCCCGCUCGCCGACGGCGGCUCCGAGAUCACCAACUACAUAAUUGAGAAGCGCGAGACCAGCAGGGCCAACUGGGCGCUGGUCUCCGCCAACAUCCACGGACACAUCACCGACUGCUUAGUGGAGAAACUCAUCGAGGGGCACGAGUACGAGUUCAGGGUCAGUGCCGAGAACCAGUAUGGCACCGGAGACCACAGGAUGACCGACCCCGUCAUGGUCAAAAACCCGUACGAUGUUCCCGGUCCAUGUGAGCCGCCGGUCAUCACCAACAUUACCAAGGACUCCAUGACGGUGAGCUGGAAGGCCCCUGCCAACGACGGCAAGGCGACCAUCCUCGGCUACAUGGUGGAGAAACGCGAGGCCACGGAGCUGACCUGGGCCAAGGUCAACCGCCGGCCGGUCAUCGACAGGACCAUCAAGGCCAUUCAGCUGACGGAGGGCUCCGAGUACGAGUUCAGAGUCAUCGCCAUGAACAAGGCCGGUCCGGGCAAACCCAGCGACGCCUCCAACGCGGCGCUGGCCGUCGACCCCGUCUAUCCUCCCGGCCCACCUGCGUUCCCCAAGGUGGUGGACUCCACCAAGAGCUCCAUCAGCCUCAGCUGGACCAAACCGGCAUACGACGGUGGCUGCGAAAUCAGCGGCUACCUGGUCGAGUGCAAGCGAGUCGACGCUGAGCAUUGGAGCAAGUGCAACAUCCCGAAAAAGCUCCAGGCCACCAAGUUCCUGAUGACCGGCCUGAUGGACAACACCGAGUACCAGUUCAGAGUCCUCGCCGUCAACAAGAUCGGCUUCAGUGAGCCCAGCGAGGUGCCUGGAAACCACAUGCCCAAGGACAUCCUGAUCGCUCCUGAAGCCGAGCUGGACGCCGACCUCAGAAAGGUGUUGCUUCUGCGAGCCGGCGUCACCAUGAGGCUGUACGUCCCGCUGAGGGGACGCCCGGCACCGAAGGUGACGUGGACGAAGGUGGACGCCAACCUGAAGGACAGGCAGGGCGUGCUGAUCAAGACGUCGGAGUGGGACACGCUGCUGAUGAUCGAGGACGUCAACAGAUACGACGCUGGCAAAUACGUGCUGUCGCUGGAGAACAGCAGCGGCUCCAAGAGCUACACCAUCGUGGUCAAGGUCCUCGAUUCUCCUGGGCCGCCUAUGAACCUGAUCGUGAAGGAGACCUCCAGGAGCCACGCCUGCAUCACCUGGGACGCCCCGCUGAUCGACGGCGGCAGCCCCGUCAAGAGCUACGUGGUAGAGAAGCGUCUGGCCGAGAGGAAGGCCUGGACCUGCGUGGCCACGGACUGCUGCAAGAUCUCCUUUAGGGUCACCAACCUGGAGGCCGGACAGGCCUACUGCUUCAGGGUGCUGGCCGAAAACUCCUACGGCAUCGGAGAGGGCUGCGAGACCGCCGGCAGCGUCCGGGCCUCAGAGCAACCUGGUCCAGUGACAGACUUCAAAGCCCAAAAGACCACCAAGGACUUGGUCGUCCUGGGCUGGAAGAAGCCCAUCAGCGACGGUGGAAGCCACGUCUCUGCUUACAUCCUGGAGCAGAGCGAAGGAGAGCAGAAGUGGAAUCAGAUCAUGAAGGGGAAGAACUCUUCACACACCAUCAGCGAGCUGACCGAGGGCAAGGAGUACUUGUUCAGAGUCAAGGCGCUCAAUGAGUCCGGAGAGGGACCGCCCACCGAGCUCACUGUUGUUGCCAAGGACCAGUUUGUGCCGCCUGGCUGCAACUUGAGUGCUCUGCACGACGGCUGCUGCGUGGUGAAGGAGGGCAGCACCACGCGUAUCAACAUCCCGGUCUCCGGAGUGCCUCUGCCCACCGCCACCUGGAAGAAAGGCGACGUGUUGCUUGGCGACACUGGCCGAAUGUGCGUGGAGGCAUCUCACGGCGUCACCACUCUGCUGAUCAGAGACUGCCAGAGAGGAGACGCCGAGACCUACAACAUCAACGUCAGGAACAGCGCCGGCUCCAAGGACUGCAAGUUCCAGCUGAAGGUGGUGGGCAAGCCCGGCAUCUGCACCGGACCCAUCAAGUUUGAGGAGAUCACCGCCGACGGCAUCACCCUGGAGUGGGCACCGCCCAAAGAUGACGGCGGCGCCGAGGUGUCCAACUACAUAGUGGAGAAGAGGAGGACGAUGGACAACAAGUGGGCCACAGUGGCCUCCGCCAUCCAGAAGACCACGAUGAGGGUGAUCCGGCUCCACGAUGGAGUGGAGUACAUCUUCAGAGUGUUUGCUGAGAACAAGUAUGGCGUCGGAGAGUAUCUGAGGUCUGACGCAGUCAUCGCCCAGCAUCCAUUUAAUGUGCCCGAGGCGCCUGCUCCUCCAGAAAUAGUGAGCAUCCGCCACGAGUCGGCCAUCUUGACUUGGGCUGAUCCAAAGGAAACCGGCGGUUCCCCAAUUACUGGAUAUCAUGUGGAGUUUAAGGAGAGGAACAGUCUGAUGUGGAAACGGGCCACGAAGACUCCUCUGAGAGUGAAGGAGUGCCGAGUCACUGGCCUGAUAGAGGGUCUGGAGUACGAGUUCAGGGUGAUGGCCAUGAACAUGGCCGGCCUUGGAAGGCCAAGCAGGGCCACUGAGGGUGUGGUUGCCCUCGAUCCCAUUGAUCCUCCUGGCAAGCCUGAGGUGAUUAAUGUCACCAGGACCACGGUCACUCUGAUGUGGACCGUUCCCAAAUAUGACGGCGGCCACAAGCUGACUGGCUACAUGGUGGAGAAGCUGGAGGCUGGUGGCAAGGCCUGGAUGAAGGCCAAUCAUGUCAACAUCCAGGGCUGUGCCUUCACCGUCCCUGACCUGACGGAGGGAUCCCAGUAUCAGUUCAGAAUCAGGGCCAAGAAUGCUGCUGGAGCUAUCAGUGUUCCCUCAGAGGCGACUGAGCUUCUGACCUGCAAGGAUGAGUAUGAGCCCCCGACCAUCACUAUUGAUCCAGACAUGAAGGACGGUGUAUCAGUCAAGGCUGGAGACACCAUCCUCAUCUCAGCCUCCAAGAUUUUGGGCAAACCUCCACCAACUGCUGUCUGGUCGAAGGGAGGACGAGAGUUGAAGAGUUCAGAUAUCAUCACCAUCACCAGCACUCCCACCUCCUCCACGGUGGCUAUCAAGUACGCAAGCAGGAAGAACACAGGAGAGUACACCAUCACCGCCAGCAACCCCUUCGGCAUUAAGGAAGAACAUGUAAAGGUGAAGGUCCUGGAUGUGCCUGGACCACCAGGCCCCAUCGAAGCCAGUAACAUUUCAGCUGAGAAGUGUACUCUGACCUGGCUUCCACCAGAGGAGGAUGGAGGCUUCGCCAUCAAGUCCUACAUCCUUGAGAAGAGAGAGACCAGCCGCCUGCAGUGGACCAAGGUCUCUGAAAACGUCAUCGACUGCCGAUAUGUAGCCGCCAAACUGAUCAAGGGCAACGAGUACAUCUUCAGAGUGUUUGCUGUGAACCAGUAUGGCAUCGGAGACUCAAGCCAGUCUUGUCCAAUCAAAAUGAUUGACAGCUACCGCCCACCAGGCCCACCUUCAAUCCCAGAGAUCGAUAACAUCAGUCGGAACGCCAUCACCAUUUCAUGGAGGAGACCAGUUCAGGACGGUGGAAGUGACAUUGGAGGAUAUUGUGUAGAGAGGAAAGAGAGGAAGGGAAUGAGAUGGGUGAGAGCCAGUAAGAGGACGGUCCCUGACCUGCGCUUCAAGGUGCAAGGCCUAACUGAGGGAGUAGAGUAUGAGUUUAGAGUCACUGCUGAGAACAAAGCUGGAUUUGGGGAGCCAAGUGAGCCAUCGCCACCUGUGAUGACCAAGGAUAUUGUGUAUCCACCUGGUCCCCCAUCCAACGCCAGAAUUACAGACACAACAAAGACCACAGCUACCUUUGUCUGGGGCCGACCCCACUAUGAUGGUGGUCUUGAAGUAAAAGGAUAUAUCGUUGAGUACAAAAAGGAAGGGCAUGAUGACUGGGAGGUGGAGACACAGUAUCCAUUGAAAGCUACUGAAUAUGUCAUUGGUAAACUUCAAAAAGGAGGCAAAUACCACUUCAGAGUCACCGCCUUAAACUCAGAGGGAGUUGGCGAGCCUGCAGAGAUUGAGAAAGUGAUUGAACUGGUGGACCAGGAGACGCUGCCAGACUUUGAGCUGGAUGCUGAACUCAGGAAAACCCUGGUGGUCAGGUGCCGCGCUUCAAUUCGUAUGUUUGUUCCCAUCAGGGGUCGUCCUGUUCCUGAAGUAACCUGGAGCAAAGAUGAUACCAACCUGAAAACACGUGCGCACAUUGACACCACAGAGUCCUACACUCUACUGGUUAUUCCUGACUGCACCAGAUACGAUGCUGGAAAGUACAACCUGUGUCUCGAGAACGUUGCUGGGAAGAAGACCGGCUUUGUUAAUGUGAAGGUUUUGGACACACCAGGACCACCAGUCAACGUCAAGCCUAGAGAGAUUACCAGGAACAGCCUCACCCUCCAGUGGGAAAUCCCUAUUAUCGAUGGUGGUUCUAAGAUUUGCAACUAUGUUAUUGAAAAGAGGGAGGCCACCAAGAAGGCCUACACAGUAAUUAGCACUACAUGGCAGAAGUGCUCCUUCAAGUUUACAGACCUUGAGGAGGGAUCUUACUACUACUUCCGUAUCUCUGCUGAAAAUGACCUGGGCGUAGGUGAGCCUGCUGAAUCCCCCGAGCCAAUCAGGGUGUCUCAGGCCCCCUCAGCACCAGAGAACUUGUACGUCACAGAUGUAUCAGCUGACAGUGCUAGUCUGGCAUGGAGCAAGCCUCUUCAUGACGGUGGCAGCUUGAUCACCGGAUAUGUCAUUGAGGCCCAGAAGAAGGACACUGACCAGUGGGUUCAUGUGGACACUAUGAAGGCUCUGGACUACACUGUCACAGAUCUGAUUGAGGGCGCAGAAUAUACCUUCCGCAUAAUGGCUGUCAAUGCAUCAGGCAGGAGUGACCCACGUGAGAGCAGGCCUGCUAUUAUCAGAGAGCAGACAUCCGCUCCUUCCUUUGACCUGCGAGGAGUCUACCAGAUGACGGUAACCGCCAAAGCAGGCGAUCGCGUCAAGGUGGAGAUUCCAGUGCUCGGUAAACCCAGACCUGUGGUUUCCUGGAAAAAGGGCGACAUUGGGCUCAAGGAGACACAAAGAAUCAACAUUGAAACCACACCAACGUCAACUAUUCUCAACAUUGGUGAGAUCAAGAGGACUGAUGGAGGCCAGUAUUCCAUGACAGGAAAGAACAUGCUGGGUACAGUGACUGAGACUAUCACAGUCCUGGUCCACGAUAUUCCAGGUGCUCCCACUGGUCCCAUAAAGCUGGACGAGGUUUCAUGUGAUUAUGUGCUCAUGUCUUGGGAGGCACCAGAGAAUGAUGGAGGCGUUCCCAUCAACAACUAUAUUGUUGAGAUGCGGGAGACUACUGGUACUUCCUGGAUGGAGUUGGCAGCUACAGUGAUCCGCACCACGUUCAAGGCACCCCGACUCAACACUGGAACCCAAUAUCAGUUCCGUGUCAAGGCCCAGAACAGAUAUGGCAUUGGACCAUGCAUCAUCUCUGAACCAGUGGUGGCUGCAUAUCCAUUUGAUGUGCCAGGCCAGCCAGGCACUCCUGUGGUCACAUCUUUCAACAAGGAUGCUAUGACUCUGAGCUGGAAUGAGCCUUCCUCUGAUGGAGGCAGUGUCAUCCUCGGCUAUCACGUGGACAGAAAAGAGAAAAACAGCAUUCUGUGGCAGAGAACCAGUAAAGCCAUGGUUGUCGGAAAUAUCUUCAAAUCAACAGGCCUUGUUGAUGGAAUCGGGUAUGAACACCGUGUUAUUGCUGAAAACAUGGCUGGUCUCAGCAAACCAAGCAAACCCUCUGAGACUAUGUAUGCUUUGGACCCAGUUGACCCACCAGGCAGACCUGUGGCACUGAAUGUCACCAGACAUGAGGUGACAGUUUCGUGGACCAAACCAGAGGGAGAUGGUGGCUUUUCUAUCACUGGAUACACAGUAGAGAGGAGAGAAAUGCCCAAUGGACGCUGGCUUAAAGCCAACUUUAACAACAUCCUAGAAACCAUCUACACAGUCAGUGGGCUGAUCGAAGAUGCAACUUAUGAAUUCCGUGUGUUUGCAAGAAACUCAGCUGGUGCUGUCAGUGCUCCAUCCCAGUCAUCAGAGGCAAUCACAUGCAGAGAUGACAUUGAAGAGCCCAGGAUUGAUGUUGAUUCAUCGUAUAGCAGCAAUAUUGUUGUCAUGGCAGGAGAGUUGUUCAAGCUGGAGGCCAGUGUGACUGGCAGGCCAAUCCCAUGUCUGGUAUGGACUAAGGAAGGAAAGGAGCUUGAGGAUACAGGCAAGAUAGAGAUAAAGACAACUGACUUCCACACAACUCUAACAAACAAAGACUCCCUGAGGAGGGAUGGAGGUGCUUUUACACUCACCGCCAGCAAUCCCGGUGGCUUUGCCAAGUUCACCUACAAUGUCAAGGUGCUCGACAGACCUGGGCCACCAGACUCCCUCACAGUUUCUGAUGUUGCUGCUGAGAAAUGUGUUCUUAACUGGCUACAUCCAACACAUGAUGGUGGUGCCAAGAUAGAGUACUUUAUCAUUCAGAGGCGAGAGACCAGUAGAUUGGCAUGGACAAACGUGGCCACAGAGCUCCAAGCAAACAGGUUUAAGGUCACCAAGCUCCUAAAGGGCAAUGAAUACAUCUUCAGAGUCAUGGCUGUUAACAAGUAUGGCGUGGGUGAGCCCCUGGAGUCUGAACCUGUCAUCUGUGCCAACCCGUAUGUCCCCAGUGACCCACCACAGCAGCCUGAAGUCACCACCAUUACCAAGGACUCCAUGGUUGUCUGCUGGGAGCGCCCUGAACACGAUGGAGGCAGCAGAUUAAACACCUACAUAAUUGAGAGAAGGGAUAAGACUGGUCUGCGCUGGGUGAAAUGCAACAAGAGGACUGUAACUGACCUGCGCUUUAAGGCUUCUGGCCUCACACCAGGACAUGAAUAUGAAUUUAGAGUUUUUGCUGAGAAUAAUGCUGGUCUAAGCCAGCCUAGUCUUUCCAGUCCAUUCUACAAAGCUGUAGACACCAUCUUCCAGCCUGGACCUCCAGGGAACCCCAGAGUGCUGGACACAACCAAGUCUUCCAUUACUCUUGCCUGGAACAAGCCUGUCUACGAUGGUGGUUCUGAAAUCACUGGUUACAUUGUGGAGACCUGCCUUCCUGAGGAGGAUGAGUGGACAAUACAGACUCCCAAGAAGGGAUGGACAGCCACUUCCUUCACCAUUACCAACUUGAAGGAAAACCAAGAUUACAAAAUCAACAUCUGUGCCACUAAUUGUGAGGGAGUGGGAGAACCCGCUGCUGUUCCUGGAACCCCCAAGGCUGAAGACAGACAACUUCCCCCAGAAAUUGAACUUGGAGCAGAGAUGCGUAAGGUGGUCUGCAUCAGAGCCUGUAGCACACUGAGGCUCUUUGUUCCAAUCAAGGGCAGACCAGUACCUGAAGUUAAAUGGUCAAGAGAGCAUGGAGAAUCCCUGGACAGAGCUAACAUUGAAAUCACCUCAUCAUUCACCACUCUUCAGGUAGACAAUGUUGACAGGUUUGAUGCAGGUAAAUACAUGGUAACGGUGGAAAAUGCCUCAGGAAGCAAAACAGCCUUUGUUAAUGUCCGGGUGCUUGAUACUCCUGGAGCCCCUCAAAAUCUGUUUGUCAAGGAGAUCACCAGAGAUUCAGUUUCCCUCGUUUGGGAUGCACCUCUCAUUGACGGUGGCUCUAGAGUCCGCAACUACAUUGUGGAGAAGCGAGAGUCAACUAGAAAGGCCUACUCAACAGUCUGUGCCAGCUGCCAUAAGUCCAGUUGGAAAAUUGGAGACCUGGAGGAAGGAAAAAUGUACUGCUUUAGAAUUCUCGCUGAGAAUGAAUAUGGCAUUGGUCUCCCAGUAGAGACUCUUGAAUCAAUUAAAGUGUCAGAGAAGCCCCUACCACCAGGCAAAGUGUCUCUUCUUGAUGUUACCAGCUCCAGUGUCACACUAACCUGGGAAAAGCCUGACUAUGAUGGUGGCAGCAGAAUCACAGGCUAUAUUGUUGAGAUGCAGGGUAAAGGCACUGAGAAGUGGACCCAGGUCAUGGUGGUAAAGACCAAUGUGGCUCUUGUUGCUGGCCUUACACAAGGAGAGGAGUACAUGUUCCGUAUCUCAGCCACCAAUGAAAAGGGAGUUAGUGAUCCACGCUCUCUUAGUUUGCCUGUGGUGGCUAAAGACCUAGUCAUCUCACCAACCUUCAAACUGCUUUUCAGCACUUUUAGUGUGCUAGCAGGAGAUGAUCUGAAGAUAGAUGUGCCAUAUGCUGCCUGUCCAAAGGCCACAGCAACUUGGCUCAAAGAUGGCAUUCUUCUGAAGGAGACAACAAGAGUUAAUGCUGAAGCAACAGACAAAAACCUUCACCUGGUUAUUAAGGAGGCUUGCAGAGAUGAUGUGGGCACAUACACUGUCAAACUGACCAACACAAUUGGAGAAGCAUCUACAGACCUCAGUGUCAUUGUUCUAGAUAAGCCUUGUCCCCCAACUGGCCCAAUUAAGAUGGAUGAGGUCACUGCUGACAGCAUGGUCUUGUCCUGGAAUCCACCAGAGUAUGACGGUGGAUGUGCCAUCAGCAAUUACAUUGUUGAGAAGAGAGACACAUCCACCACUAACUGGCAGAUUGUGUCAGCUACUGUGGCCAGAACCACUAUCAAGGCAGCCCGUCUGAAGACUGGAGUUGAGUACCAGUUUAGGAUUGCUGCAGAGAAUAGAUAUGGCAAGUCCUUUGUCCUGCUCUCUGAAACUAUUGUUGCUCAGUAUCCAUUUGAACUGCCCAGCUCACCACAUUCUGUUGUGGUCCAGUCAGCAACCAAGGAGAACAUGGUGGUUGUAUGGGCUACACCCAGCAAUGAUGGUGGGAGCAAAAUUCUGGGCUACCACGUGGAGCUCAAGGAGAGAAACAGUAUACUGUGGGUGAAACAGAACAAACAACUAAUCCCAGAGACCAGAUUUAAGGCUGUUGGCCUUGAGGAGGGUAUUGAAUAUGAGUUCAGAGUCUAUGCUGAGAACAUUGUUGGCCUCAGCAAAGCCAGCAAACUGAGUGAAAUGCAAGUGGCCAGAGAUCCUUGUGACAGACCAGGAAAACCAGAGGCUGUCAUUGUGACAAGAAACCGAGUGACACUCAGAUGGGCCAAACCUGAGUAUGACGGCGGCAUCAAGAUUACAGGCUAUGUGGUUGAGAAGAAGGAAGGAGCUGGCCGCUGGAUGAAAGCUAGUUUUGCCAACGUCCUUGAGACUGAAUUUGUUGUCACAGGACUUACUGAAGAUCAGAUUUAUGAGUUCCGUAUCAUCGCCAGGAAUUCAGCAGGUGUCUCCAGCCAGCCCUCUGAUUCUACUGGAUCCAUUACUGCUAAGGAUGAGGUGGAUCCACCCAAGAUUGACUUAGAAGCUAAGUACUCCCAGGCUGUGGUGGUAAAUGCUGGAGAAACAUUCAGGCUUGAGGCUGCUAUCGCUGGUAAGCCUGUGCCCACAGUACACUGGCAGAAGGAGGGCCAAGAGAUUGCUGAAGCAGCACGCCUAGAGCUCAAGAACACAGACUUUACAGCUUGCCUAGUGGUUAAAGAAGCUAUCCGUGUUGAUGGAGGUCAGUACACUUUGCUGGUAAAGAAUGUUGGAGGAGAGAAAUCCGUUAACAUUAAUGUCAAGGUCCUGGACAGACCAGGUCCACCCGAUGGCCCUAUCUCCAUCUACGGGGUCACCAGUGAAAAAUGCUCCAUUGCCUGGAAAUCUCCCCUGCAAGAUGGAGGUAGCGAUGUUUCCCAUUACAUUGUUGAGAAGAGGGAAACCAGUCGACUGGUUUGGACUGUAGUUGAACAAAAAGUUCAGACACUGAACCUGAAGAUCACAAAACUUCUUCCUGGUAAUGAGUACAUCUUCAGAGUGAUUCCAGUCAACAAAUACGGAGUUGGUGAGCCUCUGGAAUCUGGGCCGAUGAUUGCCAAAAAUCAAUUUGUCACUUCCAACUCACCGACAGAUGUAGAAGUCUCCACAAUCACCAAAGACUCAAUGGUGGUGACCUGGGAUAGACCAACUAAUGAUGGUGGAAGCGCUAUUCAGGGAUACAUUGUUGAGAAACGUGACAAGGACGGUGUGAGAUGGACCAGGUGCAACAAGCGCACAGUGAGUGAGCUUCGCUUCAGAGUGACUGGGCUCCUAGAAAACCACAGCUAUGAAUUCAGAGUUUCUGCUGAAAAUUCUGCAGGUGUUGGCACACCUAGUGCACCAACAGUGUACUACAAAGCAUUGGAUCCAAUCUUCAAAGCAGGCCCACCAAACAACCCCAAGGUGGUAGACACAUCUAGAUCCACUGUUUCCCUGACAUGGGGAAAACCCAUCUAUGAUGGUGGCUGUGAGAUUCAGGCUUACAUUGUUGAGGCCUGCAAUGUAGCAACUGAUGAGUGGUUUAUGUGCACUCCUCCAAGCGGAAUCACAAAGACCAACUUUACAGUGACAAAGCUUCUGGAGAAGCACGAAUACCAAUUCAGAGUGUGCGCCAUCAACAAAGUUGGUAUUGGGGAGCAUGCUGAUAUUUCAGGAAAGAUUCUGCUGGAGGAAAAGCUUGAGGCUCCUGAUCUUGACUUAGAUGCUGAUAUGAGAAAGAUGAUCAACAUUAGAUCAGCAAGCACCCUCAGGCUGUUUGUUCCUGUGAGAGGUCGUCCAGCUCCUGAGGUGAAAUGGGGGAAGGCUGAGGGCACGAUCAAGGAGACUGCCCUGAUUGACAAUACAAGCAGCUAUGCUUCACUUGUCAUUGAGAAUGUUGACAGAUUCGACACUGGCAAGUACAUCCUGACUGCAGAGAAUGCCAGCGGAGUGAAGUCAGUCUUCAUCAGUGUCAGAGUUUUGGAUUCACCUGGUCCACCAGCUAACUUUUUGGUGAAAGAGAUUACCAAGAAUUCCGUUACUCUCACAUGGGAGCCUCCACAUCUGGAUGGCGGCUCAAAGAUUAAGCAUUAUAUUGUUGAGAAGCGUGAGAGUACUAGGAAAGUGUAUUCUCCUAUCACCACCUGCAACAAGAUGUCAUGGAAGGUUGAGCCUUUGCCAGAGGGUGGAAUCUUCUUCUUCAGAGUCCUGGCUGAGAAUGAAUAUGGUGUGGGUCUCCCUGCUAAAACAAUAGAACCAGUUAAGAUAUCUGAAAAGCCUCAGCCACCUGGUAAAGUCAGUGUUGUGGACGUCACUUGUAGCUCCGUAACUCUCUCCUGGGAGAAGCCUGAACAUGACGGCGGCAGUAGGAUCAGUUACUAUGAAGUUGAAUUGGCACCUAAGGACAGCGAAACCUGGUCUCUGUGCGCUAGUGGGAAAGCCCUGGAGACUGUAGUGACCAAUCUGCUCAAGGGAGAGGAGUACCAGUUCAGAGUUUUUGCUGUAAAUGACAAGGGGAAAAGUGACCCCAGACAGCUGGCUCAAUCAGUUGUAGCUAAGGACCUUGUGAUUGAGCCUUCUGUUAGGCCCCAAAUGAGCACCUACAGUGUCCAGGUGGGGUAUGACCUCAAGAUUGAAGUCCCAGUUGCUGGUCAUCCAAAGCCAAGCAUCACUUGGACCAAGGAUGGAGCAGCCCUUAAGCAGACCACCAGAGUCAAUGUCACUGACUCAGCACGUCACACUACUCUCACCAUAAAAGAUGCUAUCAGAGAGGAUGGAGGCAUGUACAGCAUUAAUAUAGUCAAUUCCCUUGGAUCCAAGGAUGCCACUAUUGAGGUGAUAACCCUGGACAAACCAGGCCCACCAACAGGCCCUGUCAAAUUUGAGGAUGUCAGUGCUGAGAGUAUGACUCUUAACUGGGAACCUCCUACAUAUACAGGUGGUUGCCCAAUCUCUAACUAUGUGGUUGAGAAGAGAGACACAACAACAACCAACUGGGUGGUCUUAUCUGCCACUCUGGCAAGGACCACGCUAAAAGUGAGCAAUCUGAAGACAGGCAGUGAAUACCAGUUCAGAAUCUAUGCAGAGAACAGAUAUGGAAAAAGUUAUGCAAUUGAUUCAGCACCUAUUGUGGCUCAGUAUCCGUUCCAGGAGCCUGGCCCAUCAGGAACACCAUUUGUGGCUACAUACUCUAAGGACUAUAUGGUGGUUGAGUGGCACAAACCCCCAUCGGAUGGAGGCAGUGCCAUUUUGGGCUACCAUCUGGAACGAAAGGAGAAGAACAGUAUCCUCUGGACCAAGAUCAACAAAAUGCUCAUCCAAGACUGCAGGUUCAAAUCUGCUCCUCUUGAGGAAGGCAUUGAGUAUGAGUACAGAGUAUAUGCUGAGAAUAUUGUUGGCAUCGGAAAAUGCAGCAAAAUCUCUGAGGUGUAUGUAGCCCGUGACCCAUGUUAUCCUCCUGGCCUUCCUGAGGCUGUGAUUGUGACCAGGCACUCAGUGAAGCUGAAGUGGACUGCCCCAGAGUAUAAUGGUGGAAGCUUAAUUACUGGCUAUGUAGUGGAGAAACGUGACCUUCCUGAAGGAAAGUGGAUGAAGGCCAGCUUUGCAAAUGUAAUUGAACAUGAAUUCACAGUUACUGGUCUGACAGAACACAGUAAAUAUGAUUUCAGAGUAAUUGCAAGGAAUGCAGCUGGUGCUGUCAGCAAGCCCUCUGAGAGCACAGGAUCCAUCACAGCCAUGGAUGAAAUUGACCCACCUAAGUGUGAGACGGAUCCUAUGUACAACCAGACCAUUGUUAUCAAUGCUGGAGAGACUUUCAGUUUGGAGGCCUGUGUGGGAGGAAAGCCCAUCCCCACAGCCCAGUGGUUCAAAGGAAAUGUUGAAGUUGAAAACUCAGCAAGAGCUGAGAUCAAAAACACAGAUUUUAAGGCUUUGCUCAUUGUGAAGGAUGCCAUCAGAGUGGAUGGUGGACAGUACACACUGGUUCUGACUAAUGUGGCUGGAACUAAGACUGUUCCAUUCACUGUGAAGGUCCUGGACAGACCAGGACCCUCAGAAGGACCGCUUACUGUCAGCAAUGUCACUGAGGAAAAGUGCUCCCUGUCAUGGUUGCCCCCCAGGCACGAUGGAGGAGCUAGCAUUUCUCACUACGUCAUUCAGAAGAGAGAAACCAGCCGCCUGGCUUGGACUGUAGUCUCCAGUGACUGUGGAGCUACCAUGUUCAAAGUUACCAAACUGUUGAAGGGCAAUGAGUAUAUCUUCAGAAUCUUGGCUGUCAACAAAUACGGAACGGGCGAGCCUCUUGAAUCAGUGCCCGUUAUGAUGAGAAAUCCAUUUGUUCCCCCUGGCUCACCUCAGGAGCUUGAGAUCACAAACAUUACAAGAGACUCCAUGACUGUCUGCUGGAACCGCCCUGAGACAACUGGAGGCAGUGAGAUUGUUGGUUACAUUGUUGAGAAGAGAGACAGAGCUGGAGUGAGAUGGACAAAGUGCAACAAACGCAGAGUGACAGACUUACGUUUCAGAGUAACAGGACUGACUGAGGACCAUGAAUAUGAAUUCAAGGUAUCUGCUGAGAAUGUAGCUGGAGUGGGUCAGCCAAGCCCACCUACAUCCUACCUCAAAGCCUGUGACCCUUCCUUUGAACCGGGCUGUCCCUCCAAUGCCCAUGUGGUCAAUUUGACUAAAGACACCAUCAGUGUGGCCUGGCACCGGCCUAUCUAUGAUGGUGGUUGUGAGAUUCAAGGAUACGCUGUGGAAAUUACUAAGGCUGAUGAGGAGGAGUGGAGCAUAUGUACCCCACCCUCUGGAGUUAAUGCUACCAAGUUUACCAUCACUAAGUUGAUAGAGCACCAGGAAUACAAGGUGCGAAUAUGUGCCAUCAACAAGCUCGGUGUUGGUGAGCCCACCGAGAUCGAGGGAGUCGUGAAACCAUUAGAUAAGCUUGAUCCUCCAGAGAUGAUUCUGGAUGCAGAGCUCAGGAAGGGAAUAGUUGUCCGAGCGGGAGGCUCAAUGAGAAUCUGUAUUCCAUUCAAAGGCCAUCCUACUCCUGAGAUCAGCUGGGCCAAGGAGGAUGGAGCACUGCCCAUAAAAGCUCAGAUAGACUCUGGUGAAGACUACUCGCAGCUCUCCAUUGACAUCUGUGACAAAUAUGAUGCCGGAAAAUACAUCCUCAACUUGGAAAAUAGCGCUGGCACCAAAUCAGCCUUUGUUUCUGUUAAAGUUCUGGACACUCCAGGGGCCCCAGUGAAUCUGACAGUAAAAGACGUUAAGAGGGAAAGUGUCACUCUGACCUGGGAGCCUCCUCUUAUUGAUGGAGGUUCAAGAAUCAAGAAUUACCUGGUUGAAAAGCGUGAGUCAACCAGGAUAGUUUACUCUAAUGUGGACAACAAGUGCACAAAAACAAGCUACCGUAUCACUGGCCUCACUGAGGGAACUAUCUACUAUUUCAGAAUCUUAGCGGAGAAUGAGUUUGGUGUUGGACAGCAAGCCGAGACAGAAAGCUCAGUUAAGACCUCUGAGCCUCCUCUGUCAGUUGGUAAAGUCAAUUUGACUGAAGUGACCAAAACCUCUGCCUCUUUCUCCUGGGAGAAGCCAGACCAUGAUGGAGGCAGCAGGAUUAUAGGCUACUACAUUGAGAUGCAGCCUGUGGGUUCAGAAGAAUGGGUGGUGGCCGCCACAACCAAAACCUGCGAGGGCACUGUCACAAGCCUAAGUACGGGGCAUGAGUACCUCUUUAGAGUCUCAGCUUUCAAUGAAAAGGGCAGGAGUGACCCCAGGUCUCUGGCUGCACCAGUCACUGCUAAAGAUGUAACUAUGAAGCCCAGAUUCAUGUUGGCAUCCAACACUUACAGUGUACAGAAUGGUGAUGAUCUGAAGAUUGAGAUUCCAGUGAUUGGGCGCCCUGUUCCCAAGGUUGAAUGGAAGAAGGAUGGACAAGCUCUGAAGGAGACAACUAGACUAAAUGUAUCCAGCGCACUUUCAUCUACUAAGCUGUGCAUCAAGGAUGCAAGUAAGGAAGACUCUGGUAAAUACACCAUCACAGCCACCAGCAGUGUUGGAACAGCUGAAUUGGAGAUUACUGUCAUCAUUCUUGAAAAGCCUGGCCCACCCAAAGGCCCUGUGAAGAUUGAGGAGGUGAGCUCUAAUUAUGUGUCCCUCUCCUGGGAGCCACCAGAGUAUACUGGAGGCUGUCAGAUCAACAACUACAUUGUGGAGAAGAGAGAUACGACCACGACAGCAUGGCAGAUUGUGUCUGCUACUAUUGCCAGAUCAACCAUCAAAGUCACCAACUUGAAGACUGGAAUUGAGUAUCAAUUCAGAGUGUCUGCUGAGAAUAGAUAUGGAAAGAGUUCUUCCAUUGUGUCUUCCAAUGUUAUUGCUCAGUAUCCAUUCAGUGAGCCUGCUGCUCCUGGGACACCAAUUGUUUCUGCUGCAACAAAGGAAAACAUGGUUGUUGAGUGGAACGCUCCCACCAACAACGGAGGCAGUCCAGUCUUAGGCUAUCACUUUGAGAGAAAGGAGAAAAACAGCCUCUUGUGGACUAAACUCAACAAGCUUCUAAUCCCAGACACACGUUUCAAGACUUCAGAGCUGGAAGAAGGUAUUGAGUAUGAAUUCAGAGUUUAUGCUGAGAACAUUGCUGGACUCAGCCCAGUUAGCAAGGUAUCUGUGAGCACAGUAGCCAGGGACCCAUGUGACCCACCAGGCAAUCCUGAGGCCAUUAAUAUCACCAGAAAUCAUGUGACGCUUCAGUGGACAAGGCCACAGUAUGAUGGAGGCAGUGCAAUCACUGGCUAUGUGAUUGAGAGGAAGAAGCACCCAGAUACUCGCUGGAUGAAGGCCAGCUUCACCAACAUCAUUACUACCCAGUACACACUGACUGGCCUGACUGAGGACUGUGUUUAUGAGUACAGAGUCAUUGCCCGUAACGCUGCUGGAAUUUUCAGCCGUCCUUCUCAGAGCACAGGAGAGAUUACUGCCAAAGAUGAAAUUGAAGCUCCAGAAGCCACUAUGGAUUCUAAAUUCAAGGAUAUGACUGUUGUUAGUGCUGGUGAGACAUUUGUCAUUGAUGCCGACUAUACUGGCAAGCCUCUGCCUGAAGUAAUUUGGUUAAAGGAUGGAAAAGAGAUUGACCAAACCACACCAAGAAUGGAGGUCAAGACCACCCUCACACGUACCAUCCUGACAGUCAAGGAUUGCAUCAGAGUGGAUGGUGGCCACUUUUACCUCAAACUUGUCAAUGUAGGAGGAGUCAAGAUGGUCCCAGUUAAUGUCAAAGUUCUGGAUAGACCUGGUUCUCCAGAUGGCCCGCUAGAAGUUAAAGGGGUCACAGCUGAGAAAUGUUAUCUGCACUGGAACCAUCCCUCACAUGAUGGUGGAGCAAGCAUCUCUCACUACAUCAUUGAGAAGAGAGAGACCAGUCGUUUGUCAUGGACUAUGAUUGAGCCCAAGAUCCAGGCCAUCAGCUAUAAAAUCACAAAACUGCUGCCCGGCAAUGAAUACAUCUUUAGAGUCACUGCUGUGAAUAAAUAUGGUGUUGGUGAACCUUUGGAGUCUGAGGCUGUUAUUGCUCGUAACCCCUUCACCACUCCCAGUGCCCCCUCAACCCCAGAGACCAGCGCUAUCACUAGGGACUCCAUUGUGCUUACAUGGGAGAGACCAGAACAUAAUGGAGGAGCUGAGAUUGAAGGAUAUAUCCUUGAAAAACGUGAUAUGGAUGGCAUCAGAUGGACUAAGUGCAAUAAGAAGAGACUGAGUGACCUGAGAUUCAGAUGCACUGGCCUCACAGAGGGCCACUCCUAUGAAUUCAGGAUCUCAGCUGAAAAUGCUGGUGGUGUGGGAAAGCCUAGUGAACCAACAGAAUACAUCAAAGCCUGUGAUGCCAUUUAUCCACCAGGAGCUCCAAAUAACCCCAAAGUCACCGGCCAUUCAAGCACCACCGUUUCCCUGUCCUGGACCAGGCCUAUCUAUGAUGGUGGAGCUCAGAUAAGCGGAUAUGUUGUUGAAAGGAAAGAGGCAACUGAUGAUGAAUGGAUCACUUGCACACCACCCACUGGUGUUCAGGCCACUCACUACACUGUGAAGCAUCUGAAGGAGAAUGCAGAGUACAACUUCCGCAUCUGUGCCAUUAACUGUGAGGGAGUAGGAGAGCAUGUGGACCUACUUAGUUCUGUGAUCGCUGCAGAGAAGCUGGAGGCUCCUGAAAUUGAACUGGAUGCUGACCUGAGGAAGAUGGUCAAUGUUCGUGCGACUGCCUCCUUGCGUCUGUUUGUGACAAUCAGAGGAAAGCCAGAGCCAGAGGUCAGAUGGUCAAAGGCUGAUGGCACUUUGAAUGAGCGUGCCCAGAUUGAAGUCACAAGCUCUUACACAAUGCUGGUGAUCGAGAAUGUCGAUAGAUUCGACACUGGCAAAUAUGUACUGAACCUUGAGAACCUCAGUGGUUCUAAAUCAGCCUUCAUCAAUGUCAGAGUUCUGGACUCCCCUAGCGCUCCUACCAACCUGGUGGUUAAGGAUGUAAAGAGAACUUCUGUCUCUCUCUCCUGGGAGCCUCCUUCAAUAGAUGGUGGGGCUAAGAUAUCACACUAUAUCGUGGAGAAGAGAGAGCAGAAGAGAAUGGCUUUCACUAGUGUUUGCACCAGCUGUGUGAGGAACUCCUACAUUAUUUCUGACCUGCAAGAGGGAGGCCGAUACUAUUUCCGUGUGUUGGCUGUGAAUGAGCUUGGAGUAGGUCUGCCUGCCUCCACAGAUCAAGUCAAGGUGGCUGAGGCUCCUUUGCCUCCAGGGAAGGUCGUCCUGAUUGACGUAACUCGUCAUACAGUCUCUCUUUCCUGGGAGAAACCUGAUCAUGAUGGAGGCAGCAAGAUCACAAACUUUAUUGUUGAGAUGCAGCCAAAGGGAGAUGACAAAUGGUCCGUAUGCAGUGAAGUCAAAGCACUGGAAGCUACUAUUGGUGGACUCACAACUGGAGAGGAAUAUUCCUUCCGGGUGAUUGCUGUGAAUGAUAAGGGCAAGAGUGAUGCUAAGCCUCUGGCUACCCCUGUGGUUGUGAAGGACAUUACGAUGCUGCCCAUCGUCAACCUGUUGUACGACACAUACAGUGUGAAAGCAGGAGAUGACCUGAAGGUUGAUGUUCCCUUCAGAGGCCGACCUCAGCCUGAAGUGUCCUGGAAGAAGGACGGCCAAGCACUUAAGCAGACAACAAGGGUCAAUGUUCUUACUUCCAAGACCUCAUCCAAGAUUGUCAUCAAGGAUGCAACCAAGGAGGAUGUAGGAAAGUAUGUGAUUACUCUGACAAACUCAGUUGGCACCAGCACAGCUGAAAUAUCUGUUAUAGUCCUGGACAAACCUGGCCCACCCAGCAACAUUAAGAUGGAUGAGGUGAGCGCUGACUUCAUCUCUCUGUCUUGGGAUCCGCCAACCUAUGAUGGUGGAUGCCAAAUUAACAACUAUGUUGUGGAGAAAAGAGACACUACCACAACCUCAUGGCAGAUUGUUUCAGCCACAGUAGCCAGAACAUCAAUCAAGGUGGCUCGUCUCAUUCAGGGAACAGAGUAUCAGUUCCGUAUUGCAGCUGAGAACCGUUACGGCAAGAGUUCAGCCCUUGAUUCUACUCCCGUUAUUGCUCAGUAUCCAUUUGAUUCUCCUGGCCCUCCAACCAACGUCCAUGUUUCCCAUGCCACAAAGUAUGGCAUGCUCGUGGUGUGGGGCAGACCUUCCACUGAUGGUGGCAGCCCUGUAAUCGGUUAUCACAUUGAAUGCAAAGACCAAAGCAGCAUCCUGUGGACCAAGGUUAACAGAGGUCUGCUGGCUGAGAACCAGUUUAAAAUGACAGGCAUUGAAGAAGGCCUGCUGUAUCAGUUUAGAGUCUAUGCUGAGAAUAUGGCUGGAAUUGGUCCUUGCACUAAGGCAAGUGACCCUGUGGCUGCCAGGGAUCCAUGUGAAUCUCCACGUAACCUUAGAGUCACCAACAUUACCAGGACCUCAGUUUCCCUCUUCUGGGAGAAGCCAGAGUAUGAUGGCGGAAUAAAGAUAACUGGGUACAUUGUUGAGCGUAAAGAACUUCCCAGUGGCCGCUGGCUCAAAUGCAACUUCACCAACCUGCAAGACACCUACUUCGAUGUCACAGGCCUCACAGAAGAUGUCCAAUAUGACUUCCACGUCAUCACUAAGAAUUCUGCAGAGCUGUUGAGUGCUCCUUCAGAGAGCACUGGUCCUGUCACAGUCAAGGAUGAUGUUGACCCUCCCACUAUCAUCCUGGAAGAGAAGUUCAGACAGCUGGUUGUGAUUAAGGCUGGAGAGAUCAUUCGAAUUGAUGCUGAAAUCACGGGCCGUCCACUACCAGUUGUAUCAUGGUCUAAGGAUGGAAGGGAGAUUGAGAAGGAGGCCAGGUGUGAAAUCACGUCCACCAACUUCACAACUACACUGAUUGUCAGAGAUGCUAUCAGGAGGGACUCUGGCCAGUAUGUCCUGACCUUGCACAAUGUGGCAGGAACCAGGUCUGUGGCUAUCAACUGUAAGGUUCUGGACAGACCUGGACCUUCCUCAGGACCAUUGGCAGUAUCUGGCCUGACAGGUGAGAAAUGCACCAUAAAUUGGGGCCCCCCUCAGGAGAACGGUGGUGCUGAAAUCAUGCACUACAUUGUCGAGAAACGUGAGACCAGUCGGCUCACCUGGACUCUUGUCUUUGGUGACAUGAAAGCAACCACCUGUAAAGUGACCAAGCUGCUCAAAGGAAAUGAGUACAUCUUCAGAGUCAGGGGAGUCAACAAAUUUGGGGAUGGUGAGGCCCUGGAGAGUGAGCCAUCAAAGGCCAUGGAUCCAUUCACUGUGCCUGCCACGCCAACGAAUGUACAGGUCACCGCAAUUACUAGUGAGGCAAUGACCAUCUGUUGGGAAAGACCAGUUUCUGAUGGUGGCAGCAGUAUCGCUGGCUACGUCAUUGAAAAGCGAGAGAAGAUUGGCCUUCGCUGGUGCCGUGUCAACAAGAAACCGGUUUAUGACCUCAGAGUCAAAGCCUCAAACCUUCGUGUUGGCAGUGAGUAUGAGUACAGAGUGUUUGCAGAGAAUUCUGCUGGCCUCAGUGCUCCCAGCGUCCCUUGCCCUCUCACAAAGGCUGAAGACCCACUGUUCCUGCCUUCACCUCCUGCUAAGCCAAAGAUCAUUGACUCUUCAAAGACAACAGUCACCCUGUCAUGGAAUAAGCCCCUAUUUGAUGGUGGAUCACCUGUAACUGGUUACAGAGUCAAAUACAGGAAUACGUUCGAUGAUGAAUGGAUUACUGGAGUCCAGAAUACCAAGAACACAGAGUUUACAGUGGUGGGAUUGACACCUGGGACUGAAUAUGUGUUUGUUGUCAAGUCCAUUAACAAGAUUGGAGCGAGUGAGUCAAGUCCUGAAUCAGACAAACAGGUCGCCAAAGAAAGAGAGGAGGAGCCCGUCUUUGACAUCAGCAAUGACAUGAGGAAGACUCUUAUUGUGAAGGAUGGUAGCUCAUUCACCAUGACAGUACCCUUCAGAGGCAAACCCAUCCCCAGUGUUACAUGGACGAAGCAUGAUAUUGACCUUAGAGUUCGUGCCGCCAUUGACACCACAGACACCUUCACCUCCAUCACUUUAGAGAAAGCAACUCGCAAUGACUCUGGCAAAUACACCAUCACUUUGUCCAGCGUAGCUGGAACCUCCUGCUUGACACUCAAUGUCAGAGUCUUGGAUUCCCCUGGACCUCCUGCCCAUGUAGAGGUCAAAGACGUGACCAAGACCUCUGCUACUGUAACCUGGGACACUCCUGUGAAUGAGGGAGGAGGACCAGUUAAUAACUACCUUGUUGAUAUCCGUGAGGCCAGCAAAAAAGGCUGGACCAGGUUGACUGACGCUUGCAACAGACUGACAUACAAGGUGAUGGACGUGCUAGAGGGAGGAGUCUACUUCUUUAGAGUAACGGGCGAGAAUGAGUACGGAGUUGGUGUUUCUGCUGAGACCAAGGAGGCAACCAAAAUCACAGAAAAACCAAGCCCACCACCAAAGCUGGGUGUGACUGACGUUACGAAGGACAGUGUGUCCUUGAUCUGGGCAAAACCAGAACAAGACGGCGGCAGCAGAAUUACUGGAUACCUGUUGGAAGCUCUGGAGAUAGGCCAGGAGAAGUGGGUUAAAUGUGGCGUAACCAAGUCCAUCCACUUCACAGUGUCUGGUCUGAGGGAGAACGUUGAGUACUUCUUCAGAGUCAGAGCAGAGAACCAUGCUGGCUUCAGUGAUAUUAAGGAAAUGGUCACCCCAGUAGUAGUCAAAGACCAGCUUGAAUCUCCUGAGAUCAACAUGAAGGACUUCCCCCACAACACAGUGUAUGUUAGAGCCGGCUCCACCCUCAAGUGUGAGAUCCCACUGACGGGCCGGCCUUUGCCUAAAGUCUCCCUGUCCAAGGAUAACGUGCUACUCAAGUCAACAAUGAGGUUCAACUCUGAAGUCACCCCUGACAGCAUCAAGAUAAGUUUGCGCGAGAGCAUUGCUGGAGACUCAGGACGCUACGACAUCACUGCCUCCAACUCCAGUGGAACCACCAAAUCCUUUGUAAAUAUAAUGGUUCUGGACCGCCCCAGUGCUCCACUUGGACCUGUGGAGCUGUUUGACGUCACAGAGGACAGUGUGAGCCUGAAUUGGUCCCCACCGGCAUAUGAAGGUGGCAGCCCCAUCACCAACUACAUCAUCCAGAAGAGAGAGACAACCACAGCCAACUGGAUGGAUAUCUCUUCUGCUGUGGCCCGCUGCACCAUGAAGGUCAUGAAGCUGACCACUGGCCUGGAGUACCAAUUCAGAAUCAAGGCUGAGAACAAAUAUGGAAUCAGCGAGCACAUUGACUCGCCAACUGUAACUGUCAACCUUCCUUACACUAUUGCUGAAGCGCCAUCAACUCCAGAGAUCACUGGUGUAACCAGGGAGACCAUCACUGUCGCCUGGAAGGAGCCUGCGUCAGAUGGCGGCAGCCAUGUGUUCGGCUACCAUCUCCAGAUGAAAGACAGGAAUAGCAUCCUUUGGCAGAGGGUCAAUAAAAUGGUGAUCCGUGCAACACACCUUAAGGUCACCAACAUCAAUGCUGGGCUCAUUUACGAGUUCAAGGUAGCAGCAGAGAACGCUGCUGGAAUCAGUGCCUUCAGCAAGAUUUCUGAUGCAGUACUAGCUAUUGAUGCCUGUGAGCCACCCACCGCCGUUCGUAUAAAUGACAUCACCAAGAACUCCAUUAGCCUGGUUUGGCAGAGGCCCAACUACGAUGGCGGAUCGACAAUCACCGGUUACAUCAUUGAGAAGAGAGAGGGCGUUAGUGCCAGGUGGUUCAAGACGAACCUCACGAAUGUUUCAGAAACCCGCUUCACUGUGACGGGCCUCACCCAGGACGAGACGUACGAAUUCAGAGUCAUGGCCAGGAAUGCCGUUGGCUCAGUGAGCAACCCCUCCAUGACAGCUGGACCAGCCACAUGUGUGGACACCUACGGUGCCCCAGAGAUUGAUAUACCUCAAGAGUACUUCAACGAAGUCAAGCACAUGGCUGAAUCUAAUGUGGAGCUCAAGUUUAAUAUCAAAGCCAAACCUGCUCCAACCAUCGAGUGGUUUAAGGAUGGCAGAGAGCUUGAGCCUUCUCCCCAGCUCUCUUUCAAACACUCAUUUGAGUCCACCAGUGUGUUCCUGAAGGAAACCACUCGUCUUAACUCUGGAAUCUAUGAGGUCAAGGUGAAGAACUCCCUUGGAACUGCGACUGGCAUUGUCAGGCUGCUCAUUCAAGACAAGCCAGGCCCCCCUGAUGGAGAGAUUCAGUUUAAGAAGGUGACGGCCGACAACAUCACCAUCAUGUGGUCCCCGCCUGCCGACGAGGGCGGUGCCAUGGUCACGCAUUAUAUUGUGGAAAAGAGGGAGACCAGCAGGGUCAUGUGGUCCAUUAUCUCAGAGAAAUUGGUCGACUGCAUUGUUAACGUGCCCAGACUUAUCCACGGCAAUGAGUACAUCUUCAGAAUCCGAGGAGUCAACAAGUAUGGCGUUGGAGACCCACUGGAGUCUGAACCUAUAGUCGCAAAGAACGCGUUCGUUACUCCUAGCGAGCCAUCCAAGCCUCAAGUGUCCAUGAUCACCAAGUCUACCAUGACAGUGAUCUGGGAAAGACCGGCGGUGGAUGGAGGCAGCGACAUCGACGGCUACUACCUGGAGAAGAGGGAGAAGAAGAGUCUGCAGUGGUUCAAGGUGGUGAAGGGCACCAUCAGAGACACCAGGCAGAAAGUCACCAACCUGACGGAGAACAACGAGUACCAGUACAGAGUGUGUGCUGUCAACAAGGCUGGAGCAGGAAACUACUCUGAGGCUUCUGACCUCUACAAGGCCUACGACCCCAUCGAUCUGCCUGGUGAGCCAUCCAAGCUGCGCGUGGUCGAUUCCACAAAGACCUCCAUCACCCUCGGCUGGGAGAAGCCCGUCUACGAUGGCGGCAGUGAAGUCACACACUACAUCCUGGACCAGUUGAACACAGAGGAAAAAGAAUGGGUGACCAUCAACCUGCAGGUCAAGACCUGCGAGUAUGUGGUGUCUCACCUCAAACCAGGAUCCUACUACUUCUUCAAAGUCUUUGCUGUCAACUCCAAGGGGAAAGGAGAAGACAUCAGAAUGUACCAGCCCGUGCAAGCCAAAGAUAUUUUGGAGGAGGCCGAUUUGGAUUUGGACGUUCCCAUGAAGACCCAGUACACAGCCCGGGCCGGCCGUGACGUAGAAGUGUUCAUCCCCCUGAAGGGACGCCCCACCCCCAACAUCACAUGGCGCCGCAGCGACCGCAACAUUGCUGCUAACAAACGCUACACCAUCACCAGCACCGAGCGAGCCACCACGCUCCUCAUCCCCAAGGUCACCCGCGAUGACUGCGGCAAGUACCUGCUGGAGAUUGAGAAUGGCGUGGGAGAACCCAAGGUCAUCACCGUGUCCCUGAAGGUUCUGGACAGUCCAGCUACCUGCCAGAAACUGAUAGUCAAGAACGUGACGAGAAGCAAGCUGACCCUGAGCUGGGAGGCUCCUCUCAUUGAAGGCGGUUCCCCUGUCACUCAUUACAUUGUGGAGAAGAAGGCCUCGACCAUGAAGGCUUACCAGAUGAUCGAUGCCGAGUGUGCCAACACAACUUACAAGGUGUCCGACCUGGAGGAAGAUGUAGCUUACUUCUUCCGUGUUUCUGCUGAAAAUGAGUACGGCGUGGGCGACACCUGUGAAACCACCGAGCCAGUAAGAGCCACGGAGACACCUGGAGCUGUCAAGAACCUGGUGAUGGCGGACUCCACAAAGAACUCUGUUACCUUGCAGUGGGAUAGACCAGACCACAACGGCGGCAGCCACAUCACUGACUACAUCAUUGAGAAGAGAACCGCAGAAGAAACCAACUGGACUUUGGGAGCCACAUGCAAGCGCUUGAACUGUGAGGUGACGGGACUCAAGGAGAACGACGUAAUGGACUUCAGAGUGUUCGCCAAGAAUGAGAAGGGCAACAGCGACUUCUCCAUGAUUAGUGACAUCAUAGUAAUGGACUUCAUCAUCCCGCCCGAGGCCAGUCUCAGUGACUAUCCCAAUGGCGAGCUUGCUGUUCGUAUUGGUCAGAACAUCCACAUUGAGUUGCCCUUCAAGGGAAAACCAAGACCUGCAACCAGCUGGCUAAAGGACAACUUGCCUCUGAAGGAAUCUGAUAUUAUUCGCUUCAGGACGACUGACAACAAGACCGCAGUCACAGUCAGAGGAGUCAAGAAGGAGCAUGCCGGCCAGUACACCUUGGUUCUGGACAACAGAGUCAUAAAGAACUACUUUGACAUUAAUGUGAUCACUCUGGGACCCCCCUCGGUGCCAGUUGGACCCAUCCGCUUCGAUGAGGUCAAAGCUCAGAGUAUCAUCAUUUCCUGGGAUGAGCCGAAGGAAGACGGAGGUGGUGAGAUCACCUGCUACAGCGUGGAGAAACGUGAGACUUCCCAGGCCAACUGGAAAAUGGUCUGCUCCAGUGUUGUCAGGGCCACCUUUAAGAUACCCAACCUGGUAAAGGGAAUUCAGUACCAGUUUAGAGUCCGUGCAGAGAACAAGUAUGGAGUCAGUGAAUCACUCACCUCCUCAGAAAUUGUUGCCCAACACCAGUACAAACCUCCAGGGCCACCCGCAAAGCCAGUGGCCUUCAACGUCACCAGUGAUGGUAUGACCAUCAGGUGGGAGGCCCCAGGCUUCGACGGAGGAUCCCCCAUUCUGGGCUAUCAUGUGGAAAAGAAGGACAGGAACAGUCUCCUGUGGCAGAAGGUGAAUUCGACCAUCAUCUCCAACAAGGAGUACAGGAUCAUUGGCCUCAUAGAAGGCCUGGAGUACUCCUUCAGAGUCUACGCUGAGAACAACGCCGGACUCAGCCCAAUGAGCGAACAGAGCAAGCAUGCACUCGCCAUCUCCCCUGUUGAUCCACCUGGUAACCCCGUCUGCAUCGAUGUCACCAGAGACUCAGUCACCCUCCAGUGGAACAUCCCCAAGAAGGAUGGCGGCAGCAAAAUUGUUGCCUACAGUGUGGAGCGGCGCCAAGGAAGAGGCAAAUGGCUGCGAUGCAACUUUACCGAUAUCUGCGAGACCCAGUUCACCGUGACCGGUCUGUCCGCUGGAGACAGAUUUGAGUUCAGAGUCAUCGCCAGGAACGCUGUCGGCACAGUCAGUCCGCCAUCCAACUCCUCCGGAUACAUUAUGACCAAGGAUGAGAGCAUUUCUCCUGAGAUCGAGUGGUCUCCAGACCAGCUGCUCACGCUGAAGGCCGGAGAGAACAUUAAGCUCAACUGCAGCAUCACCGGACGUCCCGUCCCUCAGGUGGUGUGGUACAAGGAUGGCAAAGAGAUUGACAAGAGGACCAUGUAUGACAUCGAGGUUACCAGCGGCAUUGGCACCAGCAGUCUUUUUGUUCGCGAUGCCGACAGGAACCACCGUGGCAUCUACACCGUAGAGGCCAAGAACAGCUCGGGCACGAAGAAAGCUGACGCCAAUGUCAGAGUGCAAGACACCCCCGGACCCGUUGAUGGUCCCAUCCGGUUCACCGGCAUCACGGCUGAGAAGUGCACCGUGUGGUGGAACCCGCCAGAAAACGACGGCUGUGCUGCCAUCAGCCACUACGUGGUGGAGAAGAGGGAGACCUCCAGGAUCUCCUGGGCCUUGGUCACUUCCAAAUGCGAAGCCUGUUCUUACAAUGCUGCCAACCUCAUCAAGGGCAACGAAUACCAGUUCAGAAUCUCUGCUGUCAACAAGUUUGGUGUUGGAAAAUCACUGGACUCUGAUCCCAUCGUCGCACAGAUGCAAUACACCGUGCCCGAUACCCCUGGUACUCCAGAUGCCACCCAUGUGACCGGAAACAGCAUCACCGUGUGCUGGACCAGGCCACGGUCCGAUGGAGGUAAUGAGAUCAAACACUACAUCCUGGAGAGGAGAGAGAAGAAGAGCCUGCGCUGGUUGAAGGUCUCCUCCAAGAGGCCCAUCACUGAGCUCAGACACCGGGUCAUCAACCUCACCGAGGGCAACGAGUACGAGUUCCGCGUCAUGGCUGAAAACGGGGCUGGAAUCGGACCGGCCAGCAGCACUUCCAGACUCUUCAAAUGCAAGGAACCAACCAGUGCUCCCAGUGCCCCCACAUUAAUCAAGGUCACCGACUCCACCAAGUCCUCCGUCACCAUUGAAUGGACCAAACCGGUCUUCGAUGGCGGCUUGGGAAUCAUCGGCUACAAUAUCGACAUGUGCAAGGCCAGUCUGGAGGAGUGGCACCGAGUCAACAACCAGCUGUGCAUCGACACCAGAUACACUUCCAAGGGAUUGGUGCCCGGAGAGCUCUACAAGUUCAGGGUCAGCGCUGUGAACGGAUCCGGAGAGGGCGACGCCUCGGUGCUGCCGAGCGCCGUCCAGGCUCUGGACAGACUUACGUCGCCCGAGAUCGACAUUGAUGCCAACUUCAAGCAGACUCACAUUGUGAAGAAUGGAGGCACCGUCACCCUUCAAGUUGCCUUCCGCGGCAAACCGGUUCCUCUCGCCACCUGGUCUAAGAUAGAUGGUGAGCUGCCCGUCAUGGGCGAUAUCAACACCACGGAUUCCUUAUCCACUCUGACCAUCGAGGGCUGCACGAGGUACGAAGCGGGCAAAUACAUCCUGUCCCUGGAGAACAACAGCGGCCGCAAGUCCAUCACGUUCACUGUCAAAGUACUGGACACACCCGGACCUCCAGGAGCCAUCACCUUCAAAGACGUUAUCCGCGGAGCCUUGACUGUUAUGUGGGAUGCCCCCACGAAUGACGGCGGAGCCCGCAUCCACCACUACAUUGUUGACAAGCGUGAGGCCAGCCGCCUCGCCUGGCAGGAAGUUAGCGCCAAGUCCUCUCGCCAGAUGAUUAGGGUCACUGGUCUGGAUAUCGGUGUGCCAUAUCUGUUCAGGGUGAUUGCUGUAAACCAGUAUGGCCAGGGAGAAGCUCACGAGAUGACGCAGCCCAUCAUUGCCACAGAGGAACCCGCACCACCCAAGAGACUGGAUGUUGUUGACACCACCAACUCCACAGCGUCCCUGGCGUGGCUAAAGCCCGAGCAUGACGGAGGCAGCCGCAUCAGAGGCUACAUCGUCGAAUUCAGAGCUAAAGGCACUGACCGCUGGGUUGUUAGUGGAGAGACCAAAUCCCAGAAGAUGCUGUUGGAGGGUCUCAUUCAGAACACAGAGUAUGACUUCAGAGUCAAGGCCAAGAACGAUGCUGGAAUCAGCGAGCCUCAGGGCACCUUCAGCUCCGUGGUCAUCAAGGAGCCUUGCAUCGAACCGACUGCUGACCUCAGCAGCAUCACCAACCAGCUCAUCACCUGCAAGAUCUCCAACACCUUCACAAUCGACAUCCCCAUCAGCGGCAGGCCUGCACCAAAGGUCACCUGGAAGCUGGAGGAGAUGAAGCUGAAGGAGUCCGACAGAGUCUCCAUCAAAACCACAAAGGAAAGCACCACUUUGGUGGUGAAAGACAGCAAGAGAAGCGACAGCGGCAAGUACUACCUGAGCCUGGAGAAUGCCGCCGGCGUAAAGACGUUCACAGUCACCGUGGCUGUUGUCGGCAGACCGACUGCACCCACCGGCCCAGUGGAAAUCUCUGCAGUGUCCUCAGAGUCCUGCAACCUGGCCUGGUCCGAGCCAGCCGACGAUGGAGGCACUGACAUCACCAACUACAUCGUGGAGAAACGAGAGUCCGGCUCCGCCUCUUGGCAAGUAGUGAACUCCAGCGUCAAGAGGACCACCAUCAAAGUGACCCACCUGACCAAGUAUAUGGAGUACACCUUCAGGGUCUGCGCCGAGAACAAGUUUGGAGUCAGCAAGUCCACCGAGUCUGCUGCUGUUGUGAUUGAGCAUCCAUACGUUGCUCCAAGUCCUCCAACCCGUCCAGACGUGGUGUCCGUGUCGGCGAACGCCAUCAGCAUCAAAUGGGACUUGCCGUAUGACGACGGUGGCAGCAAGGUGACGGGCUACUGGAUCGAGAAGAAGGAGAGAAACACCAUCCUGUGGGUGAGGGACAACAAGUUGCCCUGCCUGGACUGCCAAUACAAGGCGUCCAGCCUCAUCGAGGGCCUGGAGUACCAGUUCAGGGUCUACGCCAUGAACAUCUCCGGAUUCAGCAAGGCCAGCGAGGCUUCCAGACCCGUAGUGGCGCUCAAUCCUGUUGAUCCUCCUGGUAGACCCGAGGUGACGGACAUCACCCGAUCCUCCGUGUCCUUGUGCUGGACCGUGCCGCAGAACGACGGCGGCAGCCGGAUCGUCGGUUACGUGGUGGAGAGGAAAGUCUACAGCGCGGACGAGUGGGACGACAACCGCUGGCUGAAGUGCAACUACACCACCAUCAGUGAGAACUACUUCACCGUCACCAGCCUGGGAGAGGGAGAGACCCUCGAGUACCGCGUCUUCGCCAAGAAUGCCGCCGGCGUCCACAGUGCCCCCUCGGAGGUCACCGGACCGGUCACGUGCAAGGACGAAUACUCUCCUCCCAAAGCUGAGCUGGACAGUAAGCUGGUGGGCGAGACCAUCACGGUCCACGCCGGCACCGACCUGGUCCUGGACGGGGCCGUGGGGGGGAAACCGGAGCCCACGGUGUACUGGUCGAAGGGCGACAAGGUGCUGGAGCUCGGCGAGAAAUACUCGCUGACCUACACCGCCACCCGAGCCAUGGCCGUCAUCAAGAGCUGCGACAGAUACGACACGGGCAGAUACAUCCUGACCGUCAAGAACGCCAGCGGAGUCAAGACCGCCGCCGUCAGCGUCAAAGUUCUGGACACUCCCGGAGCUCCGGCUGAAAACAUCGCCAUCAGCAGGGUGACGGAGGAGAAGUGCACGGUGUCCUGGAAGAUCCCUCUGGAGGACGGCGGAGACAUCGUCACGCAUUACAUCGUGGAGCGCCGCGAGACCAGCCGGCUCAACUGGGUCAUCAUGGAGAUGGAGUGCAAGACGCUGUCGUGCGUCAGCUCCCGGCUGAUCAAGAGCAACGAGUACAUCUUCAGGGUCCGAGGAGUCAACAAGUUCGGGCCCGGCGUCGCUCUGGAGUCGGAACCCGUCAUCGCCAGGAACGCCUACACCUUCCCGACCCCGCCGGGCGCUCCGGAGCCCACGGCGGUGGGUAAAGAGCACGUCGUCAUCGAGUGGCUGAAGCCCGAGAGCGACGGAGGCAGCGAGAUCAAAACCUACAUCGUGGACAAGCGAGAGACGAGCAGCACCAGGUGGACCCGGGUGAAUAAGAACUACACCAUCUACGACACCCGUCUGAAGAUCACGGGCCUGCUGGAGGGCAGCGAGUACCAGUUCAGGGUGACGGCUGUCAACGCUGCAGGAGGCAGCCAGCCGAGCGACACCUCGCCGUACAUCCUCUGCAAAGAGCCCACAUACACCCCGGCUUCUCCAUCAACGCCUCGUAUCACCGACACGACCAAGCACAGCAUCAGCCUGGCCUGGACCCGGCCCAUGUACGACGGCGGCUCGGACGUCAGCGGCUACGUGGUGGAGAUCCUGGAGGAGGGCACCGAGCAGUGGUACCGCGCCACCGCCAAAGCCCUCAAGACCACCCAGUACGUGGCCGCCGGCCUGGCAUCCAACAAGAAGUACAGGUUCAGAGUCGCCGCCAUCAACUGCAAGGGCACCGGCGAGUUCAGUGAACCGAGUGCCGAGGUUGAGCCGCUGGAGAAAAUCGAAAUGCCCGACCUGGAAUUGGCCGACGACCUGAAGAAGACGGUGUGUCUGCGCGCCGGAGGAACCAUGCGUCUGGUUGUGUUUGUUACCGGCCGGCCGGCACCAGUGGUGGCCUGGAGGAAGACGGGCGUGGAGCUGCAGAGCCGCGGCUACAUCGAGACCACCGACAGUUACACCGCCCUGACGGUGGAGAAUAUCAGUCGCUACGACUCCGGAAAAUACGUUGUGGAGGCAGAGAACCCGUCUGGCAAGAAGACUGCCACCAUCCUGGUGAAAGUCUACGACACUCCUGGUCCUCCGAGUUCCGUGAAUGUGAAGGACUACACCAAGGAGUCCGUGGUGAUCACCUGGGACGUCCCGAGCAUUGACGGCGGCGCUCACGUCAGCAACUACAUCAUCGAGAAGCGUGACGCCAACAUGAAAUCGUACAAGACCGUGACCACGGAAUGCAGGAAGACCCUGUUCAGGAUCACCGGUCUGGAGCAGGGAGUGCACUACUUCUUCAGAGUUCUGCCCGAGAACAUCUACGGCGUCGGCGAGCCCUGCGAGACGACCGAGGCCGUGCUGUUGUGCGAGGUCCCGUCAGUGCCUCAGGACCUCCAGGUCGUUGAUGUCACCAAGUCCUCCGUCACGCUGCACUGGCUGAAGCCGCUGCACGACGGCAGAAGCAGGCUGACCGGCUACGUCUUAGAAGCCUGCAAGGUGGGGACGGACAGGUGGAGCGUCGUGGCAACGGUCAAGGCCUCGGUGUCCCAGCACACCAUCCAGUCUCUGACCGAGAACGACCAGUACCUGUUCAGGGUUCGAGCAACUAACAGCAGGGGGACCAGCGAGCCGAUGGACACCGUCACUCCUGUUGUCAUCCAGGAUAUCAAGGUGAUGCCCAAGAUCGACAUGACCAGCAUCCCUCAGAAGAUCGUCCACGUGCACCGCGGCAAACCCAUCGACCUCAACAUCCCCAUCAAUGCCAAGCCGCAGCCGGUCUGCUCCUGGUUCUUCUGCGGCGUCAAGCUGAAGGACAGCCUGGACCGCAUCAAGAUCGACAGCAACGGGAAAUACACCCACCUGGUCAUCCGCGAAACCACCAUCAACGACACAGGAAACUACUCGCUGGAGGUGAAGAACGCCGUCGGCACGGCAAAAGAGGUCAUCAAGGUCAUCAUCCUCGACAAACCCGGCCUCCCAGUCGGCCCAGUGAAGAUCGAGGAGAACGACGGCGUGUCGGUGACAAUCAGCUGGGAACCCCCAGAGAAGGACGGGGGCGCCAACGUCAGCGGCUACGUGGUGGAGCAGCGCGAUGCCCACCGGCCGGGCUGGAUCACCAUCUCGGAGUCUGUGACUCGACCCUGCUUCAAGUUCACCAGACUGAACGAGGGCACCGAGUACGUGUUCCGCGCCGCUGCCAUGAAUCGCUUCGGUGUCGGCAGCUUCCUGCAGUCGGAGGUGGUGGAGUGCAAGAGCGCUAAGACCAUCCCUGGACCCCCGAGCGGACCGGAGGUGCUUGAUGUCACACACGAAGGCAUGACCCUAACCUGGCAACCGCCCGAGGAUAACGGUGGCUCCAGCAUUGCCGGCUACAUCAUCGAACGCAAGGAGGCGCGCUCCGACAGGUGGAUGAAGAUCAACAAGAACCCCGUCACCAUGACCCGGUACCGCUCCUCUGGCCUGAUAGAAGGCCUGGAAUACGAACACCGCGUCACCGCCAUCAACUCCAGAGGAUCCGGCAAACCCAGCGAGAGCUCAGCCAUCACCGUUGCGAUGGAUCCCAUCGAGCCUCCAGGUCCUCCGAUUCAGCCCACCGUCACCGACACCACCAGGACCUCAGUCACUCUGGCCUGGCAGCCCCCCGAAGAAGAGGGCGGUGCCGUCAUUACUGGUUACUUCAUCGAGAUGCAGAAGGUGGACCAGGUGGAAUGGACGCUGUGCAACACUACGCCCACCAAGAUGUGCGAUUACACGCUCACCCACAUGCCCCAGGGCGCCGAGUACAAGUUCAGGGUCAUCGCCUGCAACGCUGGUGGUUCUGGAGAGCCUGCCGAUAUCCCUGGAGUGGUCAAAGUCCAGGAGAUGCUUGGUCAUCCCGACUACGAGCUGGAUCACAGUUAUGAGGAGGGCUACGUGGUGCGGCAGGGUGGAGUCAUCCAUCUGUCUGUGCCCAUCAAGGGGAAACCCAUCCCGAUAUGCAAGUGGACCAAGGACGGGCGCGACAUCUCCCACCGGGCCAUGAUUGCCACCCAUGAUGACAUCACCGAACUGGUCAUCAAAGAGGCGCACAAAGACGACACCGGUACCUACGACCUGGUGCUGGAGAACAAAUGUGGCAGGAAGGCCGUAUAUAUCAAGGUGAAGGUGAUCGGUCGCCCAGACAUCCCAGAAGGCCCUCUGGAGUUUGAUGACAUUCAGGCCAGAUCGGUCCGGGUCAGCUGGAGGCCACCGUCAGAUGACGGCGGCUCCGACAUUCUGGGAUACAUCGUGGAAAGGCGGGAGGUACCCAAGGUCGCCUGGUGCACAGUUGACUCCCGGGUCAUCGAGAGCUCUCUGGUGGUGAAGGGCCUGAAGGAGAAUGUGCAGUACCACUUCAAGAUUUCUGCCGAGAACCAGUUCGGCAUCAGCAGAUCUCUCAAGUCAGAUGAGGCUGUUACACCGAAAACACCACUUUGCCCUCCAGAGCCUCCCAGCAAUCCCCCAGAGAUCAUGGAAGUGACCAAGACCACGGUGUCUCUGUCCUGGGCCCGGCCACGGGACGAUGGAGGCUCCCGCGUCACAGGGUACUUCGUGGAAAGGAGAGAGGUGUCGACAGAGAAGUGGGUCCGACACAACAAGACCCACAUCACCACCACCAUGUAUAACGUCACCGGUCUGAUCCCCGAUGCGGAGUACAUGUUCAGAGUGGUGGCUCAGAACGACAUUGGGCAGAGCGAGCCCGGUCCUGCUUCAGAGUCCAUGGUCUGCAAAGAUCCCUUUGACAAACCCAGCCAACCAGGAGAAAUCUCCAUCAUCUCCAUCACCAAAGACUGCAUCACCAUCCACUGGCUCAGGCCAGAGCAUGACGGCGGAAAGGAGAUUCUGGGCUACUGGAUCGAGUUUAGGCAGGCGGGAGAAAGUGCCUGGAAGAAGUGCACCAAGGAGCGCUCCAAAGAUCGCCAGUUCACCAUGGGCGGUUUGAUGGAGGCCACCGAGUACGAGUUCAGGAUCUUCGCCGAGAACGAGACUGGACUCAGCCGACCUCGACGCACGCCCAUGGGCAUCAAGACCAAACUGAGCGUUGGUGAGAUUCCAGCUUUGAAGGAAGAGAUCCAGGACGUCACCACCAAGCUUGGCGAGUCCGGCACUCUCACUUGUGGCAUCAUUGGCAGACCUCUACCCGAGAUCAAGUGGUACCGCUACGGCAAGGAACUGAUCCAGAGCCGCAAGUACAAGAUGAGCUCGGAUGGCCGUAACCACUCCCUCAUCAUCAUGACGGACGAGCAGGAAGACGAGGGCAUGUACACCUGCAGGGCCAUCAACGAAGCCGGAGAGAUCGAGACCAGCGGCAAACUGCGACUGCAGGCGGCGCCCCAGUUCCACCCCGGCUUCCCUCUGAAGGAGAAGUAUUUCGCCGGGGCGGGCACGAGCCUCCGCCUCCAUGUCGUCUACAUCGGACGUCCCAUCCCUCAAAUCAUGUGGUUCUACGACAAGAAGCCCCUGAACGCAUCCGAGAAUGUUAUUAUUGAAAACACUGAAAGCUACUCCCACCUGGUGGUGAGGAACGCCCAGAGGAAGACCAACGCCGGCCGCUACAAGGUGCAGCUCAGCAAUGUGUACGGAACCGUUGACACUGUGCUCCGCGUUGAAAUCCAAGAUAAACCAUGCAUCCCUGAGGGCCCUGUUGUUGUUGACGCCCUACUGAAGAGCUCAAUUGUCAUCAGCUGGAAGGCUCCAAAGGAUGACGGAGGCUCCAUGAUCACCAACUACAUCGUGGAGAAACGUGAGGCCAAAGAAGGCGAGCAGUGGCACCUGGUGUCCUCCUCCGUUUCUGGCACCACCUGCCGCAUCCCCAACCUGAUAGAGAGCGCCGGCUACUACUUCAGAGUCUCUGCCAAGAACCAAUACGGAGUCAGCGAGUCUCUGGAGAUCCCAUCGGUGGUCAUCGUUAAGAGUCCAUUCGAAAAACCUGGCAUCCCACAACAGCCCUUCAUCAUCAGCUCCACCAAGGACUCCUGUGUGGUCUGCUGGAAGCCUCCAAGCAGCGACGGUGGAGCUAAAAUCUCCAGCUACUACCUGGAAAAACGUGAGAAGAAGCAGAACAAGUGGAUGUCAGUAACCAGCAAGAAGAUGGUGGAGACCAGCUUCGAGGUCACAGGCUUGAUCGAGGGCUUCGAGUACGAGUUCCGCGUCAAGUGUGAGAACUUGGGCGGUGAAAGUGACUGGAGUGAGAUCUCAGCGCCGAUCAUCCCCAAGUCCGACCAGUCUCCCCGUGCUCCCGCGUUCAGGGAGGAGAUCCGGGACAUGACCGUCAAAUACCAGGCCAAUGCCACCUUUGUCACCAAGGUGGUGGGAUAUCCCAAACCUCUGGUGAAAUGGUACCGCAGUGGAAAAGAGAUCGAGGCAGAUGGAACCAAGAUUAAAGCCCAGGAGUUCAAGGGAGGCUACUACCAGCUGGUCAUCACCACUGCUGAUGAGACCGAUGCCACCGUUUACCAAGUCAGAGCCACCAACUCCUCAGGAUCCAUCUCUACAACAGCCAACCUGGAGGUGGAAGUUCCUGCUAAGAUCCACCUGCCCAAGGAGCUCCAGGGAAUGGGAGCAGUCCAUGCUGUCCGUGGUGAUCACGUCACCAUCAAGAUCCCCAUUUCUGGCAAACCUGAGCCAGCAAUCAUCUGGCAGAAGGGACAGGAGAUCCUCUCCAACUCUCCUUAUCACCAAGUCAUCACCACCAGAUCCUUCACCACCCUGGUGUUCCAGAAGGGAAUGGAGAGGAAGGACACUGGCUACUACAUUAUAACAGCAAAGAACAGGUUCGGAACGGACAAGCAAACCAUUGAGGUGAACGUGGCUGACAUACCUGAAGCUCCGAAGGGUCUGGUUGUCAGCGACAUCGCUCGGGACUCCAUCACUUUGACCUGGGAGCCGCCUGUCAAUGAUGGUGGAAGCGACAUCAUUAACUACGUUGUGGAGAAGUGUCCCACCACUGCCGACAGGUGGAUCCGUGCUGGACAUACCACUGACUGCAGCAUUACCAUUAUCAACAUUUUCGGAAAGACCAAGUACCAGUUCCGCGUCAUCGCCGAAAACCAGUUUGGCCUGAGCCCUCCUUCUCAGCCAACCGAGCCCAUUACCACGAAGGAAGACAAGUCUGUGAUUAGGAACUACGACGAGGAAGUGGACGAAACCAGAGAGAUCACCACGGAGGAGGCUCUGUUCUACAAGGUGAAGGAGCUUUCCUCCAAGUACGUCAUCUCUGAGGAAAUUGCUCGCUGCCAGUUUGGAGUGGUCCACCGCUGCACGGAGAUUGCCACAAAGAAGACCUUCAUGGCCAAGUUCAUCAAGGUCAAAGGAACUGACCGUGAGUUGGUUCUCAGAGAAAUUGAAGCUCUCAACGUAGCAAGGCACAUGAAUAUCAUCUACCUGCAUGAAUACUUUGAAAGCAUGGAGGAGAUCAUCCUCAUCUUUGAAUUCUUGUCUGGAGUUGACAUCUUCGAGCGCCUCGGCACUAGCAACUUUGAGCUGACGGAGCAGGAGAUCGUCCGCUACCUGAGACAAGUCUGCUCUGCCCUCAAGUUCAUGCAUAGCCACAACUUCGGCCACUUUGAUAUCCGCCCAGACAACAUUGUCUAUACUACACGGAGAAGCACCACCGUAAAGAUUAUUGAGAUGGGUCAGGCUCGGCUGCUGGUGCCAGGAGAAAACAUCAGAAUGCUGUUCUCAGCUCCGGAGUACUGCGCCCCUGAGAUCCACCGUCACGACAUGGUCACGACAGCCACCGACAUGUGGUCUGUUGGUGUUUUGGCCUAUGUUUUGCUCAGCGGCCUUAAUCCGUUUGGGGCAGAGUCCAUUACACAGAUGAUUGAGAACAUCUCCAACUGUGAAUACAUCUUUGACAGUGAAGCGUUUAAGGACAUCAGCCUCGAAGCGAUGGACUUUGUCGACAGACUUCUGGUCAAAGACAGGAAGCUCCGUAUGACCGCCCACGAGGCCCUGGAGCACCCAUGGCUCAAGAUGAAGAUUGAGCAUGUCAGCAGCAAGGUCAUUCGCACAUUGAGACACAGAAGGUACUACCAGACUCUGGUAAAGAGAACAGACACCAUUGUAUCUGCAGCCCGUAUCGCCUAUGGCGGCGCCUUCAAGAACCAGAGAGGAUUGGCCGUGGGUAAAGUGAAGAUUGGAACUGAGUACCAUGGCCUUCGCACUGGCCCAGUCAUGCAUGGCUCCGCUGAAGAAGGCGGCCAUGUCAGAUUCACUUGUAGCAUCACCAACUAUGACAAGAGUACUCAGGUGUCAUGGUACCAUGGAAACCGUCAGCUGCACGCAAGCACCAAGUAUGAAAUCACGUACAGUAAUGGUUUAGCCAGCAUCUAUGUGAAGGACAUUGAAGAGAGUGAUGAUGGGGUGUACAGAUGCAAGGUGGUGAGUGAUGAGGGAGAGGACAGUGCUUAUGGAGAGCUGUUUGUUGAGACCGUGAGGAGCAUCAGAGAGUACUACGUCAGCCGCUCCAUCAAGAAGCUGAGGAGGAGAGUUGACAGGACUAAACUCCUGCAGAGGCCGCCAGAGUUCACUUUGCCGCUCUACAAUCGCUCCGCGUACAUUGGCGAAGAUGUGCGCUUCGGCGUCACCAUCACUGUCCACCCAGAGCCUCAAGUUACAUGGCUGAAGAAUGGGGAGAGAAUCAAGCCUGGUGAAGAUGACAGGAAGUACACGUUCACCAGUGACAAGGGUCUUUACCAGUUGAUGAUCCACAACUUGAGUUUGGACGAUGAUGCAGAGUACAUGGUCAUGGCCCACAACAAGUUUGGAGAAGACAGCUGCAAGGCCCGUCUCUCUGUGACACCUCAUCCCGUAACUGAGGAAACUAUGAGGCCAAUGUUCAAACGUCUGCUGGCUAAUGUCGAUUGUGUCGAGGGAUACAGCGUCCGCUUUGAGCUCAGAGUCUCAGGAAGCCCAACUCCUGCUCUGAAAUGGCAGAAGGACGGCCAUCCACUCCAGUUUGGGGCCAAGGUUGUUGUCAUACAGGAGGACGUUGACUACCAUGUCUUGCACAUCAGAGAUACUCUGCUCGAGGACGCCGGUCUGUACAAGGUUACUGCAACUAACUCUGCUGGCUCUGCAAGCUGCCAGGCUACACUGAAGGUGGACCGCCUUACCUACACCAGGAGAGAGUAUAAGAGCGAGGAGGAGAAAUACAGACACGUACAGAAACAAAUUGAAAAGACGAACAAGAUGGCCCUGAAAAUUGUUGCCACUGAGGAUCUCGUACCUUUCAACCCAACAGCCCAGGACGCACUCAAAUUCGCUGCAGAGAUGUACAAGCCUGCAGUGAGCACCAAGAACGUUGAGGGCGAGUUCGACAUCACAGUGGAGAAGUCUGAGACCAAGAAGCUGGAGGAGGAGAGGAGGAUCUUCAUGCCGUAUGAGAUCCCUGAGCCUGUGGUCCAUGAUCCCAGAGCUCUGGGUGAGGACAAAACCAUCAAACAGUUUGUGCCUCUCUCUGACAUGAAGUGGUACAGAAAACUUAGGGACCAGUAUGAGGUUUCAGAGAAAAUGGAGAGGAUUGUGCAGAAGAGGCAGAGACGUAUUCGCCUGUCCAGGUGGGAGCAGUUCUAUGUCAUGCCCCUCCCGAGAAUCACCGACCAGUACAGGCCAAGAUGGCGUAUUCCAAAAUUCACUCUGGAUGACUUGGAGACUGUCAGGCCCGCCCGCCGGUCACCUUCUCCUGAAUCAGAGGUCUCCUUCAGAUCCAGAAGAAGAUCUCUGGGAGACAUUAGUGAUGAGGAGCUGCUGAUGCCUGUGGACGAUUACCUUUCCAUGAGGAGAACGGAGGAGAAAAUGAUGCUGGAGGACGAACUGGAGCUUGGCUUUUCUGCCUCUCCUACCCGCAGUCCCGUCCGCAUAGAGCGACGUGCCAGGGAACUUGAAGAGAGGCAGGAAGUGAGGUACGAGGCCGUCGAGGUCGCCGAGAUAAAGAAGAAACGCACAGUCUCUCAGUUCAUGAGGAGGAGAAGGUCACUUUCUCCCACAUACAUCGAGCUCAUGCGGCCAGUCUCAGAGCUGAUCAGACGGUCACGUUCCAGGCCGCCCGUGGAAGUAGAGGGAGAGGUCGUAGGGAGGAGGUCUCCGACCCCUGAGAGGACACGUCCACGCUCUCCGAGCCCCAUUAGGUCUGCUGAGAGGUCAUCUCGCUCCUCCUCCAGGUUUGAGCGGUCUGCCCGCUUUGACAUCAUGUCCCGCUACGAGGCCAGAAAGGCUGCCCUGAAGUCCGAGAGGAAGUACCAGGUGAUUAGUCAGACACCCUUCAGCCUGGACCAUAUGCCCCGCGUGACCGUCAGGAUGCGCUCUCAUCGCAUACCGAUUGGCCAAGACACCAAAUUCACCCUGAACAUCCAGAGCAAGCCAGAGGCCGAGGUCAAGUGGCUCCACAAUGGAACUGCAAUCUCUGAAAGCAGUGAGAAAUACAUCUUCACCAACAUGAGCGGUGUUUUGUCCAUCACUAUUCUAGACUGCCAGGAGGAGGACAGUGGCACAUACCGCUGUGUGUGCUCCAACUCUAAGGGAGAAGCUUCCGACUAUGCCACCCUCGAUGUGGCAGGUGGCGGCUACACCACCUUCUCCUCUCGCCGCAGGGAUGAAGAGGUUCCCAAAGGAUACAUCCCUGACGUCACUCGAAUUGACCACUAUCACACCAGCCACUUCAAAGCUGGCUAUGCUUCCGAGACCCACCUUCAGGUGGAGGAGAGCAAAUCUAAGCUCACCGAGACCCGCGAGGUUGUGACACGUGAAAGGUAUGCUGCCUCCUCUGAGAGGUACUCCUCUGCUGAGAGGUAUGAUUCAUCCAUCAAGUAUGCCUCUGCCGAUUACCUGUCAUCUGAUUCCUCCUACUCAUCGGAAAAGUUCUCUCUGACCGGGAAACGCACCAUGUCUGAAGCUAAAGGAAAGUUAUCUUCUGCUGAUGUUGCUGAGGAAGUUGUUGUCCACAAGGUGAAGCCUUCUCUUCCUGCCAAAAUCCUCACCAAGCCCCAGUCUGUGACAGUUGCAGAGGGAGAGACAGCCAGAUUCUCCUGUGACAUCGAUGGGGAACCUGCACCAACUGUGACAUGGAUGCACGAGAGCAGAACCAUCAUCUCAUCUCACCACAUCCAGGUCACCACCACUCAGUACAAGUCUAGCAUGGAGAUCUCCUCCGUGACGGCUUCUGAUGAAGGCCGUUACACGGUGGUGGUAGAGAACUCAGCAGGCAGGCAGGAGGCUCACUUCACCCUGACCAUCCGCAGACCAGCUCCCAAACAGGAGGUCAAGGCUGUCAAAUCCCCCGAGCCAUUUGUGAAGUCGCCCACUCCCAGUGUGAAGUCACCAGAGCCUUCAGUCACAUCACCUGCUCCCUCCAUAGCUUCACCUGUCCCCAGCAUCAAGUCCCCUGAGCCCGUAACGUCUCCGACUCCAAGUGUGAAGUCGCCAACGCCGAGUGUGAAAUCUCCUGAACCUGAGAGAGUUAAGUCACCACAGGGUAUACAAUCCCCUGAACCCAGACACAAGUCACCACCACCAGUCAAGUCCCCGGAGAGAGUAAAGUCACCCGAACCUGAGGAAGCUAAAUCACCUCGGGGAGUCAAAUCUCCAGAACCUGCACGGAUCAAAUCACCAAUAGGAAUCAAAACACCAUUAGGUGUCAAAUCCCCUGAACCUUCAGGCAUCAAAUCACCAAGAGGUGUCAAAUCCCCAGAACCUGCAGGAAUCAAAACACAAAGAGGAAUCAAGUCCCCAGAACCUUCAGGCAUCAAAUCACCAAGGGCCUUGAAGUCCCCUGAGCCAGAGGGAAUCAAAUUACCUUCGAGGGUGAAGUCUCCUCCUCCCAUCAUAUCCCCCAAGAGGGUUGUGUCUCCAUCCACCGUCAAAUCCCCAAUCCCGGAACCUCCCAAGGUCCUGAGUCAGCUGAAGGCCGAGGCCAGUGAGGGCUCGGUGAGGAUGUCCUGUGUCUGCGACAGCAGCGUCAGGGGGGCGGUGUGGUACGUGAACAGAAGGAGGCUUUCACAGAGCAUCCGCUUUGAGAUGCACUACUCUGAGGGUUCCUGCAGCCUUCUGAUCCACGAUCUGGCAGACAGUGAUCAGGGAGAGUACACCUGUGAGAUGACGUCAGAGGGAGGAAUGUCCAAAUCCUCCUUCUCCUUCAGCGGACAGGUCUUCCAGUCCAUGCGCAUGAAGAUCGCAGCCUACCGUGAGCAGCAAGUGGCUCUUAAAGGAUCGAUGGCGAUGAGCCACAAGGAGUCGUCGUCCUCCUCCAUGAGCUCAUCCAUGAUGAUGAAGAAAGAAGUGCACAUGAUGGCGGAGUCGUCUUCCUUCUCCUCCUCAUCCGCCCAGCAGUCCAUGAUGUCGUCCAUGAUGGAGUCCAGCUCCAUCAGCAGCAUGGCAGCUGAGAUGAAGCUUGAGACCAUGUCCAUGUCCAGCAUGUCCUCCAUGGCAUCCGAGACGUACGCCAUGAGCUCCGGCAGCUCCUCCCACAUGGAGGGAUCCUCCUUCAGAGCAAUCGGUUCUGCUCCCAGGAUCGAGGCUCUGCCGGAGGACAUCAGCAUUGAGCCGGGCAAAGUCCUGACCGUCACCUGCGCCUUCUCCGGCGAGGCCAAACACAUCCAGUGGUCCCGCAGCGGCAGAACCAUCGAGGAGACGGACGGCGGACGCUUCCAUAUCGAGACCUCGGAAGACCUGACCACCCUCAUCAUCACCGGCGUGAAGGAGGAAGACGCAGGGACCUACACCCUGAAGCUGGCCAGCGAGCUCGGCUCCGACACGGCGACCGUUCACAUCAGCAUUCGAUCGGUGUAGAAACAGAAAGGAAUGUGAUCUCCACACUCCCCCUCUUCCCGCGCCUUUUUAAUUUAUUAAUCGAGCAAAAAUAAUCGACACGAUAAAGAUCUGGAUUUCUGUUCUUGUAAAUAUGAACUAUUUUUGUACCAAUCUUGACAUUAAUUUA